GGAAAAGGUCUUACGCACUUUUAUCCCUUGUAGGAGUGUCAGAUCAAGUCUGAAGAAACAAAUACAAACUGUGCAGUAUCUGCUUUACCUACCUUUACUAGUUGGCUCUUUAACCUACAAAGGCGGAGUACAGGUGAGAUUUUUCUGCUUCUCUAUUAAUGAAGACGGCACGUUCAAUUUUGCAUAAUAAUACAAACUUGCACUGACUUCUGCAAGCUUCUGCUGCAUACGCACCGACUAAUUAUUUCGAUGUUCCUUUAACAUCCUUAACUGUAUUGUACCUGCUGGUUCUUUUAAGUUAAUACAUCACAAUACUGACCAGCCUCAGGCUUAAGCACUUGCUUGGACGUAAGGGAUUAUUUUUUCUAAAAGGCAUCACUUCGUUCUGUCUAGGCUGGUAAUUAAGAAAUUCCAAAAUAAACUAUACGCAAUGCAUUAGUUUUGGUAGUUCCAAUAGUGUUACACCACAGGAACUGUGAUUGUUAAUUAUUUUUCAAUAUUUAACUCGAAACUAUGAGUAAUUAUAACGAUUGGGAGUCAGUUUUCUCCGGUUGCUUAAUACACCUAUAAAAGACGCCGAUGGAAUUUAGUAUUUGCAACAAUGCACCUUUUUUAAACAAUGCAAUAUCAAAGAGAUAGUAUUUGUCCUGAUUGUUUUAUUUGAAUGUACUCAAAUCCUUAGUCAAACUGAAAACACGGAACACAAUUUCUCUUUGAGAUGCUAGCACUAUUGAAAGGCCGAUGAAAUUUUGCAAAAACUGUUAAAUUGAAUCAAUAAGGUUUCUCUCUUUGCUCACAGAAAAGCUCAUAGGUUACUUAGAAGACAAUUUAAUUGUUUUUCUUAAAUGCAAAUGUCAAGAGUCCACUCUGCUUGACCCCUUUCGGUAGCAAAUUAAGUCAAGUUUGUACAGCGUUCAAAUGGCCCUGCGUUGCUAAAAUACACCCUUUAUUUGAAUCAGACAGAAUUUUCGUUCUCUCAGUUCUUACAAGGAUACGAGAAGGAUCAGUGCAAUGAGAAUUUUUCAUGUAUCAACCUAUGCGCGCAAAGCCGUUUAAAAGAGUCAUUCGAGCGAUAAGCGGGGCUUUUCAAUUUGGAUGUUGUUUCGUAAACAAAGGACAAUAAGACUAAAAUUUUCUUGGGAGAAUAGAGCUAUUUUUCAGGCCACUCAAAGUUCUCUUCGCAGUGCUCCUUUUUGUACGUUCCGCUCUAUAUUUACCGUAUCGCACUGAGGAAAAAACACAGAAAUUACCCUCACCGACCAUUAUGUACAUUUAUUUUCACUAGCACCCUGAUUGCUGGGUAUCCCGUGCUCAUCGAACACGACGCACUUUUUUCAUUGAACAGGCAUAUUUUGCCUCGUAAUAAAAAAGAAACAUCGUUAAAGCUGUAAAGAAGUGGUCGUCGAUGAGGCUAUUUGUAUUGUUCGUACAACAUUCUCAUACAGAUUUUAUUUAUUUAUUUAUUAUUUUCCCACAAUAAAGAUUACACAAGCAUUACAUUAUACAAAGAUGUGGCGAGGGGACCUCAGAAAACCACAAGGCUUGUACGAGGAGGCCCCCUCGUUACAAUAAUAUUAAGCAAUAGAACUAUAACAACACACAACAACGGACAGUACAAGACGCAUUAACGAUAUAGUAGAAAAUCAAAAACUUUCGUUUUAAACGAUUGCAAUGUAAAAAUCGAAGUGACUGAGUUUGGUAAAGAAUUCCAAAUUUUUGGGCCUUGGAACAAAAUAGAAAAUUGUUUGGUGUUAGUUCGGCAGGCAUGAGAACGGAAAUGCGAGGAACUUCUAGUAUUAUAAUUAUGAAUAUUGCUACUAGUAACAAAAAGGUUCGAAAAAAGCGGUGGCAGUAAUUGAUGAUAAUAUGAAAACAUAAAUUGUGCAGUAUAGAAUGAAUUAAUGUUGUAUAUGUCCAAAAUCUUUAAACGGAAAAAUAAUGGUUCAGAGUGCGCGCGAAAAUCUGCAUUUGUAAUAAUUCGUACUGCUCGCUUUUGUAGAAGAAAAAUUCUAUUAAGGUUUGUUACAUAAGUGGAGGACCAAACUGUGGUACAAUAUGUUAAAUAAGGAUAAAUAGAUAGAUAGAUAGAUAGACAGAUAAAAUAGAUAGCAAAUAGUAGGUAAUAAGUGGCUAAAUUUGUCACGAAAUCACUGAUUAGAGCUGUUAUGAAGUUAUCACCGUUAUUGCUUACCAAUAAACUAAUAGAGUACAGCAAUGGAAUUUAACCAUUCUUUCUUUCUCUCUACCUCUUUUCUAUUUAGAUAUCUGCUAUACACCAGAACUAAUUUGUACAUUUCAUCUGCCCUGGGGCAGUGACCAAGACUAUGGAGAUGAUAAAACAUAGUUUAUGUGAGACCAUUUUGUUAUGUCUCUUGUUCGUGUGCGCGGAAGGUAUGUUUAAUAAAGGAUCAAAAACCUCAACUUUAUUAAAACUAUUCAUAAUGAUACGCAGUGUUUUACCAAUUUCAUACCCUUAACUGACGGUCGUCAUAAAUAUUCACAAGCUGGAUGUAAAAGUACUCAAGUACUUAUUGAGUAGCAUACGAAACUUCAAGUUUACAAAAAUGCGAAAGCUCAAAAUGUCUAUCACCGCUGUUGGUGUUUUAUUUCUUAUAAAAUUUCAAGAUAUGGCAAAACAAAUAAAUAAUUUUAAAAAAGCACGACGUGAUAGAAUAGAAUGUGAAAAACUCUUUUCGAAAACUCAAGUGUUUACUUCAGCAAUGUUUAUUAGCAGCGUUAUUAAAAUUCUUAAUCUUAAAGAGACAAAUUUGCCAUGAACCUUAACUUUUUUCACUUUAGUGAUCGCUGAACUUUUUUCAUAAAGCCUCUCUUUUCUGUUUGAUUGUCCCAUUUGCCGGAUCCGAUCUUACUUCAAUAUGCUCUUAAUUUCCAUCGAAUUGAAAGAGACUUUUUUAGCCAUCACAGCAGUGGAAACCGCUCAGUGAUCGCGCCGAUUUAUAAUUUGGAACCUUAUCAGCUUGCUUGCAGUAUUGAUUUAAUUUAUCAAGAACUUAUUCAACCUCGGUUUCUAGCCGGUCAUCUCGGAUCAGUAAGCUCAGUGUUUAAUAUUGGAUAGGUUCAACUGUAUUGGCCUGCUAUGAUUCCAAUUAGACGUGCAGAGACAUGUUUUUAAAUGACUGAGCAUAAAUCUAUUGACUAUUCACUACGUGUUCACUAUGAGCAAGCCUUGGCGCUUCUAUCUAAUGUGAAUUGGCAACGGUAAUUCUUAAUCUUUAAAGAGACAAAUUUGUCAUGAGCUUUAAUCUUUUUCACUUUAGAGAACGUUGAACUUUUUUCAGCAAUCUUUGGCAAAUACAAUUCCAUAAAGCCUCUCUUUUCUGUUUGACUGUCCCAUUUGUCGGAUCUGAUCUUACUUCAAUAUGCUCCUGAUUUCCAUCGAAUUGAAAGAGACUUUUUUAGCCAUCACAGCAGUGGAAACCGCUCAGUGAUCGCGCCGAUUUAUAAUUUGGAACCCCCCUUAUUAGCUUGCUUGCAGUAUUGAUUAUCAAGAACUUAUUCAACCUCGGUUUCCAGCCGGUCAUCUCGGAUCAGUAGGCUCAGUGUUUAACCAUGGUUGGAUAGACUCAACUGAAUUGGCCUGUUAUGAUUCCAAUUAGACGUGCAGAGACAUGUUUUUAAAUGACUGAGCAUAAAUUUAUUGACUAUUCACUACGUGUUCACUAUGAGCAAGCCAUGGCGCUUCUAUCUAAUGUGAAUUAGCAGCGUUAAUUCUUAAUCUUUCAAGAGGCAAAUUUGUCAUGAGCGUUAACUUUUUUCACUUUAGAGAUCGCUGGACUUUAUUCAGUAAUGUGUGGCAAAUACAAUUCCGUAAGGCCUCUCUUUUCUGUUUGAUUGUCCCAUUUGUGGGAUCCGACCUUACUUCAAUAUGCUCUUAAUUUCUAUCGAAAUGAAAGAGACUUUUUUAGCCAUCACAGCAGUGGAAACCGCUCAGUGAUCUCGCCGAUUUAUAUUUUGGAACCUUAUUAGCUUGCUUGCAGUAUUGAUUUAUCAAGAACUUAUUCAACCUCGGUUUCCAGCCUGGUCAUCUCGGAUCAACUCAACUGAAUUGGCCUGCUGUGAUCCCAGUUAGACGUGCAGAGACAUGUUUUUAAAUGACUGAGCAUAAAUCUAUUGACUAUUUACUACAUGCAUGUCCACUAUGAGCAAGCCAUGGCGCUUCUAUCUAAUGUGAAUUAGCAGCGCUAAUUCUUAAUCUCUCAAGAGACAAAUUUGUCAUGAGCUUUAACUUUUUUCACUUUAGAGAUCGCUGAACUUUAUUCAGUAAUCUUUGGCGAAUACAAUUCCAUAAAGCCUCUCUUUUCUGUUUGACUGUACCAUUCGUCGGAUCCGAUCCGAUAACUUUUCUAGCCAUCACAGCAGUGGAAACCGCUCAGUGAUUGCGCCGAUUUAUAAUUUGGAACCUUAUUAGCUUGCUUGCAAUAUUGAUUUAUCAAGAGCUUAAAUUAUGACAAUCCAUUGCUUUUAUUGUCACAUUUUCAAAUUCUUAUUUGAGCAAGCCAUGGCGCUUCUAUCCGUCAGCCAUUUUACGACUGAGUUGCUUUUCUUCAGGCUUUUGACCGUCUGGACUGUUACAAUCAUUCAUUCAGUACCGCACUCUGUAAAUCAGGCCUUCAGGGGACAAUGUUAUCGUACUUGUAUUUUGUGAACAGUGUUUCUUUGUUCUUUUAAGUAGGUUACUAAACUGUGCAUCAGAAUUAUUAGAGACCUUACGAUCGAGGUUUGGCCAUCUUACCGCAAACGGCAAACCGCGAUUUGCGGCUAGCAGUUUCACGUUAUCCGUCUUCCCAUAUUUAGGAAUUAAGAUUCGCGGGUGGUACCUUCUGGGCUGCCAUAUUUGUUUUUAUUCAUUCGUUCACUUCUAUUUUAGCUGAGAAAUAGUCUUCAAAGUGAUUCAAAGUAAUUAGCGAAACAGUUCUAUAAAGGAGCCUUUGUUCUCAAACGUGGAUUGUGGUGUUUUAAAGUGCAAAAAACCUUGCGGUAAAUCACUCACCUCUGGAGCGUGAUCUAGCCGUACAAACAUAAACCUCAAACCGCAAACCUGACGGCAAGGCACCAGCCACGUGACUUCUUGACGUUUGAGGUUCGCGGGAAAUGCUGAAAAACCUCGAUCCUAAGGUGACUAGAUUUUCGACUCAGACCUCAACGGGGCGUGGCAUUAUAACCACGUGACAUUUACUCCGAUCGCCAAAAAUUUUAUGUUAUAUUGUAGAUUGAUCUAUAUGUUAUCCAUUCUAUGUGUUAGACUAACGAUAAAAGUAAAGGUGGGGAUACCAGAGAGCUUCAAAGUAGGAUGGUACCCCCCAAAAAAACUGGGUCGAGUCACCUUAAGGUCUCUAUUGCGAACAAGCAGCCUCGCGAAGACGCGAGGCUGCGAGGCGGCAGCCUAAAAGAGUCGUGCGAUUUUUGUUUACGACUAUCGUGCGCGACUAGUGUGCGUCAUGACUUCACGGUGGAUCGUGUCGUGUAAAUUAGACCCACAACAAUCGUACGACACAUCAGGGAGGUCGUAAGAGAAAAUUGUGCGCCUAGGGAUGGUCGAAAGUCUUGACGCAUGCUAGUUGCGCACGAAGGUAACCAAAAAAAAGAACAAAAGAACAAAGGAUGCAUGGUUUUGGAGGGAACGCGUGAUACAGAACAGAGAAUCGACAAGCCGUGUGCGUGCUUGUGAGUCCCGUGUCCAUCCUGUCUUCAACCAAUCGUCGGGUGGAUUUAUUUGCAUCAUACGCGUAUAGCUGCCGCUAAGAAAAAAAGAUAACGCCGCGAACUUUUUUGUGUCUUUGAAGCAAAAUAAUUCGGAAAGCUUCAUCGGCGCACCAUAAAUAUUUUUAGCUUUAUAAAAGACCAAAUACAAGUCUGUACGUUAAAUAUUCGCGGACUUAAAUAUGAUUUUUCGAGGAUUUUAAGUUUGCCCAUAAGACCACCAAAUUUUACCCAAAAUGACAUGUGCGCAACUACGGACAAAAACACGCACUUCAAUAUCUCGAAAAUUUUUUAUGUAAAAGUCGGAAUUUCAAAUUCUUUAUGCAGUAGAACAGUUUAGUUUACUAUUAUCAAAAGACAAACUUAAAGCAAGAGGCACAUAUACACCAACCCCGCGCAAGUCGUGGGAGAACUGCCGUGUGGUUCCCAGCCAACAGCUGCCAUAUGUGUUGUUUGGAGCUGGCGCUUUAAGUUGUGCUUUGCAUUUGCCUCAGCGGUAAAUGGCCUAGACACAAUUGAUUCAUGACAUUUCUAAACAAAUUGUACAGCGCCCGCGUAUGGGUAAAAUCCUUACUUGUUGGCACUUAGUGAUAGCUAUAACUAGUUUUAAUACAUAACGGUAGUAGAGGGAACUGGUUAUGCAGUUACAGUUCAUCUGGCAGGGUUGGGGUUUGGGAGCAUACAAAAAAUACAGUGAAUUUUCAAUAUUGAGUAUUUGACGGUAUAUUUCAACGAAAACAAUUGACUUAGAGUAUACGGUAUACUACGUUUUCUUCAGCUUUUACGAUACAGUGAGAAUUGGCUAAAUUAUGCUGUAAAUACAUCUGACACAUUUAAAUACACUGAAAAUACACUGAAAUACUUUGAAAUAUAUUUAUAAAUACAUUGAAAUACAUUUGACCAGGCUUUAUAUAAUUAUUGCUCAAUCAUUGCUCUUAAUAAACUGUGAUUCAAGACAGUAAUAUUGCCGUAUAGGGGGUUCCAAUUGUUCAAAACUGAUAGCUUGAUGCGUUCCUUGCAUAUUUCACAAUGACUUUGUCAUAAUAUUUGGUCUUCUUUAAAUUUUCAGCCACCCCAGGAGUGAGAGAGCUCUUACACCACAUUAAUUAAAGCUCAUCUUCGUCGGAAACUCUUCGCUUAACUUUUAACGCAUAUAAAAAUUCAACUUAUUUUUCAACGGCAAGGGUAUUUUACAGAACGUAAGACUGUCGCAGGCAGCUAAAAGAAUCUAAAAUGUAAUUUGAUAGGGUUAAAAACCUUUUUAAUUAAAUACUCAAUUGGUCAUUAUACUGGGUACUGGGCGAACUGAACUCACAAAUGCACGCUGUGCCAGAAAAUUUCAGUUUUUAUAAUCUGUCCGUUUGCAAAUACUAUUUACCCAUAAAACUAAAACAUCACAAAACGUAUGUUUUGGUAUUUAAAAGAUGCUUUAUCAAAACACAAGCUCGAGCUUAUUCUUGAUUGCGUCGACCAAUCCACGCGUGCGUGAAUAAUAUUUACGAUAGCUCGUGAACGGUCAGAAACAGAAUGUUCUCGAUGGACAUUAAAAUGGUCUUGCUCAUUUUAGUAUCCGAGAGUUGUCUGAGUUGUACCUUCAUCACUGGUUAGGAGAAUAGAAUUGAACGUUUCCCGCGCAUACUAAUUACAGUUAGGAGUAACUCGGAAAGAAACGCAAAGAAUCAACAUAUUAUUACUCACAACGUUUCACACAAAGGAGGUCUACUUGGUUAAGAAUAGGGAUAACCUCUCGAUUGCCCUUCAGGAGCUGUGAUGGCUGCCUGUAAGCGGAGAAUAUACAGGUUGAUGUCAACAGGUUGCUUAUUACGUCGGCUAAAGUUAAGGAAGCCUUUCCAGUGACAUUUUAUAUUUCCUUUUCUACCCAGGAGUACCAAAUUGCUCGGAUCCUUGCAUCAUUUACAGUGCGACGUCUGAAAUUAACGCCCUCGAGCUGAGUACCUCCAGAAUAGUUCAUCUAGUGUCAAACCUUAGUCGAGCAGUCGCUCUCGAUGUACACGUUAAGGAGAAAACCAUUUACUGGAGUGACAUUAACCGACAUAUCAUCACACGGAUGGACCUUGAAACUGGAAAAACAGAAAAUAUCAUCACAGACGACCUCGGUGUCGUUGAUGGUCUUGCUGUGGAAUGGGAAAGCAAUUUGAUCUACUGGGCAGAUUACAGUAAACACAGAGUGGAAGUAGCCUCGUUGGAUGGUUCUCGAAGGAAGUUGCUGUUUACAGAGGAAGUAGAGUAUCCACGAGGAAUAGCGUUGUAUCCAAAGAAAGGGUAAGCAAUUUAAUUUAAUCAUGUGACACACAAAUCUAGUUGCAAUGUGGAUCGAUAUUUAAUACCUAUUCACGGUUCACCUUGAGCCCAUCGAAAGCAGACCACAUUUCGCGACGUCAACGACAGUUACCCCGCAAAACGACGUCAGAGGAACGACUACAGAAAUUCCAUAAUGAUGACGUGUCCCUACCUAGAUCUAAGUAGUUUUUCUGAUUGGUUAAAACUAAUGUUCCUAGCGGCACGACGAAUCAGAAGCUUUACCCUGAUCUGGGUAGUGACUAUCAUCAGUAUGGAAUUUCUCCGCUCGCUCCUCAAAGGUCAUUUCGCAGGGAAACCACAUGGCGUUGCAUAAUGUAGUGAAUAUUUUAACUCCUUCGUUUAUGAACAAGCCGAAGCAACUACGAUAUUUUAGAUAAUUAUAGGCGUUGCUUAGACAUUACGUAACAGAGGAACAAUUGGAGAGCAAACAAAGCCUGAGUAUGCACGAAAUGAUGAGAAUCGUGCACUUACAACCUUUUCAGCGAUUGCACUUUGCGAGUAAGCAAUAUAAAAUUUCACUAAGAAAGCAGCCUCUUGGGGCAACUUCCAUACAAAAUGGAUGCCCGUCGUCUCGCUUGGGGGUAGACAUGAUCUCUCGCAGGGUGUUCAAAAAGGAAAAAGUAAUAGUUUUAUCUAUAUUACCGGGACUUUUCGUAUCGAAAUAUCUAUUAAAAAGAGAGAUCUAGAGGUCUAAUAAAGCCUGAGGCAUUAACUCCCGUUUAGUUUCCUGUAGGGGUUUAAUUCUAAUCUUCGACUUUUUUUUACCCUAUACUAUGAAAAACAUUCCCAUGUCUCUCACACUGGAGUACACUUGACAUGAAAUAGCUUUGAAAAAGGGGAACAAAACGGUCAAGUUACUCGCUUUCAGGUUGAUGUUUUGGACAGACUGGGGAUCGACACCCAAAAUUGAGAGAGCGACUCUUGCCGGCACGAAUCGAACACUCCUUAUUGACUUAACCAGCUCGGUUCAAAACUGGCCAAAUGCCAUAAUUUUGGAUUAUUUGGAAGACCGUAUCUACUGGAUUGACGCAUGGAUUGAUGCCAUUGAUUCUGCUGAUUUGGAUGGCAACAACAGACGAGCAAUAUCAAGUCCGGUACAUCCCUCUCGAAAUAUGCAUCCCUUCGACUUCACUGUCUAUGACGAUGUCUUGUAUUGGAGCGACUGGAAUACUGACUCUAUUGAGAGACUUAACUGGACAACUGCGGUUUAUCUUGGAGGGUUUGGUAUUUUAACAUCUGACCGAGUUUUUGGAUUGGCAUUAUUGCACUCCUCGCGACAACCAGACUCGGCAGGUAACUAUUAAUAACUCUUUCCAUUCUCAAGAACUUGCGUUACAACCCCGUGGUUACAACAGUACAACACAGGAUCUCCAACGAAAUGAUCGCUUUCAAAAUGCCUAAUGAGCCAAAAAUAUACCAAAUAUGCGAAAAAAGCAGCAAGGUCAAUUAUACGCGUAGACAAAUAUCUCUGCAACAGCGCUAGGUUGAAGCCGUGGGUAGCCAUUUAUUCUCAUAAAACUCGUCAGCACGGCAAGGAAAAUGGCACGAAUCCCGUAAAACUACGUAAAAUUUUAAACAGACGCUCAGCGAUUGCCCCUUAUCACGUGUCAUGAUAAAAAUCAAGACUCAUAUUUUAUCCAAUGUGCCGUAUCGAAAUGCGUGACAUGACGGACGCCGUUUAAAAGAUUUGUGGGAGAGACUGAAUCGUACUGUCAUAUUUACCUAAAAAAAUUAUGGUGUAACUAUGCCAAUCACAAUAUAUCAAUCCCGGGAGGUCACUUCCUCAUAAGAGGCUAAUGGGGAUGUGCCGCUCGAAGGGGUUGGGGUCGCAUUAUCAAUAGAGUUAGUACAAUGAGGUCGCACAUUUUCUGAUCUUUGGGGGAAGGCAGUUCUCCAUAUUUACGGUUAGCAAACGUACCAGAAUGUUUGCACUGUAGGUGAAAUGUAAAGUGUUCUUCAUUCAAUACGAGGGAGAUACAUAAAUAGAAAGUGACUGAGUUGGGAUCGCGAAAAUUACAUAUUUGCUCAAAAGUGAUGGGGUCUGUAAUUGGCCACAGAAUAGACUAUAAUGGGGUAGGGGCUCUGAGAGGCCCGCGACACAUAUCCAGCCAAAAUUAACCCAAAUACCCUCCCCCCUCCCGGGAUAUCAGAUAAUUGCUUCAAGAGUGGCUUUAAUUUUUACUGAUAUCAUUACCGAAUUUACUCCUUGUAUCUUUGUUUACGGUUUGUCUUAGACAUGUCGCUUCGUUAAUUAUUGGGAACUUUUAAUCGCUCACUGCGUCUGAAUCAUGGCAUCGACUGUUUAUAUGGCAUUAGCUUUUCUAACUUUGAUUUCAGAUCGGGAUAUUGGCAAAAGUACGUCACAAUCCCGUUUGUGUUUGUGAAGAAAAGAAAAACACUAACAUUUUUUAAAUAGCUUCGUUUUCGCUUGUUUGUUUCCUUUUUUUUCAAUUUAAUUUCUAUUGACAUCACGCACUUAACACCUUCAUGAAUACGAAUCAUUGGUUUUAUGGACUUUGAAUAUUGGUGGUGUUAUGAAUAUAGAUCAUGAUCAUGACGGCGAGCUUCAAAUAUGUAUUUAAACUGAAACUAGCUUUCCUAUCAUAUGUCAGGUAACCAGUUAUGCAAAGUGAACAACGGUGGCUGCAGUCAUCUAUGCCUUCUGACACCUGACGGAUAUCAGUGUGCUUGUCCUGAUGGCUUGCCUCUGCAACCAGAUGGGAAGAAGUGUUUGACAGGUAAUAAAAAGAUCAAUGACUGACCCAAAUGGAAUAAUAAAUCUCCUUUGUGUCUUUUUCCACAAUUGUUUUGUUCUACUUUGUAACAAACAGUUUGUUGUUGGUUUUCUUUUUUUCAGAAUUCUCAAGUUUUCUUCUUUUUGUUGAGGGACAGAACAUCAGACAAAUGCAACUACAUUUUAAUUCCAAUACAACGUAUAGAAUUCCACUGAAAACACCUCCCUUAACACCUGUAGCUCUAGACUAUAAUUUUCAGGACGAAAAAGUCUACUGGACGGAUGUGUCACUCAACACAAUCUCCAGAUCCUUUUUGAACGGAUCCUCUCAGGAAAUUGUUGUGUCCUCUCGCAUAGAGAGCCCUUAUGGACUUGCUGUUGACCCGUUUGGUCAGAAUAUAUAUUGGACAGACAAAGCAGAAGAUACUAUUGAGGUUGCAACGUUGAACGGCUUGUACAGACGCAUCCUCAUUAAUAAGGAUUUGCAAAGUCCAACGGAUAUUGCCUUGGAUGUCACUAGAGGGUAUGAUCGAUAUAGGCGUAUGUUCGCGAAGUUACUUCUCCGAUUGUUUUCCUAGUAUAAUUUAACCUUUUUGUUAGGCUUCAACUCAUAAUUUAGCUGUAAUCAACUAUGGAGUAGCCUGAAUCUCCCGGCCUUUAUACUUAAUCGUUAAUUUCCUCGAGUAUAACAGGGCCGGGUUGUUCAAAGCCAAGUUAAGAUAACUCAGGGUUAGUCCGAAAUUUGAAUUCAAUUAUCAUGUGAAAGCUUAAAACGCGAUAUCAGUUUAAUUCUGUUUGUCUACAAUUUGAUGAUUGCACGCUCUUAAAAUAACAGACAAAAAAUUAUCCAAGAAUUAAAAUGCUUUUCAACAAAGAGAAAAAAAAAACACGGAGUAAAAUUUGACUUCGGGUUAGCGCUAAUCGCCCUUCGAACAACUGGGCCCAGGCCAAUCAGGGCUUUCUGUUUCAGUCAAAAAUGAUAAUAGGCCAUUUGCACGAUGGCGUCAUUUUACUACCAGAAUCCCUUUCGUUUUUCUUUUCAUAUUUAAAUGUGGUAAUCCCAGGGAGAUUUAAAUGACAAAAGGCGUAAUUUGCACAAGAAAGGAAAACCCUGAAGGAUUCUGGUCGUAGUAGUAAAUGAUGUCAUCGUGCAAAUGGCCCAUUCAAAAUACGAUAAAAUCUCCGCGGUCGUCCCUUUUCCUCCCCUUGCCCUAAUCCUUCCCCUCUCCAAGUUUUUUUUCUAAAUUAGUUCAAGCAAUCAGUGAUGUUUCUCGACCAGUCAUUACUUAGAUUAUUUAAUCUAUUUUAAACUAUUUUGGGUUUAAUCAUGUCUUAUAUCUAAUAAUACAAUCACGAUUGAAAAACCUCGGCUUGUUCGUUACAACAUCUACCAAGAAAAGUGAAGAAUCAAUCAGCUCUUGGUAUUUGUGUAAGAUAGCCUUCACUAAACGUACAUAGCGCAAAUUACAAUGCUACUGUGAUCCUUUUUAAAUAAUGAAAUUCUCUAACAAAUUCCGUUCUUGCACAUUAAACAAAAUAACCACACAGCAGCUUCAUCUUUCAUUUGGGAGUUUGCUAUCAUUUUUCCGCACUCUAUACCUACCUUUGUUUCGUUCCAUUUUCAUUUUUGCAAAAUUUUCAGUGAGCUUCUCUUUUUGCUCGGCAGAUUCGUGUACUGGACUGACUGGGGAAUUGACGAAAGAAUAGAGAAAGCAGAUAUGGACGGUCAAAACAGAGUCACUGUUAUCGACUCAGGACUGUUUUAUCCCAAUGGGCUUGCUCUUGAUUUUGACAGAAACUGGCUUUACUGGAUAGAUGGACUUUAUGAGAGGCUCGAAGUGUACGAGUUUCCAACUAACACUCGAAGACAAGUUAUCUCAAGUCAUGUCUACCUGAGUUACCCGUUUGGACUGGCACUUAACCAGAAUCAUCUCUACUGGACAAGCCAGUAUUAUUAUGGAAUAUACCGGGCAGAUCGACAAAAUGGGGGAAAUGUCGUUAAAAUACUGUCCACCGAAUCUCAACCGCAGCUUAUUCAUGCCUACGAUGUGAAUAAUACGUUUUUACCAGGUAUUUAAACCAAAAAUCGCAGUCACAGUUGCAUUGAACGAUCGUAUUAGUACGUCAGUGGCUGCACUAGGAAAUCUAGUCUUCCAUAUGAUUUUAUACGUUCAAUUUAUCUCUGUAGCCAUGGACGGCCUUCAGAAGAUUCAAACAUGAGCUGGGUUGUAAACCUUGGCAUAUCAUCUUAAACUCUUAGUAGUAAAGACACAGGAUGUUCCUAAUUUGCAUCAGAAGGAUCGGUCAUUUUUUUAUCUCUUGUCAUCCCCACGGAUGGCGGGCUGUAGCAUAUAUUCUGUAUCAAGUCACAAACUAUGAGAAACAAAGAAGCUCUUUCUUCUUUUCAGUUACUGAUGAAUGUAGCAACAACAAUGGAGGAUGUAGCCAGCUUUGCUUGCUAACACCAUUUGGGGCAAAGUGUUCAUGUUCAGAUGGGCUUAAUCUCGCCGUCGACGGGAAGACUUGUAAAGGUACUUAAUGCUGUAUUGCAGAAAUGACACGUUUAUUGCCUACCAUCAUAAGACAUUAAAAAAAGAGAUCAUAGGAAAUCUUACACAAAAAAAUGAUGUAUGCGAGCCUUUGCUAUAGACUCACUAUCACCAGAUAUAAAAAUUAAACCAAGGAGGAAAAUUAACCGAAACGUUUGAAUUGGAGUAAUUCACUUACAACAAGGAGAAUCUUGACUUCUGAUUAUCUACCCCAGCAGACAAGAUUAUCCGCUAGCUUCCGCUAUGUCCCGCAAAUAGAGAGUUUGUUCAGGCGAAUGUAAAGAUCCUUUAUUGCUGAAUUUUGUUCGGUCGAGGUAGGUGGAUAUUGACCUCUUAGUUGUUUGCGCUCUUACAUGGACGUGGAAUUCCUUUCAGUGCAUAAAAACGCGAAAGAGCACUUGAACAUAUCUCCAGCCUUUGUAUCGUCGCGUUUGAUAAAUAGUACGUAUUUCUAGGCAUUACACGUUAAGUUUGCUUACAAAAAGAAUUAUUAUUAGAAAAAGAUAUAGUUGCCAAUAGCAACAAUCUUUUAUUGAUUAGAACCUUCCUUAUCACUUUUAGCACCUCAGCAGUUUCUGUUGUUUGCCGAUGCCACAUAUGGUAGAAUAGUGAAAGUACUUCCUCAUGAUCCCCAACAGCGUGUACAACUGCCUUUAUCUGCAAGCAUAAUUACCCGACCCGUUGCCCUUGGCUACGAUCUGGUAGAGGACCGAGUGUACUGGACAGAUGUUACAAGGAAUACGAUCUCUCGUUCAUUUUUGAAUGGUUCUAUGCAGGAAGUCCUUUUUGACCAAAACGUGCAAACACCAGAUGGACUGGCGGUAGACAUCGUCGGAAGGAACCUGUACUGGACUGAUACGGGUACCAAUAAGCUGGAAGUUUCUAAACUGGAUGGGUCCUACCGUAAAGCCCUCAUAACAACCGGGUUAGAUGAACCUAGAGACAUCAUAUUGGAUGUUAGUAAAGGGUAAGAAUUAAAUGACGCCCCUAUGCAUGUAUAAUAGAGAGCUUUAGCAACGGCGACGGCAACGGAGACUGGAACAAGAACGUCAAAACAAGCACGUGCAACUCUUUUUUUGUACAUUUCUUUGUCGUCCCUACACGACUACGACGAGAAAAUCCCUAAUUUCUCGUUUUAUGGAGUAAACAAGAUAUGACAAUUUUUUUCUCUCUCUCUUUCUAAACUUGAGUGCAGUCCCCAAGAAAUCAGCUCCAGGGAAUUCGCCUAUAUUUGAUAUUUUUAGCAAUUUGGAAUAAACUCGAAAGUUUGAAAAAAAACGCGCUAUCGUCGAUGCUAAAGCUCUCUAAUGCGACACAAAGAAAUUGACGUUUUAACGUCUGCUUCCUUGCAUAGAUGCGACUUAACUGUGAGCUGUCCCGCAGGCAUGACGGGAGAAUUCGUUUUCAAAUCCUUCAAUCCUGCCUUAAGGAUAACCCUCGCAUCAUUACUCCUUCUAUGCUCAAUUGCCUGAUAAGGUGUAGUUAAUAAACAUAAAGUUAUCCAGACACGGUACGUAUUUCUUCGAAAAAGACAUGUAUCUUGGUACCCUAAAUUCACCUUCCAUUACAGCUUUUUCCUCGGUAAAGGGAGUUUUUAAGAAUUAAAAUUCAUUUCCCUUGGUUAUACUUCUAACCAUUACUAACUAUCUUGCUAACUGACAAAAAAAGUUUGUGACAAUGACUAAUGACUAAUAAGAUACGAAAAUAGAGUUAUUACAACAGUUCAUACAAAACACUAAGUAAACAAUAACAAUACAAUAUAUUACAUGUCCAUCCAACUCUAACUUAAACUAAGUAAUUAAGACAAGUUACAAUUUAUGCAAGCAACGGAAAAAUAAUAAUCUAUUUAAAAUAGUUAUUAGGAUUUAUAAACCAUUUACAGUAAGUCUUUUCAAUGUAAAAAAAGCAUUCUUUUCAAAGUAAAAGCUAGUAAGUCAUUCAGUUUCAUAUGUCGCCACAACCUUUUUUAAAAAAUCCAUGUAUACUCAGAGGUGUAUCGUUUGCCCAGAUAAACUUUACCAGUAAUUAGCAUACAAAAGUAAAUGAUGAUACGAAGCGCCUUCUGUGGUCUCUACUCCUACUAUAAAGUCAUGCAAUGAUAGUUGUAUUUUUUCUUUCGAAAGUUGGUGCCAAAAAUAUUCAAACUUAGACCAAAAACUCUUUGAAAAAAAGAUGAUAGAGCGACUAUGAUUGACUAUUCCCUGUUAGCAGAGGCUUCUUUUCCCUGGUAUUCCCGCCCGCCGGAUACCAGGGAAAAGAGGCCUUCGCUAGCUGAGAAGAGUUCACUUGCACCCGAGAAGAAACAGAGGUUGCUUGUAACUAUUCAGCUUCAAAAAACAUCAGGCUUGCCAUCAGUCGAACCCUGACCUCAGCGAUACCUCACAGAGCUCUGACCAGUUGAGCUUCAACCAGUGGCAAAAAUGCUGUGACACUCCCACGAAAAAACGACCUUUCUUGCAUCAAAUCGCUCUUGAUCACAGGUCUGUGAGACGUAAUGCUCACCUCCCUCCUCCCUCCAAUUCAAAGUUGUUCCCCUAAGUUUUGAGCAUGGUCUUGUAUUGUUAGCAACUUUGAUAAGGAGUGGAGAGGGGUUCACAAGCACAAGAUCAUGGACAGGCCAUUUAUGCCAAAAUACGGUACAGUGUCUCAAGUACUUUUGCAAAUGCUUAUAGCAAGCCAACUAGGAGCUGGUCUUUAAAUCUAGCUCACAAUAUGCCCCUGAAAAAUGAACAUAAAAUGAUGAAUAUAUUAAUUUCACAUAUUGGACUAGCCAAAGAAGACCAUCUCAGUUUUAUACAUACGCAACCGACUGCGAUGAUCUUCUUUGCAUUUAUUUAGCAGUUUUAUUUCGCGUUUUCAUUAUAUGAAAUUAAUAUGUUCAUCAUUUCCAUGAAUAAUCGUAUACUUGUCAAGGCGGAAUACGUAUUAAGAGUUUUUCAGUAUAAACUUCUCAAUGGCAACCCUUAUACCUACGUCUGUAACUGCGUUGAUAUUUUUUGCAUUUAUCUAUACGAAAAUUUUUUUGUUGGAAUUUUCAUAGAAUCAUGUACUGGACAGACUGGGGUUCCAAUCCGAAAAUAGAGAAAGCUAAUAUGGCUGGUAAAGAGCGCAGUGUAUUGGUAAAUUCCGUAUUGCGUUGGCCCAACGGCCUAACACUUGAUAAAGACACCAAUAGAUUGUACUGGGUGGACGGAAGUUAUCACAAACUUGAAUACUUGGAUCUCGAUGAUAACAACAGGGUAACCUUGCUGAUUUCAUCAAGUGUGUUGCCACACCCCUUUGGUCUUACUCUGCUGGGAGAUCAUGUUUAUUGGACCGAUUGGAGCACAAACGCUGUUUAUCGAGCGAAUAAAGAGAGCGUUGGUCUUAUCUCAGCUUUUAUCAGCGGCAUCGGACAGCCCAUGGACAUACAUGGAUAUAACAUUAGUGCACCAAUAGUACAAGGUAAUGAGGACAACUUUGUUAUGAGAAAACCUCGUAGUGUUUUUCUUUUCUUUUUCUUUUUCUUUUUUUUUUUACUCUAGACACAAUAAGCUAUACAUCUAAGAUUAGGCAGAUAAAUCACACCUUGUAAUAAUAACUUUGGGCGCGUCAAUGUAUUUUUGAACCAAACACUCAAAAUUUUAAGGCUAAAAUCUCUUUAUAUUUAGAUAUUGUUAAUAUUACCAUUGAAAAUAACAACGCCAUAAUGAUUGUGAGUGAAAUUUUUUAGUUACUGAAGAGUGUAAUAAUAACAAUGGUGGAUGUGAUCAACUUUGUCUGCUUACACCAUCUGGAGGAGAGUGCGCAUGCUCAGGCGGAUCAGUUCUCAAUGACGAUGGGAAAUCCUGUAAAGGUAGAUAUAGAGGAUAUUGCAUGGACGCGCGGGGAUACGAAUUUUAUCUUCGAGUGCUGAAAGUAUCUCUCACGAGUGAGCGAAGCAAAAGAGUGAGAGACACUUUCAGCACGAGAACCUGAUAGAUAGAUACUGAUGAAAUUCCUACAUAAAACACAACGUUUUUUUAUUCAUUUUCGAAACAGCAAAAUAGUGCAAUUAAAGUGGUGACCUAUCGCAAAAUGCCUGUCAAUAAAAUGUUAUGAAACUCGGAUAUAAAGUUAUAAAGGAGAAAUAAAGACAAUUCUUAUAUUUUCUGUUCCAAAAUCAAAAUCAAAAUCAAAUCAUGUUAGUAACCAUGGCGACCUAAUAUCCUCACACGUGAAAGAUAAAAAUAGUAUCUUCGAAGAUAUGAUUUUUUAGUAAAAGAAAAAAUCCUGGUAUUUCAUCAGUUUCUAUACAAUAAAAAUAUAUUCCUAAUUAUAGCUAGCCUGAGAAAGCAACUGACAUUUCGCGAAACCACCUCGGAUUUCACUCUGAUGACGUUUCACGAACCAGAUCCAGGUGGUGCCUCUGAAUGGUUGAAACAAAUUUCCCACGCGGCACGACCAAUCAGGUGCACUAGCCUGAUGUGGGUAGUAAGGCGUCAUAUCAGUAUGGAAUCUCUGUACUCGUUUCUCAGACGUUAGUUGGCGGGGAAACUAUUGGUGACGUCUCGAAAUAAAGGGCGUUUUCUCACACUAGGCUACGAAUUAGUUGACCUGUAAAAGAGAUGGACUUCUGCUUGGAGGAGUCUCCAAAUUAACAAAAUGAUAAACUGAAAAAGAAUAUUAUUCACCACAGUCAGAGUCGUCAAACAAAUGUAAGGGAGCAAGUAUAUUAAAAAUAUGCGAAAAGGAUCACACAAUAGUAGUAAUCUAGCAAUAGUACCCAAAACCCUUUAGUUAGGUUGAAAACUGUAAACAGUGGAAGAAAUCAUGGAGAGAUCGCAAGGCGCUCUGAUUAAGAAAAUAUACAUUCGAUACAUGGAGCAAUGCCUUAUUUAAAAUAUUAAUUUAAUUAUAAAAAUCAAACUGUCAUUUGCACAGCUAAAUACAACAAUCAAAUUCCUAUUAAAAAUUAAAUUUAAAAAAAAAGUAUAUAUAUAUGUGCAACUCCUUCAAAAUUUACUAAUCCUCUGAUUUUGUUCAAUUUCAUUUCAUUGAAGAUCCUUCCGAGCAUGAGUUUCUGCUGUUUGCCGAUGCUUCAUACGGAAAGAUUAUGAAAGUUUCUCCUCAUGCUCCUGGAUCACUCAUCUCUUUACCCUUGUCAAGCAUUAUCAGUAGACCGGUUGCCAUUGGCUACGACGUCCUAGAAGACAGAGUGUACUGGACAGAUGUGACAAGGAACACCAUUUCACGUUCAUUCUUGAAUGGUUCUAUGUUUGAGGUCUUGUUUAGCCAAAACGUGCAGUCGCCAGAUGGAUUGGCUGUGGACAUUGUCGGAAGGAACCUCUAUUGGACUGAUACGGGAACCGACAAACUGGAAGUCUCUAAACUGGACGGCUCCUAUCGGAAAGCUCUCAUAACAAGUGGCCUAGACGAACCAAGGGAUAUUAUAUUGGAUGUUAGUAAAGGGUGAGUGGCCUUAUCUUUCUGCAAUUUUGAAGCGGUUACAAAGUAUGUGGAUUAAAAAAGAGAUAACGACUUCAAUGUUUUCAAAGACAUAACAACAAACGGUUGUCAGAUCUAAAUCAAAAAGAAAAGUGAUUUAGUAUUGCUUAUUUAUUGUCUAUAGAAUCAUGUAUUGGACAGACUGGGGUUAUCACGCAAAGAUUGAAAAGGCUGACAUGUCAGGACAGCAGAGGGUUGUUCUCGUGAACACAAGUCUGUCGUGGCCUAAUGGUCUGACGCUUGACCAGGAAAGAAACCGCUUAUAUUGGGUGGAUGCCAGCUACGACAAGCUGGAAUACUUGCACCUGAGUACCAACGUCAGGGUGACCUUAAUAGAUUCUUACGUCACUCUACCUCAUCCUUUUGGGUUAACACUUCUUGGAGACUACUUAUACUGGACUGACUGGGGUGACUAUACUGUUAAAAGAGCCAACAAAGAAAGCGCUGCUGAUGUCACGGUUUUUAUCACCGGUAUUGGGCAGCCUAUGGACAUACAUGGAUAUAACCUCAGUGAAAAGACAAUACCAGGCAAGCACAAAUACAAGGGGUUUUCCAAGAGAAAAUUUGUUUGUUAUUUUUAAAUGUCGUUAAAGCAUAUAGCCUGCGAAAAGAUCCGUUUCUCCUUGCUCUUCGCCGUGGAGGAAUGUCUGCGACUCAGAGGUAGAAAUUCCAUACUGAUGACGUAAAAUCUGUCUGGAAUCUGGUCAGAAGCGCUGAUUGGUCGACGGAGUAGUUGCAUUGUUUUAGCUAUUGUUUACGAAUGACAGACAAAAGACAAAAGGCCACAAAGGUCAAAUGUAAACGCGAAGAAUCUCGAACAAAACAGCCAAUAUUUGUGGAAUAUAGUCUUCUCUUGAAGAAGCAUUUGAGUUUUGCUGCAUGAAGCACGUUGGCAGAUGAACACAACACUUUACCAAAAUCGAACAGAAGACACGUAAAAUUGGUCAAAUUUAUAUCUGGACCCUCAUGACUACCGGAUUUAUUAUGUAAACAUUGAUUUGCGUCUUCAGUAUGGAAUUUCUGUCCUGAGUCGCAGACGUUCCUCCGCGCGAAACGUCCCCAGCAGCGAAGAUCGAGGAGAAACGGAUGUUUUCGCAGGCUAUUAAGCAUAUUUUCAGGCAAAUUUUAAAAUAUGCAGCGCUAAUGGCUCACUCCUUCGAUAAGCACUGUUUAGGUAGCAUAAACUGAUAGCUAUCAAAAAAUAAAAACUAAAUUAAAUGCAGAUCAAUGAAGUUUUAGAAGUGCGACGCUUAUCAAAGCCUUCAAUUGCCAAGAAUUCAUCAAACGAUUUGUACAUUUUUCUUCUCUCAGUGUGACAUGGCCGCAUAACUAUCCUUCUACUUAGAUGUUCUUAGGGUUUCGUCACUCGUUCCUUAUUAAGCGUAACACCCUGACGAAAAAGUAGCUUUGUCGCGCUUUUAGAAAGCAACCCUGCAGUAUGGUUUAUUUUAAACACAACCUAAAGUUAAAUUGCCACCACUGUUGAUUAGAAGUGUGGUGUUUCGUCGGCUGGCAUACUCUAGUUAUGAAUGCUGUAAAUACAAAGUCGAAAAAUUAAGAGUUCGAAAACAAAGUCGUCUAACGUACGAUAUUGUACCUCCCAAUUUCUGCUUUUUACAUGCGGUAGUCUUUUUGCUGUCCCCUCUAAGUGAUGAUUCAAUUCUAAUUGCGUUUAUUAUGUGCCUUGCUAUGUACAAUUACAGUAAAAGACCAGUACAAUAACAAUAAUGGCUGAUACAGUCUUCUAUGCUUACUUGGCACAUUCUAGUUAUGAAUGCUUAAAUAAAAAGUCGACCAUACAGCUCGAAAACAAACAGGUGUUAUGGGUGAUGUGUUACCUCCUAAUUUCUGCUUUUCACAUGUGGUAGUCUUUUUAUGGUGUCCUAUAAGUAAUGAUUAUAUGCCUUGCUAUAUCCGAUUACAGUCACUGACCAAUGCAAGAACAACAAUGGCGGAUGCAGUCAACUUUGCUUGCUUACACAAUCUGGAAACGUGUGUGCUUGUUCAGGAGGCUUCAUUCUAGAUGACGACGGAAGAAAUUGCAAAGGUAUGGCUUUUAACCAUCAAAGGGGGAUGGAUUUUCUCACCUAAAGCUUUUUCACGAGAAGAACAUUUAAGUAUCGUCUCCGCACCUUUUUUUUUAGGAAACAGAGCCAGUCGUCAUGACUGGGGAGUUUCGAUCGCCCAAAUCGGCAUUCCUUGUUUUGAAUGGGGGUGUUGACUAUAACGUCACUUAAAGUGGACAAGAAAAAGAGUCUUCGAAAAUGAUCGUCGACACGUAUAGAGACCAGUGCGUGUUUUCUUUUUGCUAUCAUGCAUUACAUAAAUAAUUUUAUAAUUGCUGACACCUUAAAUCUUUCUCUUGCAGCUCCUCCAGAGCACGAGUUUCUGCUGUUUGCCGAUGCUUCAUACGGAAAGAUUAUGAAAGUUUCUCCUCAUGCUCCUGGAUCACUCAUCUCUUUACCCUUAUCAAGCAUUAUCAGUAGACCGGUUGCCAUUGGCUACGACGUCCUAGAAGACAGAGUGUACUGGACAGAUGUGACAAGGAACACCAUUUCACGUUCAUUCUUGAAUGGUUCUAUGUUUGAGGUCUUGUUUAGCCAAAACGUGCAGACGCCAGAUGGAUUGGCUGUGGACAUUGUGGGAAGGAACCUCUAUUGGACUGAUACGGGAACAAACAAGCUGGAAGUCUCUAAACUGGACGGCUCCUAUCGGAAAGCUCUCAUAACAAGUGGCCUAGACGAACCAAGGGAUAUUAUACUGGAUGUUAGUAAAGGGUGAGUUGCUUUAAAUUUCUGCAAUUUUAAAGUGGCUACAAAGUGUGUGGAUUGAAAAAAAGGUAACGACGCACAUCAGUGUUUUCAAAGACGUAACAAAAGGCGGUUGUGAGAUCUAAAUGAAAAAGAAAAGUGAUUUAGUCUUUCUUAUUUGUUGUCUAUAGAAUCAUGUAUUGGACAGACUGGGGUUAUCACGCAAAGAUUGAAAGGGCUGACAUGUCAGGACAGCAGAGGGUUGUUCUUGUGAACUCAAGUCUGUCGUGGCCUAAUGGUCUGACGCUUGACCAGGAAAGAAACCGCUUAUAUUGGGUAGAUGCCAGCUACGACAAGCUCGAAUACUUGCACCUGAGUACCAACGUCAGGGUGACCUUAAUAGAUUCUUACGUCACUCUUCCCCAUCCUUUCGGGUUAACACUUCUUGGAGACUACUUAUACUGGACUGACUGGGGUGACUACACUGUUAAAAGAGCCCACAAAGAAAGAGCUGCUGAUGUCACGAUUUUUAUCACAGGUAUUGGACAACCUAUGGACAUACAUGGAUAUAACCUCAGUGAAAAGAUAAUACCAGGCAAGUACAAAUACAAGGAGUUUUCUACGAGAAAAGUUUCUUGUUAUUUUUAAAUGCCCUUAAAGCAUAUGGCCUGCGAAAACAUCCGUGUUUUUGUAAUUUUUCUUCUCUCAGUGUGACAUGGCUGCAUAACUAGCCUUCUACUUAGAUGUUCUUAGGGGUUCGUUACACGUUCCUUAUUAAGCGUAACACCCUGACGAAAAAAUAGCCAUGUCGUGUUGUUAGAAAGCAACCCGGCGUCGUGGUUUAUUUUAAACACAUCCUAAAGUUAAAUCGGCACUACUGUUGAUUAGAAGUGUGCUGUUUCAUCGGCUGGCAUACUCUAGUUGUGAAUGUUGUAAAUACAAAGUCCGGAAAUUAAGAGUUCGAAAACAGAGUCUUCUAACGUACGAUAUCGUACCUCCCAAUUUCUGCUUUUUACAUGCGGUAGUCUUUUUGCUGUCCCCUCUAAGCGAUGAUUCAAUUCUAAUUGCUUUUGAUUAUGUGCCUUGCUAUAUACAAUUACAGUAAAAGGCCAGUACAAUAACAAUAAUGGCGGAUACAGUCUUCUAUGCUUACUUACUUUGCUUAAUUACGGGUGUGCUGUUUCCGGGCACAUUCUCCUAUAAGUAAUUAUUAUAUGCCUUGCUAUAUCCGAUUACAGUCACUGACCAAUGCAAGAACAACAAUGGCGGAUGCAGUCAACUUUGCUUGCUUACACAAUCUGGAAGCGUGUGUGCUUGUUCAGGAGGCCUCAUUCUAGAUGACGACGGGAGAAAUUGCAAAGGUAUGGCUUAUUACCAUCAAAGUGGGGUGGAUUUUCUCACCUAAAGCUUUUUCACGAAAAGAACAUUUAAGUAUCGCCUCCGCACCUUCUUUUUUAAGAAACAGAGCCAGUCAUCAUGACUGGGGAGUUUCGAUCGCCCAAAUCCGCAUUCCUUGUUGUGAAUGCGGGUGUUAACUAUAACGUCACUCAAAGUGGACAAGAAAAAGAGUCUUCGAAAGUCAUCGUCGACAUGUAUAAAGACCAGUGCGUGUUUUCCUUUUGCUAUCAUGCAUUAAAUACAUAAUUUUAUAAUUACCGGCACCUUAAAUCUUUCUCUUGCAGCUCCUCCUGAGCACAAGUUUCUGCUGUUUGCCGAUGCUUCAUACGGAAAGAUUAUGAAAGUUUCUCCUCAUGCUCCUGGAUCACUCAUCUCUUUACCCUUGUCAAGCAUUAUCAGUCGACCGGUUGCCAUUGGCUACGACGUUCUAGAGGACAGAGUGUAUUGGACAGAUGUGACAAGGAACACCAUUUCUCGUUCAUUCUUGAAUGGUUCUAUGUUUGAGGUCUUGUUUUACCAAAACGUACAGACGCCAGAUGGAUUGGCCGUAGACAUUGUCGGAAGGAACCUCUAUUGGACUGAUACGGGAACAAACAAACUGGAGGUCUCCAAACUGGACGGUUCCUAUCGGAAAGCUCUCAUAACAAGUGGCCUAGACGAACCAAGGGAUAUUAUAUUGGAUGUUAGUAAAGGGUGAGUGUCCUUAACUUUAUGCAAUUUUGAAGCGGCUAUAAAGUGUAUGGAUUAAAAAAGAGAUAAAGACGUCAAUGUUUUCAAAGACAUAACAGGAAGCGGUUGUGAGAUCUAAAUGAAAAAGAAAAGUGAUUUAGUCUUUCUUAUUUGUUGUCUAUAGAAUCAUGUAUUGGACAGACUGGGGUUAUCACGCAAAGAUUGAAAGGGCUGACAUGUCAGGACAGCAGAGGGUUGUUCUUGUGAACUCAAGUCUGUCGUGGCCUAAUGGUCUGACGCUUGACCAGGAAAGAAACCGUUUAUAUUGGGUGGAUGCCAGCUACGACAAGCUCGAAUACUUGCAUCUGAGUACCAACGUCAGGGUGACCUUAAUAGAUUCUUACGUCACCCUGCCUCAUCCUUUUGGGUUAACACUUCUCGGAGACUACUUAUACUGGACUGACUGGAGUGACUACACUGUCAAAAGAGCCAACAAAGAAAACGCUGCUGAUGUCACGGUAUUUGUCACAGGUAUUGGGCAGCCUAUGGACAUACAUGGUUACAACCUCAGCGAAAAAACAAUACCAGGCAAGUACAAGGAGUUUUCUAUGAGAAAAAAGCUAUUGUUGUUAUCACAUAUCCCUAAAGCAUAUUUGUCAGAGAAAUUAAUAUGUAGCAAUUAUGGCUCACACCGUCCAUAAGGACUGUUUAGGUAGCAUAAACUGAUCGCUAUGAAAAAAUGAAAAUGAAAUCAGAUGCAAAUCGACCAUGAUCUUUUAGAAGUGCGACCGACCCCUUUCAAGACCUUUAAUUUCCAAAUAUCCUUUGACAGAUUUUUCUUCCACUAGUUUGCCAUAGAUAUAACUAGUCUCCUACUCAGACGUUCUUGGGGGCUUGGCACGUGGCCCUAAAAGCUUAAUAAGCUGACGAAAAAUAACCAUGUCGACAUUUAAAAAGCAGCUUUGCAAUAUAGACUAUUUUAAACACAUUUCAAAGCCAAAUCGGCACCAAUGCAAAUUACAAGUGUGCUGUUACGUAGCAUACUCUAGUAAUAAAUGCUGUAAAUAAAAAAAUCAACCAUACAGCUCAAAAACGAAGAAGUUUAACACGCUAUAUCUUUCCAUGCACUUUACUGCUCUUUACAUACAGUAGUCUUUUCACGGUCCCCUCUAAUUAAUAAGCAAUGAUUCAAUUCUAAUUGCUUUCAUUUUUGUGCCUUGCUUUAUCCAAUUCUAGUCACAGACCAGUGCAGUAAUAGCAAUGGCGGAUGCAGUCAACUUUGCUUACUUACACAAUCUGGAAGAGUUUGUGCUUGUUCAGGAGGCUUUAUUCUAGAUGAUGACGGAAGAAAUUGUAAAGGUACAGUUUAUUACCAUCGAAAAGGCAUGAAUUUUCUCCUCUAAAACUUUUUCAUAUUAAUGUUUUUUUAAGCAACGUCUCCGAGCCAAUUUUUUAAAGAAGCAUGCUUAAUCGUCACUGACUUAAGAGGCAAAAUCGCAAUGAAUUAAAGGCUCAAACCGGCAUUUAUUCAUUUGAAUGCAGGAUAAUAUAACGUGACUCAAGCUGGAUGAAAUAAAGUGACUUCCAAAAGCAUCGUCCACGCCUAUAAUGACCAAUGCAUGUUUCACUUCCUUCUGCUACCAUGCGUUACCUGAUUAUCAUAAAAUUGCCUUGAACUUAAUUCUAUCUCUCUUGCAGCUCCCCCUGAACAUGAAUUUCUGCUGUUUGCCGAUGCUUCAUACGGAAAGAUUAUGAAAGUUUCUCCUCAUGCUCCUGGAUCACUCAUCUCUUUACCCUUGUCAAGCAUUAUCAGUCGACCGGUUGCCAUUGGCUACGACGUUCUAGAGGACAGAGUGUAUUGGACAGAUGUGACAAGGAACACCAUUUCUCGUUCAUUCUUGAAUGGUUCUAUGUUUGAGGUCUUGUUUUACCAAAACGUACAGUCGCCAGAUGGAUUGGCCGUAGACAUUGUCGGAAGGAACCUCUAUUGGACUGAUACGGGAACAAACAAACUGGAAGUCUCCAAACUGGACGGUUCCUAUCGGAAAGCUCUCAUAACAAGUGGCCUAGACGAACCAAGGGAUAUUAUAUUGGAUGUUAGUAAAGGGUGAGUGUCCUUAACUUUAUGCAAUUUUGAAGCGGCUAUAAAGUGUAUGGAUUAAAAAAGAGAUAACGACGUCAAUGUUUUCAAAGACAUAACAGGAAGCGGUUGUGAGAUCUAAAUGAAAAAGAAAAGUGAUUUAGUCUUUCUUAUUUGUUGUCUAUAGAAUCAUGUAUUGGACAGACUGGGGUUAUCACGCAAAGAUUGAAAGAGCUGACAUGUCAGGACAGCAGAGGGUUGUUCUUGUGAACUCAAGUCUGUCGUGGCCUAAUGGUCUGACGCUUGACCAGGAAAGAAACCGUUUAUAUUGGGUGGAUGCCAGCUACGACAAGCUCGAAUACUUGCAUCUGAGUACCAACGUCAGGGUGACCUUAAUAGAUUCUUACGUCACCCUGCCUCAUCCUUUUGGGUUAACACUUCUCGGAGACUACUUAUACUGGACUGACUGGAGUGACUACACUGUCAAAAGAGCCAACAAAGAAAACGCUGCUGAUGUCACGGUAUUUGUCACAGGUAUUGGGCAGCCUAUGGACAUACAUGGUUACAACCUCAGCGAAAAAACAAUACCAGGCAAGUACAAGGAGUUUUCUAUGAGAAAAAAGCUAUUGUUAUUAUCACAUAUCCCUAAAGCAUAUUUGUCAGAGAAAUUAAUAUGUAGCAAUUAUGGCUCACACCGUCCUUAAGGACUGUUUAGGUAGCAUAAACUGAUCGCUAUGAAAAAAUGAAAAUGAAAUCAGAUGCAAAUCGACCAUGAUCUUUUAGAAGUGCGACCGACCCCUUUCAAGACCUUUAAUUUCCAAAUAUCCUUUGACAGAUUUUUCUUCCACUAGUUUGCCAUAGAUAUAACUAGUCUCCUACUCAGACGUUCUUGGGGGCUUGGCACGUGGCCCUAAAAGCUUAAUAAGCUGACGAAAAAUAACCAUGUCGACAUUUAAAAAGCAGCUUUGCAAUAUAGACUAUUUUAAACACAUUUCAAAGCCAAAUCGGCACCAAUGCAAAUUACAAGUGUGCUGUUACGUAGCAUACUCUAGUAAUAAAUGCUGUAAAUAAAAAAAUCAACCAUACAGCUCAAAAACGAAGAAGUUUAACACGCUAUAUCUUUCCAUGCACUUUACUGCUCUUUACAUACAGUAGUCUUUUCACGGUCCCCUCUAAUUAAUAAGCAAUGAUUCAAUUCUAAUUGCUUUCAUUUUUGUGCCUUGCUUUAUCCAAUUCUAGUCACAGACAAGUGCAGUAAUAGCAAUGGCGGAUGCAGUCAACUUUGCUUACUUACACAAUCUGGAAGAGUUUGUGCUUGUUCAGGAGGCUUUAUUCUAGAUGAUGACGGAAGAAAUUGUAAAGGUACAGUUUAUUACCAUCGAAAAGGCAUGAAUUUUCUCCUCUAAAACUUUUUCAUAUUAAUGUUUUUUUAAGCAACGUCUCCGAGCCAAUUUUUUAAAGAAGCAUGCUUAAUCGUCACUGACUUAAGAGGCAAAAUCGCAAUGAAUUAAAGGCUCAAACCGGCAUUUAUUCAUUUGAAUGCAGGAUAAUAUAACGUGACUCAAGCUGGAUGAAAUAAAGUGACUUCCAAAAGCAUCGUCCACGCCUAUAAUGACCAAUGCAUGUUUCACUUCCUUCUGCUACCAUGCGUUACCUGAUUAUCAUAAAAUUGCCUUGAACUUAAUUCUAUCUCUCUUGCAGCUCCCCCUGAACAUGAAUUUCUGCUGUUUGCCGAUGCUUCAUACGGAAAGAUUAUGAAAGUUUCUCCUCAUGCUCCUGGAUCACUCAUCUCUUUACCCUUGUCAAGCACUAUCAGUCGACCCGUUGCCAUUGGCUACGACGUUCUAGAGGACAGAGUGUAUUGGACAGAUGUGACAAGGAACACCAUUUCUCGUUCAUUCUUGAAUGGUUCUAUGUUUGAGGUCCUGUUUUACCAAAACGUGCAGUCGCCAGAUGGAUUGGCGGUGGACAUUGUCGGAAGGAACCUUUACUGGACUGAUACAGGAACUGACCAGCUGGAAGUCUCCAAACUGGACGGUUCCUAUCGGAAAGCACUCAUAACGAGUGGCCUAGACGAACCGAGAGAUAUCAUAUUGGAUAUUAGUAAAGGGUCAGUACUUUAAAUCGAUAUUGAAUGCAAUAAAAUCCGUCGUUACAUUUGGAGACAUUUUACUGCCAACAGUACACGUUAGGAAAGACAAGCACCCUGUGUUUUUUCUACCUGGAAUAUUCGAUGCCAACAAUGGCAGCGGAAGUGUUUGCCGUCAUAGACGACAUUAACGACUUUGACAAACACCCUUUUAAUGUACCCUUUUAAGGGUACAUCAGCUUAAUACCAGGCUUCAAAUGUGUUUAAAUAAACGGACAGAAAGAUCCUAAAAUUGUUUGCCUCGCUCUUUGCAUUUAUCCUUGGUUGGUCGAAUUUGUUGUGUAUAGGCGUUGCAACGUAAGGGAAAAAGAGAGCGUCAGUUUUGGCAAGGUGACCUUGCUUUGCUUCUGUUGGAUGCAAAAUUGUCAUUAAAGGCAAAAACGUUUAAGAGCAGAUGAAAAAUUAUUUGAGUUGUCUUUAGGUUCUGACUCGAAUGCUAAAGAAAAAUAUGUGGCAAUAUAGUCAAAUGGAUAACGUCGCGACACCACUACAUUAAGGAAACGAAAGAUAGACGAUAUGUUUUUGUUCAGUUUUAUCCUUGGUUUAAAUUUUAUUUCCCUGUGUGUUUUGGACAUGGUAAUGCUUGAUAACGAGUUUGAAACAAAGGAAAACAAAAUUUAAUCUAAGGAUAGAAUUAAACCAAAACAGAUACCAAUGACAGUGAAUAUCACAGAAAGGCUGUUUGAAAUAUCUAAAUUAAUCUUAGAAAACCUUACAUAUUUAUUUGUUUAUUAUUAUUAUUAUUAUUAUUGUAAACAUUAUUAUUAUUAUUAUUAUAAGUGUUCAGUUAAUAGGACCGUAUUUCUUCUCCAAGGGCCGAGUCCAAAAUAAACCUUGAACUUUGGUUUCUUUGUCAUUAUUGUCACUUGAUGGACAGGACCUUUCGUUGAAUAUUAUUAGUAGUAUUAUUAGCAAAAAUGAGAAACCCUUACUGUCUUACUUGCUUUACAUUUGAUAGAAUAAUGUAUUGGACAGAUUGGGGUUAUCACGCAAAGAUUGAAAGGGCCGACAUGUCUGGACAGCAGCGGGUUGUUCUCGUAAACGCAAGUCUGUCGUGGCCAAAUGGUCUGACGCUUGACCAGGAAAGAAAUCGCUUGUAUUGGGUGGAUGCCAGCUACGACAAGCUCGAAUAUUUGCACCUUAGUACCAACACCAUGGUGACCUUAAUAGAUUCUUCAGCCACCCUGCCUCAUCCUUUUGGGUUAACACUUCUUGGAGACUACUUAUACUGGACUGACUGGAGUGACUACACUGUUAAAAGGGCCAACAAAGAAAGUGCUGCUGAUGUCACGGUAUUUGUCACAGGUAUUGGGCAGCCCAUGGACAUACAUGGAUAUAACCUCAGUGACAAGAUUAUACCAGGUGGGUAGAAGGGGUUUUUCUGUGAGAAAAUCUGUUGUUGGUCAUACUUCUUCCAAGCACUUUGUUCAAGGCGAUAACAACCCUUACACAGGCAAAUCUUGACAAAUAAGAAUGAGGAAACUUUAGGUAGCAUAAACGGACAGCUAUGAAGAAUGUUUUAUUGGAAGGAGAUUGAUGACCUUUUGGAAUCGCGACCCCUUGUAAAGACUUAUCUUAGAAAGUUUGUUGGAAAAAAGUUGAUACUUUUUUUUUUUCCACUGGUGGGACAAAACUUUACGAAACGUUAUACAGCUAUAUUACCUUAUGUAAAAGCGACCUUUCUCUAUGUCUUAAGCCUGGUUUCCAUAUGAUCGUCCGGAUCGUCCCGAUCGCCCCACUCGUUUCAAGAUAUUUGGAGACGAUCCGGACGACUGGGGCGAUUAGCAGUUUGCAUAUGAUCGUCUCGAUCGCCUCAAAGGCAAGAGACGCAGGGUCGUCAGCGAUGUCUCUGGGUCAGACAAUAGAAUUUUUGCGCCUGUUUUGAAAACAAGCCACAUAAAUGGAUGAUUUUUAUUCGCAAAGCGAACCUCGUACCUUGGUAUCUGCUUUUUCUCUUGAUUUUGCGGCAUUGAGAAGCUAGAGGAGUUCCCCAAAGACAUACUAUUAUCUCUUCGAAAACUUGACGUUACGGACUUUCUCUAAUUUCAAAUAACCCCCAUACGCGCUGCGAACAUUUGUGUAUUAUUUUUUCGGCUUCAGCGCCAUCCGGGCCGUAUUUAUUCUCGAUUACUGGUAUAAAAGUGAUGACUUCUGGGAUAGCCUUCGAUCGUUCCGAUCGUCUCAGUCCUCUGAAAGCGUUUCCAUAUAAUCGCUUUAAAAUUUACAUGAUCGUCCCGAUCGUCCGGAUAGAACUCAACUCUAUCCAAGCGAUCGAGGUCGUCUCAGUCGUCCGGGUCGUUUGCGAUCGUCUCCAUAUGAUCGUCCCGAUCGUCUGAACAUUUUUUGAGACGACUAGGACGAUCCGGACGACCAUAUGGAAACCAGGCUUUAAACGUCAUUUCACUUAAUUCGUUUAAACUUGGAAAUGUUUUGUUUCCUGGCAUACUCUAGCUAUGCAAAAAUAAUGCGAAUGAAAAGUCGACCGAACAAUCCCGAAAACAAAGACAUCCACGUUGCGAUGUUCUACCUCAAAAUUUCUACCUUUUACAUGUAGUUCCCAGAUUUUCACGGACCCUCUAAGCAAUGAGUUAAAGGGACAGUCUCCCGAUUAUGCGCAUCCGUUAUUUGUUAAAAAGACAAUAGAACUGUCAUAUUGACGUGGCAAGAGUUCCUUCCAGACCGCACCACCGACGGAGAUUUGUUGGUUGCAUUCUCAAGUAAUAAUUAAAACUUUAGAAGAAGUAUUUCGUGCCAUUUAAAAUUUGGCUUGCGGCACAAAGACUUAUUGCGAUUUUGUCGUAGCUCGGCUGCCUUGCGACCCGAAAAGCUCGCUCGCUUUUAAAACGCUUUUUCUGCAGUGAAACUCGUGUAAGAGAUCAGUUUGUAGCAAGUCAAGUCCAGUAAUAUUUGCUCUCGUUCCAGCCUCAAAAGCUCGAGAGAUAUGAAUGAAAAUGCAAUCUUAACGCGAUGAAUUUGCAUCGCAAAGGUUAGUCCACAUCCAUAUCAGUCACAUACAUGUCUCUAUGGUUUCUUUCUUACAUAGUUUUUAUUGUUGUUAUUCCAUUUCUGCGUAUUCCAUAUACGAUUAUCUGAGCUAAUGUGGUCAGCUGCGGGAGAAAUAAGACUUCAACUGUCAUUAAAGUGUUUUCCUUCCCUUGGUCCUCCGGCCAACGGCUAUUGAAAGUAACGCCAUAAAAUCCCGAUAUCGCUCAAAUCGAAACUUAACUGGAACGAUGUUACAUUGAUCUGUAAUUCUGAGAAGUUAUAGUGUAGUAUCGAACUCGGCCAAGUGCGGUGCAAACGGAUUUUUCAAGUUUAUCUUACCCUCCUCGCAACUUUUGAAUUCGCCACAUCCUGGCAGAAAAUCAAAGUUUGGUACAUGCGCAGUAACGGGAAACUGUUCCUUUAAUUCUAGUUGUUUUUAGUUAUGUUCCUUUCUAUAUCCAAUUACAGUAACAGACCAAUGCAAUAACAAUAACGGCGGAUGCAGUCAACUUUGCUUGCUUACACAAUCCGGAAGAGUGUGUGCUUGUUCUGGAGGCCUCAUUCUAGAUCAUGACGGAAGAAAUUGUAAAGGUAAGGUUCACUACAAAGGGGGGGUGACUUACUUGAUUCUGAGCAAUAUCUGCAAUUAAAUUUUUUUUUGAGUAGUGCCUCCUAACCUUUUUUCGAGAGAUUACAACAAGGUCGUUGAUGACACGAGAGUUUCAAAAACAUUGAAUUAAAGGCCCAAAACCAAGACCCACGAUGUCUUUUUCAUCCUCGUUAGAACACCACUCAAUAAAUCCAGAUAAAGUGACUGACUAGCGAGAUACAAGCUCUACACCGGUAAAAGUACCAAAACACAAUUUCCUUCUUUUACCAUAGCAUUAAUAAUAUGAAAAAGAUGCCUAGAAUAUGAUUCUAUCACUUUUGCAGCUCCUCCUGACCAUGAGUUUCUGCUGUUUGCCGAUGCUUCAUACGGAAAGAUCAUGAAAGUUUCUCCUCAUGCUCCUGGAUCACUUAUCUCUUUACCCUUGUCAAGCAUUAUCAGUCGACCGGUUGCCAUUGGCUACGACGUUCUAGAGGACAGAGUGUAUUGGACAGAUGUGACAAGGAACACCAUUUCUCGUUCAUUCUUGAAUGGCUCUAUGUUUGAGGUCUUGUUUUACCAAAACGUACAGUCGCCAGAUGGAUUGGCCGUAGACAUUGUCGGAAGGAACCUCUAUUGGACUGAUACGGGAACCGACAAGCUUGAGGUCUCCAAACUGGACGGUUCCUAUCGGAAAGCUCUCAUAACAAGUGGCCUAGACGAACCGAGAGAUAUCAUAUUGGAUAUUAGUAAAGGGUAAGUAGUUGAAAUGGAUAUGGAAGGCAACAAAACCCUUUAUUUAACUGUAAGAUGUGUAUAGUAGCUGUUUACUGAAAAGAGGCAAAGAAAGAUUUGCAGUGCACCUAAUUUUCAUUUCUGCAAACGGUUGGUGGUAGCUCUAGCAAUGGAGAUAAAUUGUUACUGUCUUAGGAAAUGCAGUUAUUCAGUUUCUUGACUGUUUAUUACGGACAACCAUAUGCCACCAGCAGUCAUAAGCGUUGGUCGCUGUUGUUUUGCUUCUUAACUGCUAUGAUCUUCUUUGCAUUUAUUUCUUCAUUGUCCAGUUCCAAUAAAUGAAAUUUAUAUGUCAGCCCAUGAACAAAGGCCCGUUCGGUAGUCCCGGACUAGUAGAUUUUCUUUUGGGCAAGGAACUUUUAAUGCUCACUUGUCCAAUAGGCAAGAGUCUUGCAAGUCAUCCCCCAAUAAAAUCAUUGUUUAAGAGGAGUCGCCAGAAGAGGCCCAGGCAAGCAAAAUGUUUAAGCUGCGUGCCCAAAGGACAAGCAGGAAUUCAAGUGUUUUUGGAUCCCUAUAUAUUCGUUUUUUCAUCUUAAAAUUUUCCCACCAAAAAACUUUGGCGUAUGUGUACACUCACUGGAUUUAACUACUCCACCGGCUUUAAAUUGAAACUCAACUCAACCUGGCUGAUAUGAAAACGAACGUCGAUGCUGUUAAAACACACCGACAACAAAUGGGAAGGGGACAAUAAAGAAAAAAUGAUAAAACCCUUCCCCUCUUACUUGUUUUUUUUUUAUAUUUGAUAGAAUAAUGUAUUGGACAGAUUGGGGUUAUCACGCAAAGAUUGAAAGGGCCGACAUGUCGGGACAGCAGCGGGUUGUUCUCGUAAACGCAAGUCUGUCGUGGCCAAAUGGUCUGACGCUUGACCAGGAAAGAAACCGCUUGUAUUGGGUGGAUGCCAGCUACGACAAGCUCGAAUACUUGCACCUUAGUAGCAACACCAGGGUGACCUUAAUAGAUUCUUCAGCCACCCUGCCUCAUCCUUUCGGGUUAACACUUCUUGGAGACUACUUAUAUUGGACUGACUGGAGUGACUACACUGUUAAAAGAGCCAACAAAGAAAGUGCUGCUGAUGUGGCGGUAUUUGUCACAGGUAUUGGGCAGCCUAUGGACAUACAUGGAUAUAACCUCAGUGAAAAUAUUAUACCAGGUGAGUAGGAGGGUUUUAAGUGAAAAAAAGUUUUUGUUAAACAUAUUUCUUCGAAGCACAUUUGUCAGAAAAAUAAUAUGGCAUCGAUCUUAAAUCUCAUGCCGGCAAAUCUUGAUAAACAUGCACGAGCACUGUUUGUGCAGCGUAAACUAACAGCUGUGAAAAAAAAUUGAUUAGAACGGGAUUGAUGAUCCUUUGGAAACGCAACCAGUAUUAAAGACCAUAUUUUCAAACGUACAACACUCGUGAAAGAACUUACUUACGAUACUUUCUUACUAGUUGGACAUAGAUUAACCUGACAAACAAAAAUAUAAGAAAUUGCCCUUUUUAAGCGACCUUAUAUGUUUUGAACACCAUAAAAAUUCAUCCGCUCCAUAGCAGUUUUAAAGUGUGAUGGUUCCUUGCUUGCAUACUCUAGCUAUGCCAGAAUAUUGCAUAUAAAAAUCAAACGUCAACAGAACAGCCCGAAAACAAAGAUAUCUACUUCUCUAUGUUUUACCUACCAAUUUCUAACUUUUAUGUGCAGUUCUCAUUUCACGGUAUUCUCUAGGUAAGGAUUCCUUUGUAAUUGCUUUUAAUUAUGUGCCUUGCUAUAUCCAAUUACAGUAACAGACCAAUGCAAUAACAAUAAUGGCGGAUGCAGUCAACUUUGCUUGCUUACACAAUCUGGAAGAGUUUGUGCUUGUUCUGGAGGCCUCAUUCUAGAUCAUGACGGAAGAAAUUGUAAAGGUAUGGUUCCCUACGACAAGCAAGGAUGACUUACUUGAUUAGCUGUAAGCAACAUCUUCAAUUCAAUCCUUUUUUGAGUAGUGCCUCCUCAUCUUUUUUUGAUAUUACAACCAGGUCAUUGAUGACAGGAGAGUCUCAAAAACGUUGAAUUAAAGGCCCAAAACCGAGACCCAUGAUGUCUUUUUCAUCCUCGUUAUAACGCCACUCAAAAUAAAUCCAGAAAAAAAAGUGACUGACUAGCGAGAUACGUGCUCUACGCCAGUACAAGUACCAAAACGCAAUUUUCUUGUCCUCCCAUAGCAUUAAUAAUAUCAAAAAGAUGCCCAUAACAUGAUUCUAUCUCUUUUGCAGCUCCUCCUGAGCACGAGUUUCUGUUGUUUGCCGAUGCUUCAUACGGAAAGAUUAUGAAAGUUUCCCCUCAUGCUCCUGGAUCACUCAUCUCUUUACCUUUGUCAAGCAUUAUCAGUAGACCGGUUGCCAUUGGCUACGACGUUCUAGAGGACAGAGUGUAUUGGACAGAUGUGACAAGGAACACCAUUUCUCGUUCAUUCUUGAAUGGCUCUAUGUUUGAGGUCUUGUUUUACCAAAACGUGCAGUCGCCAGAUGGAUUGGCCGUGGACAUUGUCGGAAGGAACCUCUAUUGGACUGAUACCGGUACUGACAAACUGGAAGUCUCUAAACUGGACGGUUCCUAUCGGAAAGCACUCAUCACAAGUGGCCUAGACGAACCGAGAGAUAUCAUAUUGGAUAUUAGUAAAGGGUCAGUAGUUGAAAUGGAUAUGGAAGGCAACAAAACCCUUUAUUUUACUGUAAGAUCUGUAGCUGUUUACUGAAAAAAAGCAAAGAGAGAUUUGUAGUGCACCUAAUUUUCCUUUCUGCAAACGGUCGGUGGCACCUUUAGCAAUGGAGAUAAAUUGUUACUGUCGUGGCCAAUACACCUAUUCAGUCUCUUGACUGUUUAUUACGGACAACCAAAUGCCACCAUCAGUCAUAAGCGUUUGUCGCUGUCAUUUUGCCUCUUAACUGCAAUGAUCUUCUAUGCAUUUAUUUCUUCAUUGCCCGGUUCCAAUGCAUGGAAUUUAUAUAUCAGCGCAUGAAUAAAGACCCUUUGGCAGUCCCGGACUAGUAGAUUUUCUUGUUGGACAAGUAACCUUUAAUGCUCACUUGUCUAAUAGGCAAGGGUCCAGCAAGUCAUCCCCCAAUAAAAUCAUUGUUUAAGAGGAGCCGCCGAGAAGAGACCCCAGGCGAGCAUAAUGUUUAAGCUGCUUCCUUAAACGACAAGCAGGAUUUCAAGUGUUUUUGGGUCCCUAUAUAUUCAUUAUUUUAUCUUGACCUUUUCCUACCAAAAAACUUUGGCAUAUGUGUACAUUCACAAGAUUUAAGAACUCCACCGGCUUUAAAUUGAAACUCAACUCAACCUGGCUGUUUUGAAAACGAACGCCGAUGUUGUUAAAAACACACCGACAACAAAUGGGAAGGGACACUACAGUAAAAAUAAGAAAACCCUUACUGUCUUACUUGCUUUAUAUUUGAUAGAAUAAUGUAUUGGACAGAUUGGGGUUAUCACGCAAAGAUUGAAAGGGCCGACAUGUCGGGACAGCAGCGGGUUGUUCUCGUAAACGCAAGUCUGUCGUGGCCAAAUGGUCUGACGCUUGACCAGGAAAGAAACCGCUUGUAUUGGGUGGAUGCCAGCUACGACAAGCUCGAAUACUUGCACCUUAGUAGCAACACCAGGGUGACCUUAAUAGAUUCUUCAGCCAUCCUGCCUCAUCCUUUCGGGUUAACACUUCUUGGAGACUACUUAUACUGGACUGACUGGAGUGACUACACUGUUAAAAGAGCCAACAAAGAAAGUGCUGCUGAUGUAACGGUAUUUGUCACAGGUAUUGGGCAGCCCAUGGACAUUCAUGGAUAUAACCUCAGUGAAAAUAUCAUACCAGGUGAGUAGGCGGGGUUUUUCUGUGAGAAAAUCUGUUGUUGGUCAUGCUUCUUCCAAGCACUUUGUUCAAGGUGAUAACAACUCUUACACAGUCAAAAUUUGACAAAUGUGAAUGAGCACUUUUUAGGUAGCAUAAAAGCAUAGCUCUGAGAAAUGUUUUAUUGGAAGGAGAUUUAUGAUCUUUUGGAAUUGCGACCCCUCUUAAAAGACUUAUUUUGGAACGUUUCUUGAAAUAAAGAUGAUACAUUUUCUUUUUCACUGGUGGGACAGAGACAAAACUUUACGAAACGUUAGACAGCUAUAUUGCCUUAUGUAAAAGCGACCUUUCAAUAUGUUUUAAACGCCAUGUCACAGUCUUUCGUCCCAUUUAAAAUUUGGCUCGCGGCACGAAGACUUAUCGCGAUUUUGUCGCAGCUCGGCCGCCUUUCUACCCGAAAAGCUUGCUCACUUUUAAAUCAGCUUUUCUGCUCUGAAACUCGUGUGAGAGGUCAAUUUGUGGCAAGUCAAGUCCAGUAAUAUUUGAUCGCGUUUUAGCUUCAAAAGGGCAAAAGAUAUGAAUAAAAAUUCAAUUUCAGUGCGAUGAAUUAGCAUCGCAAAGGUUAGUCAAGCAUUAUAUUAUGCUUUCCUUAAACAUGUAGUGCCUGUUUGUUUGAUUUUGUCGCCCGUAGGGACGUUUAUUUGAAAGUUAGUAACACUUCGUUGCGAAUCAUUGUGCUUCACGAAGCUUAAUACCACAAGAUCUCCUCAGUCACAUCCAUUUCUCAAUGGUUUCUUUCUUACAUAGUCUUUACUGUUGCUAUUCCAUUUCUGGGUAUUCUUUACACGAUUAUCUGAGCUUAUGUGGUCAGCUGGCGGGAGAACUAAGUUUUCAACUGUCAUUAAAGUGUUUUCCUUCUUUUGGUCCUCCGGCCAACGGCUAUAUUGAAAGUAACGCCAUAAAAUCCCCAUUUCGCCCAAAUCGAAACUUAACGGGAACAAUAUAUCAUUGAUCUUUAAUUCUGAUAAGUUAUAAUGUAGUAUCGAAUUCGGCCAAGCGCGAUGCAAGCGGAAUUUUCCAGGUUCUCUUACCCUCGCAUUACCUUUCUCCUCGCAUCAUUUGAAUUCGCGAAAUCCUGUCAUAAAAUCAAAGUUUGGUACAUGCACAGUAACGGGAUACUGUUCCUUCAAUUCUAAUUGAUUUUAACUAUGGUCCUUGCUAUAUCCAAUUACAGUCACUGACCAAUGCAAUAACAACAAUGGCGGAUGCAGUCAACUUUGCUUGCUUACACAAUCUGGAAGUGUGUGCGCUUGUUCUGGAGGCCUCAUUCUAGAUAAUGACGGAAGAAAUUGUAAAGGUACGGGUACUACGACAAGGAAGGGAUGACCGUUCUUGUGUAGAAUUUCUGCUACUUGAACCUUUUUUUGGAAGAGUCUACUUAACCUUUUCCAGAAAACGGAGCCAGUCACCGAUGACUGGAGAGUUGCAGUCACAAUGAAUUAAAGGUCCAAAACCGCGACCCACAAUCUCUUUCAUCCAUGAUAAUUGCUGGCGAACCUUUGCGAGCCAGCACACUAUUCUUUGCAAUAGCGGGAAAAAGACAAUAUUGUCGGACAUAAGAUCAGAAGCACGUUCAGUCGAUUGGUUUUCCUAUCAUCCGGGGUACUCACUCCUGUGCGAUGACAUCAUGUACAACGCACGUGGAGUAGUGGAUGAGAUCGAGAGAUUUCGUGUAAAUUCCAGGAGCAAGCAGACUGUAAACGAGGUGAGUGUUUAGUAAUUGUUUAGUAAUUAUUUUCUACAUGUCUUUAUUUGCUUGUGGAAUUAUUCAUCAAGGUCUCAAUCCAGAGCGUUUUAGUAAUGAGUGUCGAGGAAGACGAGAGGCUGGAUUUAUAUGUGUUUGGGCGCUCUAUUUGCCGAUUCGCGAAUGAAUGGAGGUGCGAAGAUAUCCGUUAAAUCCUUCUUCAUGGAGAUGGUUCUUUUUUUCUCUGUGUAUUCAGUACUAAUGAAGUGUCAGGCAAAACUAAUUCUCCUUGGAGUUAGCAACCGACUCUGGGUUGCUGGUUUGGGGAGAAAAAAGAGGAAGGUGCGAAUAAAACCAGCUUUGCGUCUAAAGCGACUUCGAUACCCCCACGUGAAAAUCAAAGAACACCUUUUCAGUUGUGGAGUUAAAUUUGAUAGUUAUGUCAAAGUAUCUGCCAGUUAAGGUAAAUAAUUCAGCGGAUAUUUUGACCAUUGAGUCAAAUUUGUCCGUUGGGGCGAUUGGAAAGCUUUGACCCAUGGAUUCAAAAUGUGUAAUAAUCGCUCUUUGGAGCUAACACUAGGCUAAAACAUUCCACUGUAAAACUGUCGCGUUGCCAUGCGCAUGCCACUCAGGCUACGCCGGGUCCAAUUGUUUUCAAACCUUUAAGUCAAAAGAAAAAAUCUCAAGCACCACAUUUAACUGUCGCUCGCCCAUUGACCUUGAAUAUUCCUGAAAAAUGUAUUAGUACUGCCGAAAGGCGCUUUGUGAGUUUUGACGAACAAAUGCUUGAUUGUGACAUCUAAAUACAGCAUAGAGCCAACAAGGUUUCAUCAAUGCGAAUGAUAGGAAGAUAUCGAAACAUGGAUAACGGUACCUCCAUUAGCGAAUCGGUAAAAAUUGUGGACAUAGUACAUAACAACCAAACACAUUAAACUCUCUUCUCUUCCUUGGAAUUUAUUACUUAACCGUUCGUGAUCUUCAUGAAUACUUCAAGUAGGCAAGUAAAGGAAUCUAGAAAAUAAAAACAAGCAAUUGCUAAAACCGCAGGUAUCGUUUAUCAUCUGCUUGCCCUCUGAAAAUUUACUCGAAGGGCUUCCAGUUAUAUACAUUACAAAUACACAAAAAUAACAUAUUUUUCAUUUAAAAAGGUUUCCCCACCCCAAUUCCCAGAGGUCACUUUCAUUUUCUUCUCUUUAUUUAUUUUCAAACUGUAUUCUCAGUAUUUCUUCAAGCUCUGUCGCCAGCACUUACUUUUAAAUUGGAACUCCUAAUAUAACGCUACUCAAAACAAAUCCAAAUAAAGGAACAACCUAACAUUAAAGGGGCUGUGUCACGGCAGUCCAGUUCAUUUUGUUUAAUUUUGCCAAUUACUCGCCCUCAAUCGCUAUGGAACUUAAGAACUUACAUGUAAAUGACAAAACCAGAGACCCGAGACAAACAAAUAUGUCUCCUGAGCAUUAUUUUUGAAGUUGCAAGCAGCAGGGAUCAGCUUUGAAAAACUGUUCGGCUGAACAGUUUUCAAAAAUCCCAAUUUCAGUCCGUUUCAAUCUUCUUCAGUUUUGCCCAUCCGUGACAUCUGUUGUUUUUGUCAUGUUAUUUUAACCUUCCUUUAAUGUUUUAAGCGGUUAUUUUUAUAUUUCUCUUAAUUUAACGGGCAUUUUGUAAUUUCCUAAUUUGGCUGAAUUUCGUGACACAGCCCCUUUAAGAUGCAUGUUCUACGUGUAAAACUACCAAAACGCGAUUUCCUUUUCUCACCGUAGCAUUAACAAUAUAUAAAAAAGAUGCCCAUAACAUGAUUCUAUCUUUUUUGCAGCUCCUCCUGAGCACGAGUUUCUGUUGUUUGCCGAUGCUUCAUACGGAAAGAUUAUGAAAGUUUCUCCUCAUGCUCCUGGAUCACUCAUCUCUUUACCCUUGUCAAGCAUUAUCAGUAGACCGGUUGCCAUUGGCUACGACGUUCUAGAGGACAGAGUGUAUUGGACAGAUGUCACAAGGAACACCAUUUCUCGUUCAUUCUUGAAUGGCUCUAUGUUUGAGGUCUUGUUUUACCAAAACGUGCAGUCGCCAGAUGGAUUGGCCGUGGACAUUGUCGGAAGGAACCUCUAUUGGACUGAUACCGGAACUGACAAACUGGAAGUCUCUAAACUGGACGGUUCCUAUCGGAAAGCUCUCAUAACAAGUGGCCUAGACGAACCGAGGGAUAUUAUACUGGAUGUUAGCAAAGGGUCAGUACUUUUAAUCGAUGUGUAAAGACACAAAACCCUUCGUUACAUUUGGAGACAUUUUACUGAUAACAAUACAAGUUCGGAAAGAUAAGCCGUUUUUCAUGUGGAAAUAUUCGAUUCCAACUCUGGCAGCAGAAGUAUUUUGAUCACCGUCAUAGACACCAUUGACGCUCUCGACUAUCUGUCAACACGCUUCUAAGGGUACAGGAUAACUACCAGGCUUUAAAUCUGUCUAAAUAACUGGAGAGAAAUAUCCUAAAAUGAUUUUGCUCUCUCAGUUCAUACAUUCUAGCAGUUAGUCGAAUUUGUGGCUUAUAGAUCUUUUUCACACGACGUCACGACGGCCAUAUUUGUGUACAAGACAAUUAUUCGGCGGCCAUGUUUGUGUACAAAACAGUUCCUGUGGGAAUUGAACUCUUUUUAUAUGUUAAAACUUUCUUUUUUUCCAAGCAAUUUGCAAAGCUGCUGACCACGUGACUGAAUACGUCUAUAGGCGCCGCAGUGUAAGGGCGAAAGAAAUCAAGGGCAAGGGGAGCUUGCUUGGCUUUUCUUUGCUGUAAAAUAGUUAUUAUUAUUUUCCUCUUUAAAAUCGAAAACGUUGAAGAGCAUAUGUAAAUUAUUUGAGGUGUCUUAAGGUUGCAUUCGCUUGCUAAAGAAAAAUAUGUGCGAAAACAAGAAAGGGUUGGUUGAAAUAUCUAAAUCAAUUCAAACAAACCUUACAUUUUCAUUUUUCAUUUUCAUUAUUUUUUUUAUUUUUUCAUCAUAGAAUGAUGUAUUGGACAGAUUGGGGUUAUCACGCAAAGAUUGAAAGGGCUGAGAUGUCAGGACAGCAGCGGGUUGUUCUCGUAAACUCAAGUCUUUCUUGGCCAAAUGGUCUGACGCUUGACCAAGAAAGAAACCGCUUGUAUUGGGUGGAUGCCAGCUACAGCAAACUCGAAUACUUGCACCUGAGUACGAAUAUCAGGGUGACUUUAAUUCAUUCUUACGCCACCCUGCCUCAUCCUUUCGGGUUAACACUUCUUGGAGACUACUUAUACUGGACUGACUGGAGAGACUACACUGUUUAUCGAGCCAACAAAGAACGCGCUGCUGAUGUCACUGUAUUUGUCACAGGUAUUGGGCAGCCAAUGGACAUACAUGGAUAUAACCUUAGUGAAAAAACAAUACCAGGUGAGAGAGCAACUUUUGUAAUACAAAGGUACUCCUUAGUAAUAUCGUUUGUUAUUGAUGUUGAUGUUGUUGCGACGAAAGAUAUUAUAACCUUGAACUCGACAAAUGUCGAGUUUUGUGGACGGGCGUGUUAGCUGCUGUUUCGUACAGAACUGAAGGAGAUGAUAUUUGUCAAGUAUAGGAAAAAUAGAUCCAAAGUUUAGGUCGCAAUGCAGUACAAAGUGCGGACCUUUUGUUGCCAAUUAAAGUCAAAUGGUAAAUAUUCUGGCCAAAAACAAUCAUAAAUCAAGGAACCCCUCUGAAUAAAUUUAAAACAAAUUUAUGUACGUGUUGAAGAUGCAAACUUUUGAACCAAUUGACUUUACCAGCCCUUUUAUUCUUUCAUUUUUUGACCAACCUUGAUUUUUGCCUUGAAAAUGUCUACAAUGGUGAAAUAUCGUCAAAUGUAUUGUAAUCACAAUAUUAAGUGUUCGUCGUCGCUUAUUUAACAAUUAAUGAAUGAGGCAGAGUAUCUUAUGAAGAAUUAUGGAGGUCGAGGAGGGUGUUAUCCGUCGAGGCCGUAGGCCGAGGGGGAUAACACCCUCUAAGAUCUCCAUAAUUCUUCAUAUGAUACGAAAGCCGAAUUCAAUAAUUGUCUUAUUAUUCAUUCAAAAUAACUCCUAGUUUAAAAACAUGGCUAACACAUGUUUACCGCCAUCGAUCCAUCGAUGUUAAGUUCAUCUUCGAUAGUGCAAGUUUAGGGUUGUUCAGUUCCGCAAAUAUUCUCCAAAUAGCAGAUGUCGCCUUUCGCGUUGUUUUCUUGCUGUUCUUGCCAUGUUUUUAGUUAUUUUUUCGCCUCAGUCCGAUCACACCCAACUGUCCCAUUACACUGUCCCAUUACCACCCUGCACAAUAAUUGGUGAAAAAUAAAGCAGUUAAGGCACCAAUAAAAUUUUAGGAAAUUGUAAUUAUUAUGAUUAAAAGAAAAAUGACGUUCCCUUCAUUAAUGAUUAUUACUGUCUUAUGCUCAGAAAAUCCCUGUUCGACGUCUUCUGGUGGUUGUUCUCAUUUGUGUCUGUUAAGACCCAACGGUUAUCUUUGCUCGUGUCCAGAUCAACUUGCACCUGGCGAUGUUUGCAUCAAUGGCUGUAAGUAAUAUUUUAAACUCAAAGACAACAGAAAGCAAACAUGUAGUUUUUUUGGACUCAUAUAAUCUAUGAAACAGUCUUUCUAUUUCGGUCAUUCUACGCUCAAUAUAACUAUAUGUCAAGAUAGAAAAGCCGGAAAAAUCUAAUGGAGAUCCACUUUCAACACACUAUUUUAUCUAAGCGAUUUCACAAAAGUAGUUUCGUCUUUUGACCUCUUCGGUUGUACGCCACAAAAUCUCGCAGAAUUCAAUAUAACGGUUGUUAACAACAAUUGCUGGUUUGCACGUGAUAUCAUGACAGCCACGUUGGUGGUCAAGAUUUAGAACAUUUCUAUCCUCUGGGGACUAAACUCCAUUUUCAUGCAGAUUCUUUUAAAUAACUUUUAUUGCAUUGACCACUAACAUGGCCGUCAUGUCACGUGAUUGCAACCCACGAUUGUUCAGAAUCAAGUCUAGAAUACAUCUUCGUAACAGUUUGGAGAAUUAGAGUGAUUUUACUUAACCCGUGAAAUAGAUUGUAGACUUAUACGCACUGUUACAGUCUUUAUUUGGCACUAAUUGUGACGUAUUGUUCACGGGUUUGAUAAAAUCUCCCUAAUUGCUUUGUUGGUUGUUUCAUUGGCGAGGAUAUAAUUUAAUGAAGCUUUAAGUCAGCAUUUUUUAAUAAAUCUCCCGUGCGAUUAAAAGACCCCUGAAACACAUCGUUGCUAUAGAACAGCAUUAUUUCAAUUUGCUCUUAAUACUGGUUAUUCUCAUUUUUUUUUUUUGGAUGUCUUAAAACAUAUUUACAGCCUUUGUACUAUUAUUUUCAUUUUACCACAUUUGCAGCCACGUCGCUCUAUAUAUUUUGUUCGAUAUACUUGCAAUACUAAUUCAACUAUUUUGUUUAAUAGCUAUUCCGCUGCCGUUUAAAUCAACUCAGAUGGCUUUAGCUACAUACUCCAGUGCAAAAAUUAAAAGCACUUCCAUCACCAGUUCGUCUACAAUCACGACACAGUCAAGACUGAGGACGCCAUCACUGACUUCUCCGAGCACAAGCCUGCUUCCAACGAUUUCAUCACACGGAUUAACAUCAGUAUCUCCAAGUGAGCGGCAGACCACGGUUACAAGCACUAGUCAACCUCCACCCACUCUCGCUCCAGUUGAGUGUCGCCUUGGAGACUGUGAGAAUGGUGGAACUUGCGUUGUGCCAGGCUAUUUCUGCAAAUGUCUUAAGUAUUAUGUGUGGCACCGCUGUUCCGUCUACGUUGGUAAGUGUGUUAACAACGACCAAGAGAGAAUAACGCCGGAGACAGAGAGGGAAACGCUCAGUCUAGCCCUUGGGAUAUGUGAAUUUUACAAAAGUUAUUUUUAGACCAAUUAGACGCUAGAAAGUUCGUUGCCGGGGAGGUUAUUUAGUGUUGUCAAAAAAUUCAACAAUCGCCGUUACAAUAUUUUGCCUUGUUGGGGCAAAAACACGUGGACUUAACGGCGUUUCAAACAAUCGAUAAGAAUGUGCAUAUUUCUCAGGAAUUACGUUCUCGUUUAAUUACAACCUCUAAAAAAUAACUUUACUAACGCCCUACGAAUGCCUCUCUGUCUUAUUAUUCACACUUGCAACGACGAAUAACAAGAACGUCAGAUCUAAAACAAUUCGUUGUUAAAUUGUCUCACUUUAUUCGUUUUCUAUGACACAUGUCCAGGAAUGCAAGAAACCUCGGAACUUGGAUGCAUCACAUUAGACACAAAUAUUUCUUGUAGAAAGAAUAGACCAGUUCCUUCCAAGUUCCAAAAACUCUCAGUUUCAAAACGAGGCUCAAUGCAAACCUUUCUUGCGAAAAUGAGUCUUAUUUGAAUUAGAAUUAAAAACUAUUUUCUUAUCAAUAGCCCUGCACUUAGCCUCGCAUUGAGACAGAUGUUUGGGGCAACUCGGAAAUAGCCUCUUCCUUGCCUUUAGGUGAGGUUAAGGGCCGGGUUAAGGGUUAGGAGACACUUCGUGAUUUCUAUCAUAAAGAGCAUGGAUCUCAUUCACUGGCAAUCAGGCUGGACAUGUGAUGUGAAAGUGAAGUGGGGAUUUCAUGAUUACUCCAAAUUAUUGUUGCGUCUAUAAAAAUUUAGAUCUCUUUAACAUUUCAAACAAUUCAACGUAUUCACAUACAGUGUUGUCCAAGGAAAGCUUCAAAAGCUAUCCUAGAGACGGUUUGUAAUCUGCUGUGUCAGUUUCAGCAUGAAAAGAGUGGGUUUAAAGUAGUUAAUUUGAGGUGCAAUACCACUAAACCGUCUUACUUUCUUACUGCUGUAAAUAUAAUGUUUGUUUGUUUGUUUAUUUUUAAUUUAGGGGAAAAAGCUGUGGAAAUAGAGUUAUCUAUUGAGAUAGAGGUACCGUUGGGCUAAACCAAAAUAGGCUGUAUUCGUUAAAAUCGCUACAGUAGAAGAGUUAUUAACGAUCCAAACCAAAUCUCUUUCUAUUGCUUUUGAGGCAUGGGGUUUGAGACGACAUUGUAAACCGAUUCGUCUCGAAAUACCAUCCAGUUCGCUGGAAAUUUUCAACAAUCACAAAAUAAAUCUGUUCUUCACCUUUUCUUUUCCCUCUUUCCUUGCAUUUCUUAUUAGGUGCUUUAGUAGCUUUAUUAACGGCACUUUUUUCACGACACCUGUUUAAAUUUUUUAAAAUAUUUUCAAACAGAAACUUUUUAAAUUUUAGCCCUUAAAAGCGCCUUAAAACCCGUUUUAGAGUUGCCCGUGGCGAAUCUCCUAAGAUUUACUAUACUGGGCUCAAGUCCAUUUUUGUCGUUCAAUUUUCAAAUUGAACAUUACAAAUACAGCGUGUAACUGGCGUUUAAUAGCUUAUUCCCCUCAAGAGCAAAAACAUUAUAAAGUACAUUAACACAAACAUAUCUAUAUUCUUUGCUUACAGAGUGGCCCGAUUGAUUCAUUAUUAAAAAUAGCCCUUGCAGAGGCUUGCACUAAAUACUUCUGUAAAAACGGCGAAUGUAAAAGGUAAUACAUUGAACUUUAAAGGUGCUUAAAAUAAGGUUAUCGUUAUUUGUCAGAACAGUUGAGGACACUUCUUUAUUUAUUCUAGGAAUGUUAUAAAUUAUUUGAACCCAGAAAUCAUUUCAUAAGUAGCUUAGAUACGAUUGUUUAUUUGGAUUAGUUCCGUCCUAAUUAUUAGUUUUUCGUUGAGUGGAAAUACAGUGAAAACCCGCAAGUAAGAAUCUACACUUUCCCAAGUUAGCCUGACCAGAUUCUUAUGUAAUGGUGAUUAGCAGAAAUUGAGGCUAUUUGGACCCUUAAAUAAAUCAUUUGUAGCUAAUACAAUUUUGUGGCAUGCAGCAUAUUCCUUUUAAAAAAUCUGCAUACAAAAGACGUUUCAAUGCAAAAUGUCUAAAAUAAGAAAAAUCACAGAUCACAAGUGUGUCGUACAUAAUUACUUUUAAAAAGGGAAAUAAUUUAGCAAAAAAAGGAGCCAUUUCAAAGUUAGGCUUAAAGGGUUUUAGUAACGAGGGGCCUUAAAAUCUAGCUUAUUACUUGUUGGCUUUUACGAUAUGUUCAGCCAAUAACUUUAAGACAGCGGAUGAACGACUGUAAGGUCGUAUCAAUAGGCAACUUUUAAAGAGAAAGGGAUCAAUUUUAACACAUUUUACACCCAUCUCGUAAAUGUAAUGAUAGCGCCCUCUGCGCAAGGGGAGUAAGGGUGGUGCAGUGGUCAUAUCACUCCCAGCAAUUUGGCCCGGAUUCAAACUCUGGCAUCGACGCCCCACGUGGGUUGAGUUUGUCGUUUGUUCUCUCUCUUGCUCUAAGAGCAGUAGCUUUCUCUCCGGGUAAUCUGGGUUUUCCCUCCCCACUUUCCCAAUUCCCAAUUUCAAUUCGAUCAGGAACUCAAAGUCAUAUUGAAACGAAAGCAAAAUUCUUCGUGUGUAACUAAAUUGCGAGAAAUUGCAAUGCUACUGAUGGUGAUGAUGAUGAUGAUGAUGAUGAUAUAGAUGAUAAGUACUUUCAGCAUAUACAAGAGACAGCCAAUUUUUCUGAGCUGAAAUCUCAUUAAUGUACCUUAAUUCUUGACUGUUCUCUUUUCAAUGUGAAGUUCGUAGAUGUAAAAUACUUGACUCGCCUUUUUGGUUUCUGUAGCGUGUGUUAUAAUGGAAGACAUUUUUAACGACUUCUAUUUCUAUCUAAAGAAAGAAGUAAUCAACAUGAAUAUUUUAAAACAGUUUUUUUUAAUCUAUUUUUCAGGAGAGUAAAGCGUUCCGAAUCACCAAAGUACUUUACGCCCAAUGACAUUCACAUACUUGGAUUCUCUCCUGGGGCGCAAAACAGUUGGAAAAUUGAAUUUGCUGUGCUUUUUCCCUCCGUGGACGGACAAGCCCCUGAAAUUACGGAACCUGAUGAACUCGUUGAAAUGGUCAGUGAAUCAAAAGAGAGUAUCGGUAAUGCUGUUGGUGCUACCAUCCAGAGGAUUACAGUGGUACAGCCAGCAACUGAAAAACCAACCGACGGUAAAAACAUCAAAAGAAAAUUUUAGUAAUAGUUUCUAUACCGUAAAUCCCUCUCCUGUGGAAAAUUUCGUCAAGAAACCGUCUACGUUCCGUCUAAGACGAAUUAUCCUUCUACGAAUCAGCCUCAGUCGGGUUUUGCUCCAUAAUUCGUCUUAGCACCGGAUUUAUACUAGAGACAAAUUAUCCGUCUAGACUGAUAAUUCGUCUCUAGUAUAAAUUCGGCCAGUGAAGACAACGAGAACGGUAAAAAAACAACAACUUACAAUAGAUCUAAAAAAAAAAACUUUGCACGUGCAGCACAAUUUUUUUUCUAAUAACCAAAAAAAACAACUUUGCAUGGGCAGCACACUUUUUUGCACAUUUCCUUGCCGUUGUUUUGCAUGACUAAAGGUGAUGUUAUACGGGACGAUUCGCAACGACGAUUUUUAGCGCAACACAGCGUAGCAAUUUUGGAACAUUGUUGUAACCAUUCAAAACAAUGCCGCAACAAUGUUGUAAUGCUGUGUUGCGCUAAAAAUCGUCGUUUCGAAUCGUUCCGUGUAACGUCACCUUUAAAACGUCAAACUUCUUUUAACUUCCUAGUUUUAUGGAGGAAACGUUUGUGUUCCUGUUCACUUUGUUUUGCUGCUCAUUUUCACCUUGGCAGCUGCUGACAUUUCUCAUUUUCUCACCACCGCUAUAUAAUUGUAAUAUUUUUCUUCUGGCAAAGAAAUUGGUUUCCGUUGUUUUUCAUUUCUCGCUGUAGCCCUUUCCUUGUUAUCCACGUUAAUUUAGACAGUAAAAUUUAGUCGAAAGAAAGACUCGGCUUUUUUGUUGUUUUUCUUUUUCUCUCUAAAAGUCCGGGCGGCCACGUGAUUUAUCGCCGAAACGAGCGGGGUGCUUGAAAAACAAAAUUUCACCUCAGCUAACAUGAAUGGGAGGACGAUUACGUCACAACCAAAAUUUCUUGGAUGCACAGAUAACCAAAUUUUCUUACCCAUGGUGCUUCGCUAUAAUACAGUAUGUAAUUUUCAGUGAAUUUGCGUAAAACACUUAGUGCCCCUGAGAAUGAUCCAUUAGAGGAAAUUAUACUGUCGCAUGCGAAAGACGUGACAGCGAAAUACACUAGACAGCCGGGUAGCACAGAUGGAAGAGCGCCCGUUUGCUCUAGAGAGGAAGGUCCUUCUGAUCCCAGGCAGACCUUUUGUGGUUUAAACCAAAUUUAGGCUUCUACUGAAAUAAGUUUCUACUUUCGAGAAUAAUGUUAUACAAGUACCUAUUACCCUCAAACAUCUGGAAUACGGUACGGCUGUGCGAUUAGUUUUAGAGGACCUUGUUAGAAAUCUAUGUCUAUUGUCUCUAUUGGGUUCAGCCUGCCAUUUUUGUCCGCAUAAUUGUAUUUACAAUUUUCUUCCAACUAGCAAUUAAAAUCUAAGGAAAUGGAUUGGGUGGAUUCCACAAUGGCUUGGAGACUGACCAACUGACUGACUGACUGACGCUAUCUACUGGAUAAAUUUCAAUCCAGUGAAUAACAUAAUUUUUGGUUCCCCUAAUACUUAUCCACUGGAUAGUGAUUUAUCCGGCAAAUAGCGCUGUCCAAAGUUUGAACAACAUGGGCCUGACUCACUAACAAAAUAAAUGACUGACGGCCAACCGACAGACUGACUGAUUGACUAACUGACUAAUUGAUUGACUGAUUAUUGACUGACUGAAUAACUGACUGAUUAUAUACAAAAAAAGGGAUAUCGAUGAAGCACAUUGAAAGAUAUGGACGUAAACAUAUUUCAGGUAUUUAAACCUUCUGGAUUCAAUCUCCAUUUUUAUCCAUACUGUUGUUAUCUUAUCUAGAGCCGACUGAGCCGAAGCCUCAAGGAAACUCAGGAGGAGAUCAAGGAUCGUCAUCUAUAGUUCCCAUUGCUGCUGGAGUUGGUGCUGCUGUAGCUGUGAUUGCAAUAUUGCUGGCAUUUGUUAUCUAUCGAAUGAGGAGGUAAAAGUUCCAUAGUAAAUUCAAUAAACUCGUCAUAAUCUAAGAUUCUUAUCUAAACGCCAUGGAUGAUGCAUAUUUUCCCUUUAUUUUCCCUUUCCCAGUUUAGUUCGAGUGACAAUAAGUACCAAUUUUGUUUGUAGGAACUACAGAACAGGAAGAGACUCUCUUGUAAUAUAAAUACUUUUUUGUUUCACAAGAACAAAAAAAGUCUGAAUUAGAGACCGGGGCUUUUAUGGUCCUCUGCGGGUUUCUCGUGAAUUGACCAUUCGCACGAUGGCAUCGUUUUACAACUGCGACCAAAAUAACAAACCCUGAAGGAUUCUGAUCGUAGAAGUGAAAAUGAUGUCAUAGUCCAAAUGGCUCUUCAAUAUUAAUUAAUGCAAUACAUGGUAAGGAAUUUUGUGACUGCUUUACGAACACUGCAUUUGGGACAAUAAACUAAAAGCGCCGUGCUCACGAGUUUCUGAUCUAAGGGGUGUUGCGAGGAAGCAUUUUUAUUUGGCAUCACGGUCGAAUAAUAUUUUUAAUAAAUUAAAAUAGAUCCAACCAAUCAGUGUCCUUCAGUGUUUGCGUCAUUCGUAAUCGUAGUCCAUCACCUUUUUUUUCUUUGCUUUUGUUCCAACAUGUUUAGUGCUCAUAAGACUCAUAAGAGACGUAAUAAUUCAUCGAAGGGUUAAAAUAUAGAUAAACCUCUUCUGGCUUGCUGGUAUGUCGGAAAAUAAAGCCCUUUUCUGAAUGAUUGUCCCGCAACCGCUUCGCGGUUUAUUAGCUAAAUAACUUUUUGGCCGCUCUCUUGGAAAUUUUAGCGUAGGAACAUUUACAGAAGUUAAGAUUUUUCGUGUUAUUUUGCAGGAAUAGAAGGGCAGACGAUAGAACAGCAGCUGGGGACAAUAUACAAUUGGAAAAUGACUGGACAUACAAUGCACCAACAUACUCGGACGUUUCUUUUGACAACCCAGGCUUUAAUGAAAACCCUAUAUAUGACUCUAUCUCUCCUGCCAAAGGAAAAGCCAUACAGGAGAACAUUAAACAAGGGAACGAUGGUGCGAUGCAAAAACUCGGCUUCACCGACUUGCAAAACGAAAUGAAACCAGGGCAGGAAAGCCAAGCCAGAUAUCAAUCACUGAAUGUGAAUGGCCGCAGUAAUCCAACGUAUGGACUUCCUUUCAGCGGGGAUGGUGGAGCCAGUGAAUCUGGAGAACGAUAUUGCGUCCUGACUGGAGGCGAAGGGGAAGAAGCAUAUGCAAGCUUACGCGACGAAGGAGCCAACCAUUUACAAGACAGCGAUGAGUAUUUGAAACCUUCAGAGCCUCAAUUCAAGGAUUCUCGUAAUUCUCCCAUCUAUGUAGACAGGGAAUCGCAUGCUUAAACGUGAAAACAUUGUUUUCUUAAAAUCAUGUAAUAUGCUUCUCUAGAUAACAUUUCGUGCCAGGUAAGAUAAUCCAUAUUCCGGAAUCCGGGAUAUUUUGCUUGAAAAAUCCGAAAUCGUGGGCUUUGAAAUCCAGAAUUCAGCUUAAGGAAUCCGGAAUCCCACAGACUAUUAAGUUUGAAAUCUAAGUUAAAUUGACAAGGAAUCCGGAAUCCCGCAGGACCUGGAGUCUGGAAUUCACAGCUUGGAAUCCCGAAUCCGAGAAUGCUUUUUCAUACAUGUAGUCAUGUUACAUGAGACGAUACAUAACUUCAUGGUCCUUAUAAUUAUAGCAUAUGCAUGUUCUAGUGAUUACUUUAGACAAGUUUUUUCAUUGUCAUCAUAACGGCGGUGGAAGCCAUUUUCCAUCAAGCCAUCUGUUGCCGUAAUGCUAUUUAUACGUAUACAUGGCUAUAUUAGUCUGCAGCUCCUUCAAUUGCUAUUUAAACACAUAAAGUUGCAACGCCAGAAUGAGAUGCUCGUCAUGAGCUUAUCAAUGGAUCAACUAAUCUUACAGUGGCAGUGCUAGCGCAUAUACAAUAUAGUGUUAGUCUGUAAAGGGGAACGGGUUCAUUUCUCAGUGCCCGGACCAGGACUAAUAUUCAGGUUCUUACAAUGAAAUACUGAGAAAAAAGGGUAUUGCCUAUUACUUGUUGGAUCUAUGAUGGAACAGCGUAACCAAUAGUAGUGUCCUUGAUUAAUACCUCUCUCUAAGUUCUUUGACAGUUGAAUAAAUUUGGUUAUAGGAUUGUAGCCUCGAUGACAAUAUGGUCAGUUUGUAAUGUAACCAAGAAUAGACAUUUCUAUAACUUGGGUUGUACUCACCAAGAGUGGUUAAAAUAAAUGUUCAGAAUUUGGUACAAAAGAAACACAUUUUGUGGUAUGAUUUCUUCUUCCACUUUGCCGUCAAGAGAACGUUAUUCGGCGUUUGUACUUCAAAUACUGUCACGGAAGAGGUUAGGCCUCCUCCAACGGCUAGAGCAGUUUAGAUUUUUUCUUCAAUUAAUGUGAGGCUACCAAAGCACAUCUUCAUUGCUAAUCUUACAGAAACGCCGGAGCUCAUAGACUCUGCAUAUUUUGAAUUUUUCCCAAUCUUAGAACGCACGCUAAAAUAUUCCUUUCUCUUCAGAAACUAUGCACAUAACUACCCAUUUCGUUCUUGUUCUUUGAGCGAAUGAUUAAUUUAAUGUAUGACGAGAACAAUAUUGUGCGGACUAUUGAACAAAAGAUGUUUAAUUAGGAACUAUUCUGAAACAAUCACGAUUGAAUGACGAUUAACAAAAUAAGCUAGAAUGCAGGCUGAGACUGUUUGAGAAACACAGAUAACUGUGGUCCUAGCCUCCAAACGCAGGCCAGCACAAUAAGAGUCCCAAAAGCGCAAUAUGAAUGGUUGCGAUUGAUAAAAAACAUUCGACGAUUCGUCGCCUUCUUCUAAAUUAUCUUCUUCCUUCCCCUCUUGCAUUCUACAAGGCCGACCGAGGAGCUAGAAAAGAACAAACCGUGCCGUGAGAUAAAGGUUGCAGUAAAAAAUUGACGUGGGAGCGACAUCUCUCUGAUGCAGAAAAAGAGUGAGCGUUUUUUUAAACCCUCCUCAGUGUGAGAUGUUUAAGGUGUAACAGUUAAACUUUUAUAGAGUUUUUAGUAGUUUUGAUGUUAGAACAGACUUGUUCGUCCGCUUUGUCCCAAGUACUGUAAAAAAACGACUGUGGUAUGAUUUUUAUUGGACAAAUGCCAUUUACUGAUAUUUUAUGUAGUGUUGAAUAAGGACUUUUAAUCAUACGUGAAGCGCUGUAAGGCCAGCUUCUGAGUCUAUUUUACCGUUGACAAUAUUAGCGACGUAAAGACAAACAAAAGCCACGCGUGGGGGCGGGGAGCUUGAGUGACUCCGGCCAUAGCGGCUGCGAAAGAGACUAAUUUAUCUGGUCAAAUAAAAGGAGAAAAGUGAAUGGAGGGCAUUUCGGACGUAAGCAUUCGCAAGAAAAUGAAAGCCACACUUUGAUUGGCUGUAUUCUGGGUGGAAAGGAAUGUACGUCAGUUUGAAGCAGCCGCGUGGGGAGGGGCAGCUUGCGUGACUCUAGCCCGAGCAGCUGCGAAAAGGAGAUUGAGUAAAACCAUGACUACAAAAACGAGAAGAGCAAAUUAAAAGGAUAUGGCUAUACCCCAGUUCAGACACCGAACAUUUCGUGAGCCGCACAUAAUUCUUAUUAAGGCCGACCGAAAUUAUUUAGACCGGCUGAAUUGAUUCAGACGCCGAUCUUAAUUGCAGCUGAACUAAAUUCUAAAGGAGAAAAUGUUCGUUUAAGAAUAAUUUAUGCAUUAGGCUCAGUACAUGAAACGUUCGGCGUCCGAAUCACAGCCGCCCCUCCCCUGACGUCGAUCAAAAGUCGAAAUUCCGGGCUGGGCUAAGCGGGAAGAACGGCAGAGCCGUUCCAAAUUGAAACAGGCGAUCCUAACUGAUUCAGGCGCCGAACUUUUUACGUACUUAAUUCAAGAAACGUGUAAAUAGAACACGAAAUUCCGUUCGGAAAUUCCAACCGGGAAAAUGGGCCCACCUUUAUAGAUUUUCCACUUUUUCUGGGAAUUUUCAAGUGGGACGAACCGGGCGAAACGUGUUACAUUUACCGCCGAACCGGAAAUUUCCGAAAUUUUGACUAAAUCGAACGCGCCCAACAUUCCGGCGGGCAAGGCGAAACGAACAGAGACACUGAUACAAACCCUCUAGGAAACGUCUGCCGCCCACUUUUUUGAAUGAUUGACAUUUGGUGAAUCAGCCAACCAAAAUUACUUCCGUUGCUUGGUUUUUUUUGGUAUGCAAAUCUUUUAUACGUGGGAAAACUGCAGACUCGCUGACUUAAAAAAAUAGCUUUUACUUUUUAGCACAAUCACAUUGAACUUCCAGAGAGAUCAAAGGAGAUCUCGCGAGGAGUAAGCUUUCAACUUCCGUUGGUUCCAUCAGCCAAUCAGAUCUUGUGGCAUUGUUCUAACAGCCAAUCAGUGUUCCGGCCAAAAUCUGGCCGCAGUGCAUGGGCACAAACUUGUCUGAGUUUGUAUCAACUUUUAACGGUAGCCGUUAGAGAGAAUGUAUGAGAACCGCUAAAACUGGGCCUGAUCUCAAGAUAAAAUUCAAGAUCAGGAUGGAGUAGGUCCAAAUAAUUUCGAAUAUCCUACGCACGAGGAGUUAGGUUUUCUACAAUCAAAAUACAAGCUUACAAUGAGUUCAAUGUUCAAAGGUUCGUAAGGAAAAAGUCGAAAUAACUUACCGACUGUUUUGAGUUCCACGAGCACACUUCCAAAAUGACGAAAUUACCAGUCAAAUUUAAAAAACACGAAAUUCAUUGCAUGCGCGAAAUACGUGCGCAGCGGUAGCAACAAGGCUGUCCUUCAAAUGACACCUGGUGAAAUUGUACCUCCAUUCUGCAGGAGAUAUCCUGUCUUCGCUCAGGGAGUUACUUACUCGUCCCUCAAGAUUUACUUGUUACGUUCGUUUGCUAAAAACUUCCGACAAAGAUAAGCGCACACAGAGUCUAAUGACUUGACGAUACUGUGCACUAGUCUACUUACUGACAGCAAAUUGAUUUGGAAUUAUUGAGAAGCUGGCCGCUGCAGUUUAAUAGGUCUAGUGAACGCAGUGACAAGCUUAGUUGAUAAAUUACCAUCACAUGGGCUAUCAUGCCAGUUAUUAAGUUCCUGUUUUGAUUUAAAGUCCGUCUGCUUACAUUAGUCUCCUUACGAGAGACCAAGAAAGAAUAAUUGUCCCAUUAUUCCCCUCUUGGCUCCACGUUACCCCUGCUGGUGUUCAAGUUGAAUGACUUUUGAAACUUCCGGUUUACGGUGGUUUCAACGUUUUAUACUUACACUUCACAUAAACGUCUUGGUGCCAGCUACCGAAUCGCUUCGAUAUCACGGACAUUAAAACUUUACACAGGCUGUUGAUAUAUUUGCUUAACUUAUAGGCUAUCAAACGCGACCUAAGAGUUAUAUAUUCUGAGUGACAAAUUGCUUCAGUGUUGCUUCCUCCUUUCACUGUCAAACUUUAAAUUUCAUUGGCUAUUUGAAACAUCAAUCAAAACCUUUUACUUAAAGAAAAGGUCUUACGCACUUUUAUUCCUCAUAGGACUGUCAGGUCAAGUUAGGAGAAACAAACCACACUGUACCUGCUUUACCUGCCAUUGAUAGUUGGCUAUUUAAUCUCCAAAAGAGGAAUACAGGUUGGAUUUUUCUGUUUUUGUAUUAAUGAAGUAAGACAGUGCGUCCACCCUUGCGUAGUGCUAAAAACUUGCACUGACCUCUGCAAGCUUCUGGAGUACACUAAUUAUUCUGAUCUUCCUUAAACAUCCUUAACUGUAUUGCACGGCUUCUCCUCUUAACCUAAUACAUCACAAUAGAACUGACCAAUCUCUUAAGCCAAGGAGGCUGUUGUAUGGGCUUAAGGGGUUCUUUUUUUCUUAAAUGCAUCUCUUCGUAAUCUGUGGUAAUUAAGAAAAUCCAAAAUAGACUAUAUGCAAUGUAUCAGUUUUGGCAGUUCAAAUAAUGCUACACCACACUAUUAUUAUUGGGAGUCAGUUUUCUUCAGCUGUUCGGACCUAUGAAAGACGCCGAUGGAAUAUAAUAUUUGCAACACUUCAUUUUUCUCGCAGUUCACAUUAACAAUGCAAUAUCAAAGAGAUAGUAUCUGUUCCAGUGAUUCUUUUAUUUGUAUUCAAAACCUAAUUAGUCGACUUGACAACAAGGGAAUCAAUUUCUCUUUAGGUGCUGGCAGUAUUCAAAAAGGCCGAUGCAGUUUUGCGAAAAAACUUUGAAAAUGAAUCAAUUAGGGUUCGCUAUUCGCUCACAGAAAUGCUCAGAGCUUACUUAAAAGAUAAUGAUAUUGUUUUUCUCAAAUGCAAAUGUCCAGCGUCUACUUUGCUUGACCCCUUUCGGUAGCAAAUUAAGUCGAGUUUGUAAGGCGUUCAAAUGGUCCUGCGUUGCUAAGAUACACCCUUUAUAAACUUAUGCGUGCCAAACCGUUUAGAAGGGUCAUUCCGCGAGCGGUGAGCUCAGGGCUUUUCAUUUUGGAUGUUGUUUCGAAAACAAACAACAAGAAGACUAAAAUUUUCUUUGGAGAGUAGAGCUAUUUUUCAAGCGACUCAAAGUCCUCUUCUCGAUGCUCUGUUUUGUUCCGCUAUUUUUCGCACUGAGAAAAAAGCACAGAAAUUACCCUGACCGUUAUGCACAUUUAUUUUAACUUGCACCCUGAUUGCUGGGUAUCGGGGUGCUCAUCGAACAUGACGCACGUUUUUCAUUGAACAGUCAUAUUUUACCUAGCAGCAAAAAUGAAAGAUCGUUAAAGCUGAAAAAAGUGGUUGUCAAUAAUAUCUGUAUUGUUCAUACAACAGUCUCCUACAGAUAGCAAAUAACGGGUCACUUUUUGAAGUAAUUAACCACAGCAUUACGUGGCAAAAUUUGUCACGGCAUCACUGCUUAAAGUUGUUACAAGUUAACUUUAUCGCCGUUAUUGCUUGCCAAUAAACUAAUAGAGUGAUGCACAGGAAUUUAACUACUCUUUUUCCUCUCUCUUUCUCUUUUCUAUUUAGAUAUCUUUCGUUCGGCUUCUGCUCUGCACCAGAACUGAUUUUCACAUCUCAUCUGCCCUGGGGCAGUGACCAAGACUGUGGAGAUGAUAAAACAUAGUGUAUAUGAGACCAUUUUGUUAUGUCUCUUGUUCGUGUGCGCGGAAGGUAUGUUUUAUGAAGGAUCAAAAACCUCAAAGUAAUUAAGACUAUUCAUAAUGAUACGCAGUGUUAUACCAAUUUCUUACCCUUAACUGAAGGUCGUCAUAAAUAUUGACGGGCUGAAUGUAAAAGUACUGUAGACUGAUUUUACUUUGCCCGUGAAAUAGGUAGUAGAAUAUUACGCACUAUUAUGCAGUUAUUCCAUUGUCUUCUUUGUUUGCAUGUAGCUAUUUCAGUGCACAAGUCGUUAUCAACUGUUUCACGGGUCAAGUAAAAUCACCCUAUUUCAGCAAUGUGAAUUGGCAGCGUUAAUUCUUAAUCUUAAAAGAGAAAUUUGUCAUGAGAUUUAACUUUUUCACUUUAGAGAUCGCUGAACUUUAUUCAGUAAUCUUUGGCAUAUACAAUUCCAUAAAUCCUCUUUUUUCUGUUUGAUUGUCUGAUUUAUUGGAUCCGAUCUUAUUUCAAUAUGCUCGUCAUUUCUUUCGAAUUGAAAGUGACUUUUUUCAGCCAUCACAGCACUGGAAACCGCUCAGCGAUUGCGCCGAUGUAUAAUUUGGAACCUUAUUAGCUUGUUUGCAAUAUUGAUUUAUCAAGAACGUAUUUAACUUGUUCCCCGCCGGUAAUCUCGGAUCAGUGAGCUCAGUGUUUACAAUCAAGCCAGGUCAGGCGUACCCCCCAAGAUUCCAUUAAUGAAUUGAUUAUUCGGUCUGUGUAAAACGCAGACUGCGGACCAGGAGUAAAAUGCAGACUGAGUGUAAAAUGCAGACUGAGAGUAAAACGCAGGCCUCGUGCAAAAUGCAGGUUGAGCAUAAUCUUUAGUCGCGGAAGGGUACGGGUUUAAGUCAAAAUAUUCCGCAAAAAAAUGUAAACGAUCACUUACUUGACAUCUGCUUUCAAAAAUCUAUUCCUUUCUUCUCUGUAGCCUGUUCCAGGCGUUCAGAUAGUAAAAGGCCUGAAACAGGCUAUCUUCUCUCGAACGUCGUCGAUCUUGAACUCUUUAUCCGACCGAGAGACCUCACGCUUCAAAUUUUAUUACACGUGACCAUGAAUCAGGGUACAACACGAAGAUAUUUACGCUCAAAUAAAAGCUGCUGACCAAAAUACUGUACAGAAGGAAUAAUAGCGUUAAAAAGGGAGUAAAUCAUUUCAACAACAAAGAAAGAUGUUCUGCAGGAAAUUUGUAUGACCUUCUAUCGAAAGUAUUGCAAAUCAAGGUACGCAGACUUUUAAAAGCUGUUCGGAGUUUAUUGAAACGUCCGGCGAAUGUGCAUCUCACUGAACAACAAAAGUGUCCGUACACUGUGUACCUGUGUACAAUAAUUAAAUCAAUAGAAUGCAAGGUUCACUUCAAAUAUACCUGCAACUCGUCGUCCUCCUUGUUUGUAUCUUCCACGCCGAAUGCCCAAAAUAAGUCGAGUUGGUAAAAUAAAUGGUUUACACACAACAUGCCUCUCACAUGUGUUUCUUGUCAGGUCUCGUCAAUCUCGUUCCCCGUUCCGCUGGACAACGUAACGUGGUUAACGAAGUCUGUGGGUUCCGGGAAUAAAACAGAUUUCUACAUUGUUUUCUGCUUGAAAUUUCUCUUAUUUCCCCCCUAAUAUGGUUCUUUCUGUAUUUUACCCCCAGCAUGCAUUUUACCCCAGGUCCGCAGUCUGCAGUCCAUAGUCCGUAGUCUCGUUUUACACCCGUUGGUAGUUGUAGAUUUCAGAAUCAUCUCUGCAUUCUUGCCCGCGCACUGAGCCGUGAAUUCACACGCGUGGCAGUUACGAAAUUUCUACCAGCUCACUUUCUCUGAAUUUGAUGUAAACGUCUUCUAAGUAGACCAAAUACCGAGAAGUUCAACGAAGUGCCGAUUUGAAUUUGACACUAAUAACAGGAACGACUAAGGCCGGAUUCAUUUUUUAAAUAAUCAAUCUUGAGGGGUACUUGGCCUGCCUUGACUGAAAUAUUGGAUAGCCUUAAUUGACCUGCUAUGAUUCCAGACGUGCACAGACAUGUUUUUAAAUGACUAAGCAAAAAUCUAAUGGCUGUUCACUACAUGUCCAAUUACAUGUCCACGAUGAGCAAGCCAAUAUGGCUCUCCUAUCUAGUAGCCAUUUUACAGCCCAGUUUCUUCAGGCUUUUAACCGUCUGGACUGUUACAUUGUACUUCAUUCAGUACCGCAGUCUGUAAAUCAGACCGUCAGGGACAAUGUUACCGAGUUUGUAUUUUGUGAACAGUAUUUUUUAAUUGUUCCCUUAAGUGGGUUCCGAAACUCUUCAUCUAAUUAUAUAAAUACAUAGAAUCGUUGGUGCUUCGGUAGUAGAGAGAACGCAGGCUAAAAUAUGCAGUUACAGUUCAUCUUGUACAGUCGGGGUUGGGGGCGUAUAAAAAAAUACAGGAAUUUUUUUAAUUAGAUAUAAGUAUGACAUGUUUCACCGGAACACACAUGAUUUAGAGCGUGGUAUAUCACGUUUUCUUUAGGUUUGGGUGUAGUAACACUUUUGGAUGAAACGAAUUUUCGGCGUGAUAUUGGCUAAAUUAUGCUGUUUGGUAUAAUUAUAUUUGACAUUUCAUAAAAUUAUUGAAUAAUCAUUGCUCUCUAAGCACUGUGAUUCAGAUCAUUUACAUUUCAGUAUAAGGAGUUCCAAAUGUUAAAAAAUGAUACAAACGGUUUAAUCUAAGAAGCGUUCCUAAAAUUUUUGAAAAUAACCUUGUCAUAACGUUUGGCCUUCUUUUUAUGAUCCAGCCCUGAGUGAGAGAGGUCUUACACCUCAAGUAACCACAAGUAAUUGAAGCUCUCUUCGUUGGAAACUUUUCGCUUAAAGGGAACCUCCACUCUUACUACAGAAUAAGUUUAAAUCGAAUAAAAUUAUGUUGAUAAACAGAUUUGUUCGAAAUUUGUCUUAAAGAAAGUGUUUAUAUCAGGAAAAGUGAAUUUUAAAAUCGCUUAUUUUCACUUUCAAAUUUCGCGGGCGCCGCCAUCUUGAAUAAUUGUGACGUGUUACGGUUGCUCUAUUGUUCUGACACAAAGAGCUUUUGUUUAAUAACAAUAGGGCAACCAUUACACGUCACAAUUAUUCAAGAUGGCGACGCCCGCAAAAUUUGAAAACAAAAAUAGGCGAAUCUAAAAGUUAUUUCUUUCGGAUACAAACGCUUUCUUUAAAAAUAUUUAGAUUGACUUGACUGUAACAGUUAUUUCCUGUGAUUUAAAGUUAUCUUUUUGUUGAAGUGGAGGUUCCCUUUAACCUUUAACGCAUAUAAAAACUUAUUUUCAACGGCAGGGGGCAUUUUACAGGACGCAGGACUGCCGCCGGCCGCCAAAAGACUCCAAAAUAUGAUUUGAUUGUUAUGUGAUUGGUUAUACUCUGCAAAUUAGAUAACUUGAUGUGGAUCAACACGUGUUGUGUUGUAUCAGAAUAAAACUUGCACUUGUGCGAAGUAGGUAUGUGUUCUCGAUCUCUUGCUCAUUACAUGGUACCAGGAGUCCUUCACCAAUAGGUUCGAUCCCUUACUCCGAAGAAAAAGUCAAAAUAAAAUCAGGAAUGGAAAGAAUCAAACAUCCUCCAGAAUUGGAUAUUGAGAGUCCCAACCUCGCAGACGAGUAGCAAGAAUGGUCAGAAGCAUGGGAGUUGUAUCGAAUAUCGAGCGGACUCCAUAAAAAAACUCAGGGCAAAUAACCACCAUUCAGAGUAUACUGAGAAAGAAGGCUGGGCGAGUCCUGAAAAAAUUACCGAAUGUUCCAGUUGAUUUCAAGGAGAGAACUGUGGCAGGUUUUUUGACAGCUCUUGAGACGUACUGCGUCACGCGUAAAAGCACAAUCUAGGAACGAUACUUUUUCCGAACAACGUCACAGGAAGAUCGCACAGUCGAUGUAUUUGUUACGGAUCUCAGACGAAGAGCUGAAUAUUGCGAAUUUGGAGAGUUAAAAGAUUCCCUAGUCAUCGAAUCAAAUCGUGGUAGGCAUUAACGAUCCUAAACUGCGCGAGCGACUACUCAGUGAAUCGGACUUAUAACUUGAGAAGUCGACCAAGCUUUGUCGAAUCACGGAGCAAUCCAAGGAACAAUCGAAAGUCUUCGACGCGCCAACAGCUCAGGCUAGUAGUAUUGAGACAGUAAAGAAAAUACUAUCAACAAUGGAAACUGAGAGGGCAGAGGAAAGGAAGAAGAUAGUCAAUGACAAAUUCUGUGGAUCGGUCCAUAACAGAGAAAACUGCCAUGUCCUAUACUAAUACUUUUAUAAGUGAUUUAAUGCACUCAAAUGGCAAAUUUCUGACCUUAGAAGAAUUUCAAAAUACAUUUGAAAUUUGCAUUAUUUUCAAUUUUAUUGCUGCCAUUCCUCCGGAUUUGAAGCGGAAGGCAUUUGAUUCCCCCUCUCUCCUCUGCAGAAGCUCCGUAAUCGAAAAAUAGAAAGCGCGCGGGGGACGAUGGGAAGAGGGUUUACGCCCAUCGUGCCCAGCGCGCUUUCUUUUUCUUUCUCAUCAGCCUCCCUAUGACACAAAGAGGCCUCUUCGGAGGAGAGAGUGAUUCCCCGCUUCCUAAUCUGAUUAGUGCCACAUCAUAGUACUGUCAGAUGGAAGAUCGAACAAUAGUCUUCACUAAAUUGCGCUGUAAAAAUUAUUGCAAUCUGUUCAUCGAGAAACUUGCUCCUGAACCCUGCGAAAUAAGGGCUUGGAAGAAAAGCUUUUCAGCACUUCCUGAUUGGAGUGAUUGUUUCGCGGAUAUAUAUGUCUUCGAAAGAUAAUAAGCUUAGACAAUUCUCUUUUAAGGUUAUGCACAGAAUAAUUACGACCAAGAAAGAAUCACUGAAAUAUAAAUUAGCCUCUGAUGACAAGUGUCCUUUCUGCCUCAAUCCAGAUUCAAUUAAAGACACGUCUAUAUAUUAUCAAGAGUCAAAGGAAUUCUUUUCCAAAACUUUAGGGUGGUUUAACGAAUACCAUAAAGAGAACGCACAACCUUCAAACAAACAAAUUUUAUUUAACACGUUCGAAGACUCCUUUCCAUUGCAAAUGCCAAAUUUAACUCUACUUUGCAAAAUAAAUGCUUGUAUACUUGCAAAAGCAUCACAAAGAAACGUACUUUAGAUGAAUUUUACGUGCUAAGCUUUUUGAACAAUAUCGCAUUGAAAAUUGUGGCAAACAAUAUCAAAUACUGGUGUGGCAACUGACAGGCUUUUAUCCUCCAAUAUUUUUCGUUAUAAUUGUAAGUUAUUGUUUAUUUUUUUGGUUUAUUUUUUGUGUAAAGGCUGUAAUUAGUUUUGUUAUUUAUUUAUUUAUUUUUUACUAUGUGCUGUAUAUUAAUGUUGUUAUUUUGUCGUCAAUAAAAUAGAUUGUUUUUUGAAAAAACAAUAGCUCGUGAACGGUCAGAAACACAAUUUUUCUCGGUAGACAUUAAAAUGGUCCUGCUCAAUUUUACAUCCAAAAGUGGUUCUUUCAUCAUUUGUUAGGAAAGUAGAAAUCAAUGUUCCCUUGCAUACACAGUCUUGCAGAAGGAACCGGACAAUCUAAAUAGGAAAUACAUUAUAAGUGACAUAGACGAAGACACUCAUUAGGUUAGGAGUAAGUCCGAAAGAACGGUAACGAAUCAACAUAUAAAUACGUAUAACGUUUCACACAAAGACGGUUCUUCCUUGGUUUUUGGCGCAUAAAAUUGUGUAAGAGAUCUUAGGAAUUGGGCUUACCUCUUGAUUUCCCUUCAGGAGCUGUAAUAGCUGCCUGUUACCGGGGAAUGAUGACUAUGACUAUAAAAAGGUUGCUUAUUACAUCUGCUUAAGUUCUGUAACCCUUUCCAGUAACAUUUUAUAUUCCUUUUCUACCCAGGAGUAACCAAUUGCACAGAUCCUUGCUUAAUUUACAGUGCGACUUCUGAAAUUAACGCCCUCGAGCCGAGUACUUCCAGAAUUGUUCAUCUAGUGUCAAACGUCAGUCGAGCAGUCGCUCUCGAUGUACACGUUAAGGAGAAAACCAUCUACUGGAGCGACAUUAACCGACUUGUCAUCCAACGGAUGGACCUUGAAACUGGAGAAACUGACAAUAUCAUUACAGACGACCUCGGUGUAGUUGACGGUCUUGCUGUGGAAUGGGAAAGCGAUUUGAUAUUCUGGACAGACUACAGCAAACACAGAGUGGAAGUAGCCUCGUUGGAUGGUUCUCGAAGAAAAGUGCUGUUUACAGAGGAAGUCGAGUAUCCACGAGGAAUAGCAUUGUAUCCAAAGAAAGGGAAGCAAUUUAAUUUAGUUAUGUGACACACAAAUCUAGUUGCAAUGUGGAUCGAUGUUUAGUACCUCUUCACGUUUCACCUGCUUGAGCCCAUCGAAAACAGACCACAUUUCGCGACGCCAACAACAGUUACUCCUAAAAAUGACGUCAGAGGAACGACUGCAGAAAUUAUACACUGAUGACGUGUCACUACCCAGAUCUAGGUAGUGCUUGUUAUUGGUUGAAGCGAAUUUUCCUAGCGGCACGACGAAUCAGAAGCUUUACCCUGGGUACUGACGAUCAUCAGUGGGAAAUUUCUCCGCUCGCUCCUCAAAGGUCAUUUUGCAGGGAGACCAGAUGGCGUUGCAAAAUGUAGUAAAUAUUUUAACUCCAUUACUUAUGAACAAACCGAAAACUUUAUGACAUUUUAAUCCUUCUUUGUUCAAAUAGUCAUCAGGUAUUGUUUUGAGUAAGGUAUUACAUAAUGAUACGCCUUGCUUAGACAUUAACGUUACACUGGAACAAUUAGAGUGCAAACGAAGCCUGAGUAUGGACGAAAUGAUAAGCAUCGUACACUUACAACCUUUUUAACGGGUGCGUUUUGCGAGUAAGUAAUAUAAAUGUAAACUUCACUAAGAAAGCAGCCCAUGGGGAUAACGCCCUUACAAAAUGAACGGGGAUGCCCGGUCGUCUCUCUUGGUGGUAGACAUGGUCUCUUUCUGGGUGUUCAAAAAGGAAACAGCAAUAUUUUUGUCUAUAUCACUGAGGGUUUUUCGUAUAGAAGUAUUUAUUUAACAGACAAACUUCGCCAUACUGUGUUGGAGUAUGUUUAAUGUAGAGAUCUAAUGAAGCCUGAGGCGUAACCUUCAGAUUAGUUUCCUGUAGCUAAUUUUUCCCCUAUGAAAAGCAUCCCCAUGUCUCUCAAAUGAGAGUCCCCAUAUCGGGUACACUUGCCAUAAAAUAGAAAUUGAAAAAGUGGGAUAUAACUGUCAAGUUACUCGCUUUCAGGUUGAUGUUUUGGACAGACUGGGGGUUUACACCCAAAAUUGAGAGAGCGACUCUUGCUGGCACGAAUCGAACACUCCUUAUUAACUUAACAAGAUCCGUUCAAAACUGGCCAAAUGCAAUAAUUUUGGAUUAUUUGGAAGACCGUAUCUACUGGAUUGACGCAUGGGUUGAUGCCAUUGAUUCUGCUGAUUUGGAUGGCAACAACAGACGAGCAAUAUCAAGUCCGGUACAUCCCUCUCGAAAUAUGCAUCCCUUUGACUUCACUGUCUAUGAUGAUGUCUUGUAUUGGAGCGACUGGAAUACUGACUCUAUUGAGAGACUUAACUGGACAACUGCGGCUUAUCUUGGAGGGUUUGGUAUUUUAACAUCAGACCGAGUUUUUGGGUUAGCAUUAUUACACUCCUCGCGACAACCAGACUCGGCAUGUAACUAUAACUUUUUCAUUCUCAAGUUGACUUGCAUUACAGCAGUACAACAAAGUAUCUCCUGACCAACGAAAUGAUCGCUUACAAGAUUCCUAAUGAGCCGAAAGUAUACCAAAUCUACGAAACAACCAGCAAGGUGAAUUAUAUCGUAGAAAAAUAUUUCUGCAACAGCCCUAAGUUCUUUUUAUUCUCGUUAGAACUUUUCAGUAUGGUAAGGAAAAAUGGCAAGAGUACCGUAAAAUUACAUAAAAAUUGUUGAACAGACGCUCAGCGAUUGCACCUUAUCACGUGUCAUGAUAAAAGUCAAGACUCAUAUUUUUGCCAAUAUGCAGUAUAAUUAUUUUGACGUGGAUUUGUCUACGUUUGUCCCCAAGUUUGGUUACUAUCAUGGCCAUCCUACUGACUUCACGAGGCGUUAAGGUGACACUUCGUUUUUUACCCUUUUUAAUCGAAAUGCGUGAUAUGACGUGUUUCGGUUGGUGUGUAUCCAAUUUUAGGCCAUUUAAAAGAUUGUGUGAGAGACUGAAUCUUAUUCUCAUAUUCAACUUGCUAUAUGCCUGACGGAUGAAUCCUAAUAACGAAAUGUUUACCCAUGGUUGCAGCAACCUCUGUGGGAGUUUUAUCGCUGUCAUUUUGUUGUCUUGCAAGGUCACCUCUUCUACGUAGUGCCGGACAGCCUUGUUGCUUUUAUAACGGAGCUCCACGUGCGCGCGUGGGCGGGUCCCCAUAGCUAAGUAAAUCUACCUAUCCCAGAAAAUUUGGUAAUCACGUGACCGUACACCUACCGUCCGUCCGCACCACAGGGAAACCAAUAUUUUAUCUCGCACUUUCUAGCAAGUUUGGGAGCUCUGGUGCAACUAGGCCUUUCCCGAUUGCGCUCGUAAAAUCCUAAAAAAGUGCUGGCAAAAAUGGCUAAAAAGUGCUCAAAAUCUCUAAAUAGUGCUCAAAAAGUGCUAAAAGUUGUAAACAGUUACCUCUAAGCUUUUCGUAAAUAUGUCAAUUUUUACUGAAGUAAUUAACAGUCUAUUUUGCGUAGUGUUAUUCGACAGGUUGUUACAAAAGGUUGAUAGAAUAUAGAACAAUAAUAUUUUUAAAAAACCUAAAGCCGCUUACGAAUUGUAAAUAAAUUCAGCUGUACUAGUGCAAAGCCUAGACAUCAGAUGAUUUAGAAAUUUGAGAUGACACACGCAUGAUACAUCAGCCAAUCAGAAACUUUUGUUCUCACGCUCAGUAAGGAUAAGUCCACGUGCCUUUCCAUGACAACGGUCUUUUAUUCUUGACAACAUCAUUAGUUAUCAAAUUCAUGACCUGGAACACGAUUCUCGUUGCGGCGAGUUUUUGCUUUAAAUUGUUUUAGAAGACAUAUGUUGCUCGAAAUUUGCUCGAAAUGUGAAAUAUUGCUCAAAUUUUGCCCAAAGUGCGAAAAAGGGCUUAAGGGUGCUCAAAAUGCAAAAUAGUGCUCCAAACUCAAAAAAGUGCUCAAAAGAUGCUUAGCGCAAUCGGGAAAGGCCUAGGUGCAACCUGAUGUUGCAUAUCACUGCACAUCGUUUCACAUCCAUGUUGUGAUCAAUUGACAGCUGUAAAAACAGGGUAUCUGACCAGUAUCAUCUCCCGCAUCGCGGGCUCCGGUAUCGACCCAUCGAGGUCGAGUAUUAUUUGAAGUUAUCCGCUGACAAGUUACUAGUUUUGAAAUGAUCGAAGGCUCAAGUUCAUAUUUUCACAAAUUCAUAUGUUGUGUUUGAAAUAUGUCACUUUGGCCCCGCACUAUUAAGAUUUUGAUUUCAAACUGACCUCGGACGCGAAAAUUCAGGCAGUUAUUAAAAAUGCAGGCGAGGAAGACCUCUUCUCACGAUGGUCACGCGUUGGUCAUGUUCUACGUCCAAUUUUUAUGCUCUGAUUGCUCAAAAUUAGACAGGUGAGUUCAUGAUGAAGAUUUAUGCAGCAUCUUGAAACUUGUUUACUUUGACAGCUGAAGCUGACAGAGUUUUAUGUCAACUUGUGAUGUUUUUAACUGUCUUUUUCCACUGGAUGUACAAAAUGAAAUACAGCUGCUAUCAAGAGUCUUUUGUCAUUCAUGGUUUGUUAUUGGGUUUUUGGUUGUGAAAUGCGUCGCUUGAAUCCGAGAGGGUUUUAAUAUAUAUGAGCCAUAAAGCCUUCAAUUCGACUGCGCGUUAGCGUGGUUGUCUUGGUGGUGUAGUGGUUAACACAUCGGCACUAGAAAGUCGAGGACGCGGGUUCAAAUCCCGUUCAAGGCAAUUUUUAGAGUUUCACUUGUGUUCAUUUAUUUAUUUCUUUCACUGGUUUCAGUUCAUUUGUGUGAUGUAUGUAUAUAUAUAUAUAUGAAGACAGAAAACAGUUUCAUUUCAAUCCACCUAUAUUUCGAUCACAUUCAGUGAUCUUCUUCAGGGUGACUAACUAGCCGUUCACGUACAUAUAUAUAUAUAUAAACUUAAUGAGGAUGAUGGUUUUUACGCCCAGAACCGAAAGACGCGCGCGGGCGCGCGCAGGAGAUGAUAGUGUCAUCUAUGACAUUUUCCGUUAGACGUUUAAAAUAACAGUCAUUUCAGUUGUGAUGCUCGCGCGUUACCUUCGUAAUUCAGCAAUUUAAUAUAUAUAUAAUUUUAUGAAGCCGAGCACAGUUUAGUGUAUGUGGCAAGUUUAUGCACGUUUGAAAGAUUUGAGACAAUGAUCUGAUCUAGUAUCAGAUUCGAUAUAAGGUUACAGAACUCCAAAAAGGCUUAAGAUAUAUUUUCUCACCGCAAAUAGAAAGAAAACAUUCCGAAGAAUAUUUAGUUAUAAAUUUGGCUAUAGAAAGAAAACUUUGAGCCAUUUUCUUGCCUCGAGUUCCUCUUUGAAAAAAAUCAAACACCGGGAGGCCCGUCUUAAAGCAUAAACUUAAGAGCAACUCCAUGCAAAUAUCGACCAAAGUGCGGCAAAGCUCAAAAAAUAAAAAUCGCUCUUCUUUGGCAUACUGAUAGACUUUAGUAAGUGUACAAACGCCAUGUAGUUUUUUCUUCGAAAGAUCUGUUCGUUUCCGAGAAAAAACAAGAAAACCGUUUCAAGCCCCGCGGUCGAUUUCGCAAGCCGAAAACAGGGUUGAAAUUCACUAUGAUUCGCUCGACUUGCAUUUCAAAACAACCGCGCUAGAAAAAAAGCUUGUUGCUAAAAUUGUAAGUAUAAUUAGUCGUUGACCAAAAUAUAUAAUAUUUUUAGCAUUACAACAGUCUCAGUAAUUAUAAAAAAGCUAAAGCGUAUGUCUACCUAUUGUUCAACAACGGAAUGUAGUUGACAAAAGCGACGAUUUUCCUCAUGUGCCUUUGAUCAGAAUUUUUCAAGAUUGAAGGGGAAAACACUACAAGCAUCAAACUAUUAUGUUAUGUUAAAAUUAUUUUGAGGAAAUCAUUUUGAGCUUCUCAGAAAUAAUUUGAAAUUCGUGUUACAGACAACAUAAAAUAACGGCAUCCAACACACGAGUCACACAACCACCACCAACAAGUUGACUUUAGGUUUCCUUUUACAACGCUGGUAGCCUUGAUAUAUAGAACAACUUUUUAAAAAAGCUCACCUUAACCUAUAUCUGUUGUACUUCAAGCUCCAAGUUGUUUGAUUUUGCCGCCUUAUCACCUAUCUUACCGUAGUCGUGAAGUCCGCUGGAAUGUGUGCGUUGAAGGUGCGUGACAGCUUUCUGGUAAUUUCUUCAUCCCUCUGUUUUCUCUAAUGUUUUCAAGUUAACAUCCCUGGACCUGGACCUUAAAAAAGCCGUCUAUAAAACAAAGCUCGGUAGUUUAACUGUCAACAAAGCAAAGUUGCUUGCUCGUGGAUCCGUUCACUUCAAGGUAAUCUGAUUUGCGUAGGAGUGUGCCAAGGGUCUACUUCCGGUGGCGAGUAUACACGUGACGAGCUUCACCGACUUUCACCCGUUACUUCCAGUACACUGAAGAAGAUUCAUCUUUUAUACUCCUCCUUCAUCAAAAAUACUGCAGUUGACAUUAUUUUACCUGAGAAUUAUCUUUAAUAUUUUGACAUUUUAGGCAUUUGAUUAACAUUAUCGAAUUAAAUUUAGUUUAUUUUGAUUCAACCGUUCAUUCCCACUUGAAAAAGAAUAAGAUCUUUGCAAAAACAAGAACAUUUCAGAAUAUAUCUAUCAGCAAACCGGUAUCCUCACUCCUGUAGGUUCAGGUACUCUUGGUUUAUUCACUGUAUUAUAUUCUAACAAGUCACUUAGAUUCAAUCCACGAAUACUGUAUAACGUUUAUCAUAGUUGUCAACUCUCUUAGGUAACCCAGAGUCUCCCGGGUACGGUACCAAUCCACCUAAACUGUCCGAUAAAAUAAACCUUUCACUUUUUCUCUUAGUUUGAAAUUAAACCCGAUUUCCCCCAGAGUAAUUAUAUAUAUAUAUAUUUUUUAAAAUUUAAAGAUCAUAGUCCACUUCUGAUGGCAUUUGUUGUCGUCGUUUUAUUUUAUUUUAUUUUAUUUUUACAUUUACUUCAAACGACUGACUUGUUCCUCAUUCAAGCCGGUCGGCAUUAGAUUCUACCCACCAAAACCACAUCGAUCGAGAGGGACUGAGAUUGACUUUUGGACACCUUGUGACAUGUUAUACCAACGAAAGAUGCCUACGAUGUUUUGACGUAUUCGCCUCCCGGGGAUUCGCCUUUCUUUUGCUUUGGGAGAUCGAGUUCUCGCCAACAAAGGGUGAAUAUAACGAGUAUAACUGUAUUUUGGCAAAUAUUGUACGUGAAGUUUUAAAAUAUGUUUCAGAUUUCAUGGGUCUACGUGAUACACAUCUAGCACCGAACACUGUCGGUGGUUUUGGUGGAUGUUGAAGUCUACAUCCACCAAAACCACUCAGGGUUUUAAUUUUUUUAGGCGCAUAGUUACGCUUCUGCAAAGUACUGACGGACCUUUUUAAGACCAUACUCAUAAAGCAUAAUAAUUAUUGACACAAACAAAAUUUUAAUCAUGGUUUUUAUAUAAGUUGUUAUUAUUUACACAUACAAACUAUUUUAUUUUCUUAUUAUUAUUUAUUAUUUUUUUAAUGUGCACUUGUGAGCAGCACACUUACACUUCCAGUGAACAGUUUCACUUGGGAGAAGGAGAAACCAUGCUUGCCCGGGGCAACGAAAAUUUUCGUGCCCCGGGCGAGAGUCGAACUCGCGACCUUCCAAAUCCCAUCAUCAGUCCCGGGAAACAAACAGGAACAUCAUGGCGGGAAUUUUAAGUUACGAACCCGCGUUCGAUAGGAAAAUUGCUGCGAAUUUUGGAUAUGUUUCUGAAGUUCAAAAGCCAACUGACGAUUGCGUUUUUCGCUGCCGUCAAUCAUCUUAACGGACCUCUUAGGAAACAAGACUUUACUUUAAUGGGUUCAAAAGGUCAAGUUUUCUGAUUUGUGAUUGGUGGAUUUCGAUCCGUUUUGUGUUUUUCUGUGUUUCAAGGUUCGUCGCUUGUGGUCGUAAUUAUGAUUGACGGCAGCGAAAAACGCAAUUGCGAAGGCGGCUUUUGAACUUUAGAGUUCGCAUGUUUGUGAAAAGCACAGUAAAGCUGUAUUAUGUACAUUCAUAAAUCUCAGAAAUUUAGAAUUUUGGAGGUUAAUAUAUGUAGACUGGAAUGCUAAAAUCCAUGCCGGAAAGAAACUUCUUCUUGCAGGGGGUGGGGGGAGUAUAAAGCUCGCGGUAUUUACACCUAGCUAUAUAUCCUGGUUCCAGAGGUUGUUCCUGAUUUUUCUCCGCGUGAGAAAGAACGAGCACUUACCAGCGAGCUUCGCGAUUCGUUCUCGCCGCUCGUUGCUCGUUUCCAACAUCUUACUAACAUCUCAGUCAUUAUGUAUGAAACUGUAUCCCAUGAUAUAUUUUCUGCACCCCCACGUGAAAUGAACGCAGCCUUUCUCGAGCCUUUCUCUUUCUUUCAGCUCCCAGUACAGAAGUGUAGUACACUCUGCAGGUAUAGUAGAAUUCCGACUUCACUAACGCUAGAGCCCUAAUGGUUCAGUGGUUAGAACGUCCGAUCUAGUAUUCGGAUGUUCGGUUGUUCGUGCAUAUCAUCCGUACAUUUUCCGAGAAUCUUCGUUUACGACUUUUAAGUUAUUCAAAAUUUAAUCUCAGUCCCUCUCGAUCGAUGUGGUUUUGGUGGGUAGAAUCUAAUGCCGACCAUUCAAGCCAACGUGGGGGGAAAUGGCGAAUGACGAAGCCAUUGAUUUCAAGCUCAGUAGCAGAUGCGCUUGCAGAAUGUUACAAGAACGGAGGAGAUUUGGGAUCACGAAGAGAAACCUUAUCUAUUAGGGACGGACCAACAGAAGAGUCAUGGGGGAGGGGGGGAUUUUUGUGCCGCUGAAAUUUUUUUCUUUACCAAAUUCCUUCAUGAAUUUCAGUUUUAGGCCGUAGCAUGAAUAUUUUUUAGGGUUAAUUGGCGUGCAUGAUUUUUUUUCAUUUAAUUUUCCCUUGCGCGAAUAUUUUUUAUUUGUACUUCGCCCGCCGCCCCCAUAAUGUUUGUUUCAAUUCACGAAAAGUGGCAUUUAGCACAGCAGAAAUUACAUUUGUCAUUUAUUAAGAAGGCACUCUGAAAUACCGCACGGGCAGGCCAGGAUUACCCACGUGUAGCCAACAACUGGAAGUUCCAUCUGUGAAGAUGGGAAGAAAACAUGUACACAAUUUUUUGUUAAGACAUCUGUUGAUUUGAUAAUGCCGACGUCUCGAAGAAAAGAAAAUCCUCAUUGAGGCUACCAAUUAAAUUCUUCAUUGUCAAAAAUUUUAUAUUAUACCGGGUUGUACGUUUGCUUUUCGCCUGCUUUUAGCGGAUCCGGACCCCGGGCCCCGGGAUCUUGACAGCUGUAAUCUGAUAUUACUGUUGACAGUAAUUUGCAUACUGAGUCACAAAAACGUUCGCAUGGGCGCUUUAUCCUUCAGAUUGGCGCUUCCUUCUGCGGUGUCCAGCAGCAUUUUAAAACAAAAGUUGUUGACAGAUAAGGAAGAGAGGGUUUACUACGUGUUUACUAAGCGAACUUCGUUAGAAAGCAUGCGUGUUGGUUAUGAGUCUCAAACAGAGUUUAAUAUAGAAUGGCAAACUUGAACAGAUGGCAACGGGAAACAUUUUACAUUUUGCCCUAAAACUAGACCUGAAACAAAGAAUAGGGUGAGUACUUUAACAUUUACAACUUUGUGCGUGAAUAUUACCAAGACUUUUUCCGAGAGACGUUUCAUGACCUUUGCCUGGUCGACUGACGAUGGUCACGCAUAUGUUAAAGAUGGCGUUACUUUAUGUUGUCUGUAAAACGAUUUUCAAAUAAUUUCUGAGAGGCUCAAAAUGAUUUCCCCAAAAUAAUUGUUGCAUAACAUAAUAGUUUGAUGCCUUUAGUGUAUUUGCCUUCAAUCUGAAAAAAUUCUGAUCAAAGGCACAUGAUGAAAAUCGUCGCUGUUUUCAACGACCUUUCGUGGCUAAACAUCAGGAAGUCGUACGCUUUAGCUUUUUAAAAAUUACUUAGACUGUUGUAAUGCUAAAAAUAUUAUAUAUUUUGAUCAACGACGAGUUAAACUUAAAAUUUUAGCAAUAAGUUUUUUUCCUAGCGCGGCUGUAUUAGAACGCGAGUCCAGCGAAUCAUGAUGAAUUUCAACCCGUUUUUGGCUUGCGAAAUCGACGGUGGGGCUUGAAACGGUUUUUUUCGUUUUUCUCAGAAACAAACAGAUCUUUCGAAGAAAAAACUACAUAGCGUUUGUAUACUUACUAAUGUCUACCAGUCUGCAAAAGAAGAGCGAUUUUGAUUUUUUGAGCCUUGCCACGAAUCGGCUAUUUUGGUCGAUUUUUGCACGGAUUCGCUCUUAAGCUUUAAGCUUAAUUAGAGAUACUUUAAUACUUGUGUUCGUGAAUGAAAAUUGUUGUCUCUGUAAAUGUUUCACCGAAUUGAAUUUUUUUUAUUGAUUGUUAGUGAUCUCUCUUGCAAUUUUAAUCGCUGUGCCGUUUGUUUUCAGUCGUUCAUAAACAUCGCUUGCAGGAGCACUCAAAAUACCGCCGUAUCAAACGCUUUUUAGGAUUACACAUUAUUAUAAAACCAUUAAAUAAAAAAGUAAACAAAAUAUUUUUUUAGUAUGUUGAAGUGUAACUCCAGUAAUGUUCAUUCAAACACAGCAAUCAAAAGUGAGAACCGACUGGGCGUGUUUUUUUUUUUUUUUUUUUUUUUUUUUUCUAUAGGUGAUUUCGAAAAUUUUUUGAACGGUUUCGCUAAAAGCCCACGACUAAUCGUCCUCAAUAUUGACUAAGUGCAAUUUGUCUUGAAAAAUUGUGAAAUACUGCAUUCUAUCCGAGGUCUGUAUGAUAUAUAGUACUGUUUCACCUCAAAUUAGAUGUAUAAAAAGUAUAAAAGGUUGGUUUACACACCCCCAGGUUUGUUGGCAAGAUUUUGUAAAGUAAACUUGUGGAACGCAAAAAAUUCGACCUGAUUUAUUUUCCAAGAACUUGUUUUACAGGCCUAAUUUACUGUGAUCAAGAGCCAUUAUGGCUCUUGAAUGUGAUCGAAGAUGAUUAAGAUUUUUUAAGUGUACAUAUAAGGCUAUCAACGCGCUGUAAGAUGUUUCACCCUAAAACCACUUAGCCUUUCCCACAAAAAUCACAUGAAAGUGCCCUUAAGUUAACUGAUUUGUGGAUUACAAGUUUAUUGUUUGAUUUAAAUUAUAAAUUUACUAAUGGAAGCUUCACUUUUAGCCCUGGCUAAAUCUAUAUUUUAUAUAUGCAUAACAGCAGUUUUUUUUGGCAAGAAAAAGUAGCUAUUAUAAAAACUAAGAGUGCAACCAUUGCUCUUUUCUCUUCUCCUCCUUUCCUUCUCCUCACUCUCUCUUUUUUUCCUUUCCUUCUCCUUCGUUACUGUGAUUUUGGAGCUUCUCGGGCUUAAGAAACUUUUUGACGCCUUUUCACUCAAAUAACUGCAAAUUUUAUUAGGUUGGUGUUCAAAAAAUUGGUGAGAUAAAUAUAUCGUAGAAGCAUCGUAAUAAUGAACUCUAAUUUAUAAGUGGUUAUAGUAUCAACUACAAAACAAUUAUGUUGCAACUAUAACAAUCACAACAUAUCAAUUAAUUGUUUCAAGAGUGGCUUUAAUUUAUUACUGAUAUCAUUACCGAAUUUACUCUUUAUGUCUUUGUUUAUAGUUUGUCUUAAACAUGUCCCUUCGUUAUUUAUUGCGAACUUUUCACCACUCACUGCAUCAUAUUGAUCAUGAUCAUGACAGCGAGGGUCAAAUAUGUAUUUUAUCUGAAACUUUUCUAUCAUAUAUGUCAGGUAACCAGUUAUGCAAAGUGAACAACGGUGGCUGCAGUCAUCUAUGCCUUUUGACGCCUGACGGAUAUCAGUGUGCUUGUCCUGAUGGCUUGCCUCUGCAACCAGAUGAGAAGAAGUGUUUGACAGGUAAUAAACAGAUCAAUAACUAACCCAAAUGGAAUAAUAAAUGUCCUUUGUGUCUUAGCUUUUUCCAUAAUUGUUCUGAUCUACCUUGUAACAAACGUUUGUACGUGUUUUCUUCUUUUCAGAAUUCUCAAGUUUUCUUCUUUUUGUUGAGGUACAUAACAUCAGACAAAUGCAACUGCAUUUUAAUUCCAGUACAACAUAUAGAAUUCCACUGAAAACACCUCCUUUAACACCUGUAGCUCUAGACUAUAAUUUUCAGGACGAAAAAGUCUACUGGACUGAUGUGUCACUCAACACAAUAUCCAGAUCGUUUUUGAACGGAUCCGCUCAGGAAAUUGUUGUGUCCUCUCGCAUUGAGAACCCUUAUGGACUUGCUGUUGACCCGUUUGGUCAGAAUAUAUAUUGGACAGACAGUGCAGAAGUUACUAUUGAGGCUGCAACGUUGAACGGCUUGUACAGACGCAUAAUCAUUAAUAAGGAUUUGCAAAGUCCAACGGAUAUUGCCUUGGAUGUCACUAGAGGGUAUGAUUGAUAUAGGCGUAUGUUCGCGAAGUUUCUUCUCCGAUUGCUUUCCUAGUAUAAUUUAACCUUUUAGUUGCGCAUAAACUCAUAAUUUAGCUGUAAUCAACUAUGGGGUAGCCUGAAUCUCCUGGCGUUUAUACUUAAUCGUUAAUUUCCUCGAGUAAAUCAGCCCAAUCAGGACUUUCUGUUUCAGCGAUAAUGCAAAAUACGAUAAAAUCUACGCGUACGUCCCUUUUCCUCCCUUCGCUCCAAGCUCUCCCCUCAUCAAGAUUUUGUUUCUAAAUAAGUUCAAGCAACCAAUGAUUUUUUCUCUGUUUUUUGGUUUCUCUACGUGCGACUCGUGAUUACUAGUAAUACAAUCACGAUUGAAAAUUCACGCCUUAUUCGUUACAACAUCUACCGAGAAAAGUGAAGAGUCAAUCAGCUCUUAGUAUUUGUGUAAGAUAGCCAUCACUAAAUGUACAUAGUGCAAAUUACAGUGCUGCCGUUAUACUUUUUAAACAAUGAAACUCUCAAACAAAUUCCGUUCUUGCACAUUCAACAAAAUAACCACAAGCUAACCACACAGCGGCUUCAUCUUUCAUUCGGCAGCUUACUACCAUUUUUCCGCACUCGAUACCUACUUCGUUCCAUUUUCAUUUUUACAAAAUUCUUAGUUAGCUUCUCUUUUUGCUCGGCAGAUUCAUGUAUUGGACUGACUGGGGAAUUGACGAAAGAAUAGAGAAAGCCGAUAUGGACGGUCAAAACAGAGUCACUGUUAUCGACUCAGGACUGUACUAUCCCAAUGGGCUUGCUCUUGACAUUGAAAGAAACUGGCUUUACUGGAUAGAUGCAAGUUAUGAGAGGCUCGAAGUGUACGAGUUUCCAACUAACACUCGAAGACAAGUUAUCUCAAGUCAUGUCUACCUGAGUUACCCGUUUGGACUGGCGCUACAUCAGAAUCAUCUCUACUGGACAAGCCAGUAUUAUAAUGGAAUAUACCGCGCAGAUCGACAAAAUGGGGGAAACGUCGUUAAAAUACUGCCCACCGAAUCUCAACCGCUGCUUAUUCAUGCCUAUGAUGUGAAUAAUACGUUUUUACCAGGUAUUUAAACGAAAAAUCUCAGUCACAGUUGCAUUGCAUUGAAAAAGAGCAACUCUUUGUUGGAGUUACACAAAACGUCACUGAUUAUCACUUAACCUAAAAAAGAAUUCAAAUACACCUGUCUGGAAUUCGACGAGAGAAGUUCUUCCAGUGCCUGCAUCCAUGGGAAAUCUUGUCUUCGAUAUGAUUUUAAACGUUCAAUUUAUCUGUGUUGCCUCGGACGGCCUUGGGAAGAUUCAAGCAUGAGCUGGGUUGUAAAUCUUGGCAUAUCAUCUUAAACUCUUAGUUGUAAAGACACAAGAUGUUCUUGAUUUGCAUCUGAAGGAUAGGUUAUUUUUUGUCUCUUGUCAUCAUCCGUACGGAUGGCGGGCUGUAGCAUAUCUUCUAUAUCAAGUCACAAACUAUGAGAAACAAAGAAGCUUUUUUUUCUUUUCAGUUACUAAUGAAUGUAGUAACAACAAUGGAGGAUGUAGCCAACUUUGCUUGCUAACACCACUUGGGGCAAAGUGUUCAUGUUCAGAUGGGCUUAAUCUCGCCGUCGACGGGAAGUCUUGUGAAGGUACUUAAUGCUGUAUUGCAGAAAUGAUACGUUUAUUGCAUACCAUAGUAAGACAUUAUAAGAAGAGAUCAUGGAAAAUGUCACACAAAAAAUUUGUAUGGAAAAGCACAACGGUGUCCAUCUAUUUUGUUCGUUGGCCAAUUUUUCCCUUUGCUUUAGACUCACCAUGAACAGAUUAAAUCAAAGAGGAAAAUUAAUCGAAACGUUUAAAUUGGAGUGAUUCACUUACAAUAAGGAGAAUCCUGAGUUCUGAUUAUCUACCCGAGCAGACAAGGUUAUCCGCUAGCUUUCGCUAUGUCCCGCAAAAAGAGAGUUUGUUUUGGCAAAUGUAAAGAUCCUUUAUUGCUGAAGUUUGUUCGGUCGAGGUAGCUGGAUAGUGACCUCGUAUUUUUUUUGCGCCUUUACAUGGACGUGGACUUCUUUUCGGUCUAUAAAAACGCAAAAAAAAGAACUAAAAAAACAAAAACUAUCCAGCCUUUGUAUCCUCGCGUUUGAUAAAUAAUGCAUAUUUCUGGGUCUUUGCAUGUUAAGCUUACUUACAAAGAGAAUUAUAUUAAGAUGAAGUUGCCAAUAGUCAUUUCUUUUAUUGAUUACAACCUUCGUUAUUACUUUUAGCUCCUCAGCAGUUUCUGUUGUUUGCCGAUGCCACAUAUGGUAGAAUAGUGAAAGUACUUCCUUAUGAUCCCCAACAGCGUGUACAACUGCCUUUAUCAGCAAGCAUAAUUACCCGACCCGUUGCCCUUGGUUACGAUCUCGUACAGGACAGAGUGUACUGGACAGAUGUCACAAGGAAUACGAUCUCUCGUUCAUUUCUGAAUGGUUCUAUGCAGGAAGUCCUUUUUGACCAAAACGUGCAAACACCAGAUGGACUGGCAGUAGACGUCGUGGGAAGGAACCUGUACUGGACUGAUACGGGCACCAAUAAGCUGGAAGUUUCUAAACUGGAUGGGUCCUACCGUAAAGCCCUCAUAACAACCGGGUUAGAUGAACCUAGAGACAUCAUAUUGGAUAUUAGUAAAGGGUAAGAAUUAAAUGACGUCCGUACGCAUGUAUAAUAGGGAGCUUUAGCAACAGCGACGGCGACUGCAACAAGAACGUCAAACAAACACGCGCAACACACUUUUUUUGUACAUUUCUUUGCCGUCGCUGCUACGACGGGAAAAUGCCUAAUUUGACGUUUUAUGGAGUAAACAAGCUAAGACAAUUUUUUUUCUCUUUCUAAACUUGAGUGGGGUGCGUAAGAAAUCAAUUCCAUUGGAAUUCGCCUACAUUUGAUAUUUUCAGCAAAUUGGAAUUUACUCGACAAAGUUUGAAAGAAAACGCGAAGUCAUUUUUAGUGACUUUUGCCGUCGUUGUCGUCGAUGCUAAAGCUCUCUUAAAUGCGACACAAAGAUAAUGACAGUUUUAACGUCUGGCUAAUUGCAUAGAUACGACUUAGCUCUGAGCUUUGCCUGCAGGCGCGAGCGGAGAAUGCGUUUUCAAAUCCUUCAAUCCUUCCUUAAGGAUAAUCCUCGCAUUUAUACUCCUUCUAUGCCCAAUUGCCUGAUAAGGUGAACAUAAACAUAAAGUAAUCCAGACUGACGUAUUUCUUCAAAAAAAGAAAUGUUUCUUGGUACCCUAAAAAAAAGUAAAAAUGUAUCUUGUUAUACUUCUAACCAUUACUAACUAACUUGAUGACUAGACUAAUCUAUAACUAGACUAAUAACCCUAAAUUCACCUUCCAAUCCAGUUUUGUUCUCAGUAAAAGGAGUUUUUAAGAACUAAAAUUCAUUCUUGGUUAUACUUCUUGGUUAUAAUUCUUGGUUACCUUCCAAUCCAGUUUUUUUCAGUAAAAGGAGUUUUUAAGAACUAAAAUUCAUUUCCUUGGUUAUAACCAUUACUAACUAACUUGAUGACUAGACUAAUCUAUAACUAGACUAAUAACUAAUCCAGACUAACGUAUUUCUUCGAAAAAGAAAUGUAUCUUGGUACCCUAAAUUCACCUUCCAAUCCAGUUUUUUUCUCAGUAAAAGGAGUUUUUAAGAACUAAAAUUCAUUUCCCUUGGUUAUACUUCUAACCAUUACUAACUAACUUGAUGACUAGACUAAUCUAUAACUAGACUAAUAACUAAUCCAGACUAACGUAUUUCUUCGAAAAAGAAAUGUAUCUUGGUACCCUAAAUUCACCUUCCAAUCCAGUUUUUUUCUCAGUAAAAGGAGUUUUUAAGAACUAAAAUUCAUUUCCCUUGGUUAUACUUCUAACCAUUACUAACUAACUUGAUAACUAACAAAAAAGAACUUGUGACAAUGACUUAUGUCCACAAAGAUACGAAAACAGAGUUAUUACAACAGUUCCUACAAAACACUAAGUAAACAAUAACAACACAAUAUAUUAAAUGUACAUCUAACUCUAACUUAAACUAAGUAAUUAACACAAGUUACAAUUUAUACAAGCAACGGAAAAAAAUAAUGAUCUGAUUUUAAAAAAAAAACAUUUUCAGGAUUUAUAAACCAUUUUCGGUUAGUCUUUUCAAUGAAAAAAAAAGUCAUUCAUUUUCAUAUUUCGCCACAAUCGUUUUUCAAAAAUCCAUGUAUGCUUGCAGGUGCAUGCAUGUAUUGUUUCCCCAGAUAAACUUUACCAGUGAUUAGCACACAGCUUAGACCGAAAGGUAAUAUCGGAUUUUCAGCAUGACCUGCUACAGGUCCUAUAGAUCGUUUUUACUGUCACGCAACAAAAAAUUAAAUUGGAAACCCUCCCGUGGAAGAAGCCAAGAAAAUGAAAUGUUAUAAAAGACUAAUAUAUAAACAAUUCGUCCAAGUCUCAGGUCUUUGUGGCCCACAGUUUCUGAGUUAUUUGCCGAAAGGUUUCACGCACCUUUGUAUAGCUUUGUAUGGAGACGCCAUAUUGGUUCACCGUUUUGGUGCACCAAUAUGACCGCCGGAAAUCAACAAAAACCUCUGGAGUUCACUUUUUCUAUAGAAGCUCUUUCUUUUCACUCGAGAACUAGCAUACGUACGCAUAAAUAUAUCCUCCCUGGUGUCCGGCUGCCCGUCGAGUUCCAGGGGAAAGAGGCCUCCGCUAGCAGUCAAGAGUUCACUACUAGAGCACAGAAGGAACAGAGUUUGCUUGUUCCGUAGACUAUUCGGUAUAGCUUGGAGUUGGUAUAAGGGAUGCCAUUGAGAACUUUAAGUAUUCCGCCGUGACAAGUAUACGAUUGUUGAAAUGAUGAAUAUUAUAUGAAUUUUAUAAAAUAGAAACGCAAAUAAUUAAAUUAAUUAAUUAAAUGCAAAUAGGUUCAUCGCAGUCGUUUGCGUAUGUAUUUAAUUGAGAUGGUCUUCUUUGGCCAGUCCACUAUAUGACAGUAAUAUAUUCAUCAUUUCUUCUUUAUUUUCCUGGGGCAUAUUAUGAGCUAGAUUUAAAGACCAGCUCCCAGUUGGCUCAGUUACUCAACUGGUUAGAGCGCUGCGAAGUAUCGCUGAGGUCAGGGUUCACUGAUCGCAAGCGCGAUGUUUUUUGAAGCUGCAUAGUUACGUCUUUAACUGCGAUAAUUAUUUUUUGCAUUUAUCUAUAGGAAAAUGUUUUUGUUGGUAUUUUCAUAGAAUCAUGUACUGGACAGACUGGGGUUCCAGUCCGAAAAUAGAGAAAGCUAAUAUGGCUGGUAAAGAGCGCAGUGUAUUGGUAGAUUCCGUAUUGCAUUGGCCCAACGGCCUAACACUUGAUAAGGACACCAAUAGAUUGUACUGGGUGGACGGAAGUUAUCACAAACUUGAAUACUUGGAUCUCGAUAAUAACAACAGGGUAACCUUGCUGAUUUCAUCAAGUGUGUUGCCACACCCCUUUGGUCUUACACUGCUGGGAGAUCAUGUUUAUUGGACUGAUUGGAGCACAAACGCUGUUUAUCGAGCGAAUAAAGAGAGCGUUGGCAUUAUCUCAGCUUUUAUCACUGGCAUAGGACAGCCCAUGGAGAUACAUGGAUAUAACGUUAGUGCACCCAUAGUACCAGGUAAUGAGGACAACUUUAUUAUAAGAAAACCUGUCACUGUUUUUUUUUUCUUUCUUUUUCUUUUUUUUACUCUAGACACAAUAACCUACAUCAAUGAUUAGGCAGAUGAAUCACAUUUGGUAAUAAUAUUUUUGGGCGCAUCAAUGUAUUUUUAGACAAAACUUAUAUUCUCCACUAACCAAACACUCAAAAUUUCAAGGCUAAAAUCUCUUUAUAUUUAGAUAUUGUUAAUAUCACCAUUGCAAACCACAACGCCAUAAUCAUUAUCAGUGAAAUUUUUCAGUUACUGAAGAGUGUAAUAAUAACAAUGGUGGAUGUGAUCAACUUUGUCUGCUUACACCAUCUGGAGGAGACUGCGCAUGCUCAGGCGAAUCAGUUCUCAAUGACGAUGGAAAAACGUGUCAAGGUAUAUAAACAUAUUCCUAAUUAUAAUUAGCCUAGUUUCCCCACGAAAUGACGUCUAAGAAACGAGCGCACAAAUUCCAUACUUAUGACGCAUCACUAACAACAUCCAGGUACUGCUUCUGAUUGGUUGAAACGAAUUUCCUAAACGGUACGAGCAAUCAGAAGCACCACCCAGUUGUGGGUAGUAACACAUCAUAUCAGUAUGGAAUCCUUGCACUCGUUUCUCAAACGUCAUUUGGCAGGGCAACAAGUGAUGGCAUCGCGAAAUAACAGGCGUUUUCUUACACUAGCCUACUAAUUAGUUUACCUGUAAAAGAGAUAGAGUUCUCUCCCUCAAAAUUUACUAAUCCAUUUAAUUUUGUUCAAUUUCCUUUCCGUAAAGAUCCUCCUCAGCAUGAGUUUCUGCUAUUUGCCGAUGCAUCAUACGGAAAGAUUAUGAAAGUUUUUCCUCAUGCCCCCGGAUCACUCAUCUCUUUACCCUUCUCAAGCAACAUCGAUCGACCGGUUGCCAUUGGCUACGACGUUUUAGAGGACAGAGUGUACUGGACAGAUGUGACAAGGAGCACCAUUUCUCGUUCAUUCUUGAAUGGUUCUAUGUUUGAGGUCUUGUUUUACCAAAACGUGCAGUCACCAGAUGGAUUGGCCGUAGACAUUAUCGGAAGGAACCUCUACUGGACUGAUACGGGAACCAACAAGCUGGAAGUUUCCAAACUGGACGGUUCCCAUCGGAAAGCUCUCAUAACAAGUGGCCUAGACGAACCGAGAGAUAUCAUAUUGGAUAUUAGUAAAGGGUCAGUAGUUGAAAUGGAUAUGGAAGGCAACAAAACCCCUUAUUUAAUUGUCAGAUGUAUAGCCGUUUACUGAAUAGAGGCAACGAGAGAUUUGCAGUGUACCUAAUUUUAUCUUCUGAAAACGGUCGGUGGUAGCUCUAGCAAUGGGCAAAAAUUGUUACUGUCGUGGCAAAUACAGUUAAUCAGUGUUUGGAUUGUUUAUUACAGACAAUUAAAUACCACCAGCAGUCAUAGGCGUUGAUCACUGUCAUUUUGCGUCUUAAUUGCAAUAAUCUUCUUUGCAUCUAUUUCUUCAUUGCUCGCUUCCAAUGCAUAAAAUUUAUGUUUCAGCGCAUGAACAAAGACCCGUUCGGUAGUCCCGCACUAUAAUAGAUUUUAUUGUUGGGCAAGUAACUUUUAAUGUUCACUUGUCUAAUGGGCAAGGGUCCAGAAAGUCAUUCCCCAAUAAAAUCAUUCUUUAAGAGGAGCCGCCAGAAGGGACCCCAGGCCAGCAAAAUGUUUAAGCUGCUUUCUAAAAACACAAACAGAAAUUCAUGUGUUUUUGGAUCCCUAUAUAUUCAUUAUUUCAUCUUGACCUUUUCCUCCGAAAAAACUUUGGCGUAUGUCUACACUCACAGGAUGUAACAACUCCACCAGCUUUAAAGUGAAACUCCACUCAACCUGGCUGAGAUAAAAACGAACGUCGAUGUUUUUCAAAAACACCCUCAACAAUUAAGAAGUGGACUCUGAAGAAAAAAUGAGAAGACCCUUACCCUCUUACUUGUUUUGUAUUUGAUAGGAUCAUGUAUUGGACAGAUUGGGGUUAUCACGCAAAGAUUGAAAGGGCUGACAUGUCAGGACAGCAGCGGGUUGUUCUCGUAAACACAAGCCUGUCGUGGCCAAAUGGUCUGACGCUUGACCAGGAAAGAAACCGCUUGUAUUGGGUGGAUGCCAGCUACGACAAGCUCGAAUACUUGCACCUGAGCACGAACACCAGGGUGACCUUAAUAGAUUCUUCAGUCACCCUGCCUCAUCCUUUCGGGUUAACACUUCUUGGAGACUACUUAUACUGGACUGACUGGAAUGACUACACUGUUAAAAGAGCCAACAAAGAAAGUGCUGCUGAUGUCACGGUUUUUGUCACAGGUAUUGGGCAGCCUAUGGACAUACAUGGUUACAACCUCAGUGAAACAACAAUACCAAGUAAGUACAAGGAGUUCGCUAUGAGAACAAAUUAUUGGUAUAUCAAAUAUCCUUUUAGCAUAUUUGUUAGGAAAAUUAAUAUACAUCGAUGAUGGCUCAGUCCUUCCACAAACACUGUUUAGGAAGCAUAAACCAAUAGUUUUGAAGAAAUGAAAAAUCAGUUGCAGAUCGAUGAUCUUUUAGAAGUGUGACCCCUUUCAAGCCUUUAAUUUCCACCAAAAGCGUAAUAUCCUGACGAAAAAUAACCAUGUCGCCUUUGUUAAAAGCGACCCUCCAAUAUAGAGUAUUUUAAACACAUCGCGAAAUCAAAUCGGCAGCAAUCACAUAACAAGUGUGCUGUUUCCUGGCAUAUUCUAGUUAUAAAUGCUCUAAAUAAAAAGUCGACCAUACAGCUCGAAAACAAAAACGUCUCAUCUGCAAUAUGUUCCCCUCUAAUUUUUGCUGAUCACAUGCGGUAGUCUUUUUACGGUCUCCUCUAAGUAAUGAUUAUGUGCCUUGCUAUAUCCAAUUACAGUCACUGACCAAUGCAAUAACAACAAUGGCGGAUGCAGUCAACUUUGCUUGCUUAUACAAUCUGGAAGAGUUUGUGCUUGUUCGGGAGGCCUCAUUCUAGAUGACGACGGAAGAAACUGUAAAGGUAUGGCUUAUUACCACCAAAAGGGGGGUCAAUUUUCUUCUCUAAAGCUUUUUCACUAGAAGAAACUUAAGUACCGCCUCCGUACCCCUUUUUUCUUUUAGGAAACAGAGCCAGUCAUCAAUGACUGGAGAGUUUUAUACGCCCAAACUCGCAUUCAAUCUUCUGAAUGCGGGUGUUAACUAUUAAACGUCACUCAAAGUGCAAUGCACGACAAACAGAGACUCGUCCACGACUAUAAAGACCAGCGCGUGUUUUCCUUCUGCUAUCGUGCAUUACAUUUGUAAAUAAUCUUAUUAUUGCCGGCACCUUAAUUCUAUCGUUUUUGCAGCUCCUCCUGAACACGAGUUUCUUCUGUUUACCGAUGCUUCAUACGGAAAGAUUAUGAAAGUUUCUCCUCAUGCCCCUGGAUCACUCAUCUCUUUACCCUUGUCAAGCAUUAUCAGUCGAUCGGUUGCCAUUGGCUACGACGUUUUAGAGGACAGAGUGUACUGGACAGAUGUGACAAGGAACACCAUUUCUCGUUCAUUCUUGAAUGGUUCUAUGUUUGAGGUCUUGUUUUACCAAAACGUGCAGUCACCAGAUGGAUUGGCCGUAGACAUUGUCGGAAGAAACCUCUACUGGACUGAUACGGGAACCAACAAGCUGGAAGUUUCCAAACUGGACGGUUCCCAUCGGAAAGCUCUCAUAACAAGUGGCCUAGACGAACCGAGAGAUAUUAUAUUGGAUAUUAGUAAAGGGUCAGUAGUUGAAAUGGAUAUGGAAGGCAACAAAACCCCUUAUUUAAUUGUCAGAUGUAUAGCCUUUUAAUGAAAAGAGGCAAAGAGAGAUUGCCAGUGUACCUAAUUUUCUCUUCUCUAAACGGUUGUUCGUAGCUCUAGCAAUGGGCAAAAAUUGUUACUGUCGUGGCAAAUACAGUUAAUCAGUGUUUGGAUUGUUUAUUACGGACAACCAAAUACCACCAGCAGUCAUAGGCGUUGGUCACUGUCAUUUUGCGUCUUAACUGCAAUUUUCUUCUUUGCAUUUAUUUCUUUAUUGCCCGCUUCCAAUGCAUUUAAAUUUAUAUAUCAGGGCAUGACCAAAGACCCGUUCGGUAGUCCCGCACUAUAAUAGAUUUUAUUGUUGGGCAAGUAACUUUUAAUGCUCACUUGUCUAAUGGGCAAGGGUCCAGCAAGUCAUCCCCCAAUAAAAUCAUUGUUUAAAAGGAGCUACCAGAAGAGGCCCUAGGCAAGAAAAAUGUUUAAGCUGUUUCCUAAAAACACAAGCAGAAAUUCAUGUGUUUUUGGAUCCCUACAUAUUCAUUAUUUCAUCUUGAUCUUUUCCUCCGAAAAAACUUUGGCGUAUGUCUACACUCACGGGAUGAAACUACUCCACCAGCUUUAAAGUGAAACUCAACUCAACCUGGCUGAGAUAAAAACGAAGGUCGAUGUUUUUCAAAAACACCCUCAACAAUUAAGAAGUGGACUCUGAAGAAAAAAUGAGAAGACCCUUACCCUCUUACUUGUUUUGUAUUUGAUAGAAUCAUGUAUUGGACAGAUUGGGGUUAUCACGCAAAGAUUGAAAGGGCUGACAUGUCAGGACAGCAGCGGGUUGUUCUCGUAAACACUAGCCUGUCGUGGCCAAAUGGUCUGACGCUUGACCAGGAAAGAAACCGCUUGUAUUGGGUGGAUGCCAGCUACGACAAGCUCGAAUACUUGUACCUUAGCACGAACACCAGGGUGACCUUAAUAGAUUCUUCAGCCACCCUGCCUCAUCCUUUCGGGUUAACACUUCUUGGAGACUACUUAUACUGGACUGACUGGAAUGACUACACUGUUAAAAGAGCCAACAAAGAAAGUGCUGCUGAUGUCACGGUUUUUGUCACAGGUAUUGGGCAGCCUAUGGACAUACAUGGUUACAACCUCAGUGAAACAACAAUACCAAGUAAGUACAAGGAGUUCGCUACGAGAAAAAAUUAUUGUUAUAUCAAAUAUCCUUUUAGCAUAUUUGUCAGGAAAAUUAAUAUACAUCGAUGAUGGCUCAGUCCUUCCACAAACACUGUUUAGGAAGCAUAAACCAAUAGUUUUGAAGAAAUGAAAAAUCACUUGCAGAUCGAUGAUCUUUUAGAAGUGUGACCCCUUUCAAGCCUUUAAUUUCCACCAAAAGCGUAAUAUCCUGACGAAAAAUAACCAUGUCGCCUUUGUUAAAAGCGACCCUCCAAUAUAGAGUAUUUUAAACACAUCGCGAAAUCAAAUCGGCAGCAAUCACAUAACAAGUGUGCUGUUUCCUGGCAUAUUCUAGUUAUAAAUGCUCUAAAUAAAAAGUCGACCAUACAGCUCGAAAACAAAAACGUCUCAUCUGCAAUAUGUUCCCCUCUAAUUUUUGCUGAUCACAUGCGGUAGUCUUUUUACGGUUUCCUCUAAGUAAUGAUUAUGUGCCUUGCUAUAUCCAAUUACAGUCACUGACCAAUGCAAUAACAACAAUGGCGGAUGCAGUCAACUUUGCUUGCUUACACAAUCUGGAAGAGUUUGUGCUUGUUCGGGAGGCCUCAUUCUAGAUGACGACGGAAGAAACUGUAAAGGUAUGGCUUAUUACCACCAAAAGGGGGGUCAAUUUUCUUCUCUAAAGCUUUUUCACUAGAAGACACUUAAGUACCGCCGCCUCCGUACCCUUUUUUUCUUUUUAGGAAACAGAGCCAGUCAUCAAUGACUGGAGAGUUUUAUACGCCCAAACUCGCAUUCAAUCUUCUCAAUGCGGGUGUUAACUAUUAAACGUCACUCAAAGUGCAAUGCACGACAAACAGAGACUAGUCCACGAGUAUAAAGACCAGUGCGUGUUUUCCUUCUGCUAUCGUGCAUUACAUUUAUAAAUAAUCUUAUUAUUGCCGGCACCUUAAUUCUAUCGUUUUUGCAGCUCCUCCUGAGCACGAGUUUCUUCUGUUUGCCGAUGCUUCAUACGGAAAGAUUAUGAAAGUUUCUCCUCAUGCCCCUGGAUCACUCAUCUCUUUACCCUUGUCAAGCAUUAUCAGUCGACCGGUUGCCAUUGGCUACGACGUUUUAGAGGACAGAGUGUACUGGACAGAUGUGACAAGGAACACCAUUUCUCGUUCAUUCUUGAAUGGUUCUAUGUUUGAGGUCUUGUUUUACCAAAACGUGCAGUCACCAGAUGGAUUGGCCGUGGACAUUGUCGGAAGGAACCUCUACUGGACUGAUACGGGAACCAACAAGCUGGAAGUUUCCAAACUGGACGGUUCCCAUCGGAAAGCUCUCAUAACAAGUGGCCUAGACGAACCGAGAGAUAUCAUAUUGGAUAUUAGUAAAGGGUCAGUAGUUGAAAUGGAUAUGGAAGGCAACAAAACCCCUUAUUUAAUUGUCAGAUGUAUAGCCGUUUAAUGAAAAGAGGCAAAGAGAGAUUGCCAGUGUACCUAAUUUUCUCUUCUGUAAACGGUUGUUCGUAGCUCUAGCAAUGGGCAAAAAUUGUUACUGUCGUGGCAAAUACAGUUAAUCAGUGUUUGGAUUGUUUAUUACGGACAACCAAAUACCACCAGCAGUCAUAGGCGUUGGUCACUGUCAUUUUGCGUCUUAACUGCAAUUUUCUUCUUUGCAUUUAUUUCUUUAUUGCCCGCUUCCAAUGCAUUUAAAUUUAUAUAUCAUGGCAUGACCAAAGACCCGUUCGGUAGUCCCGCACUAUAAUAGAUUUUAUUGUUGGGCAAGUAACUUUUAAUGCUCACUUGUCUAAUGGGCAAGGGUCCAGCAAGUCAUCCGCCAAUAAAAUCAUUGUUUAAAAGGAGCUACCAGAAGAGGCCCUAGGCAAGAAAAAUGUUUAAGCUGCUUGCUAAAAAGAGAAGCAGAAAUUCAUGUGUUUUUGGAUCCCUACAUAUUCAUUAUUUCAUCUUGAUCUUUUCCUCCCAAAAAACUUUGGCGUAUGUCUACACUCACGGGAUGAAACUACUCCACCAGCUUUAAAGUGGAACUCAACUCAACCUGGCUGAGAUAAAAACGAACGUCGAUGUUUUUCAAAAACACCCUCAACAAUUAAGAAGUGGACUCUGAAGAAAAAAUGAGAAGACCCUUACCCUCUUACUUGUUUUGUAUUUGAUAGAAUCAUGUAUUGGACAGAUUGGGGUUAUCACGCAAAGAUUGAAAGGGCUGACAUGUCAGGAAAGCAGCGGGUUGUUCUCGUAAACACUAGCCUGUCGUGGCCAAAUGGUCUGACGCUUGACCAGGAAAGAAACCGCUUGUAUUGGGUGGAUGCCAGCUACGACAAGCUCGAAUACUUGCACCUGAGCACGAACACCAGGGUGACCUUAAUAGAUUCUUCAGCCACCCUGCCUCAUCCUUUCGGGUUAACACUUCUUGGAGACUACUUAUACUGGACUGACUGGAAUGACUACACUGUUAAAAGAGCCAACAAAGAAAGUGCUGCUGAUGUCACGGUUUUUGUCACAGGUAUUGGGCAGCCUAUGGACAUACAUGGUUACAACCUCAGUGAAACAACAAUACCAAGUAAGUACAAGGAGUUCGCUACGAGAAAAAAUUAUUGUUAUAUCAAAUAUCCUUUUAGCAUAUUUGUCAGGAAAAUUAAUAUACAUCGAUGAUGGCUCAGUCCUUCCACAAACACUGUUUAGGAAGCAUAAACCAAUAGUUUUGAAGAAAUGAAAAAUCACUUGCAGAUCGAUGAUCUUUUAGAAGUGUGACCCCUUUCAAGCCUUUAAUUUCCACCAAAAGCGUAAUAUCCUGACGAAAAAUAACCAUGUCGCCUUUGUUAAAAGCGACCCUGCAAUAUAGAGUAUUUUAAACACAUCGCGAAAUCAAAUCGGCAGCAAUCACAUAACAAGUGUGCUGUUUCCUGGCAUAUUCUAGUUAUAAAUGCUCUAAAUAAAAAGUCGACCAUACAGCUCGAAAACAAAAACGUCUCAUCUGCAAUAUGUUCCCCUCUAAUUUUUGCUGAUCACAUGCGGUAGUCUUUUUACGGUCUCCUCUAAGUAAUGAUUAUGUGCCUUGCUAUAUCCAAUUACAGUCACUGACCAAUGCAAUAACAACAAUGGCGGAUGCAGUCAACUUUGCUUGCUUACACAAUCUGGAAGAGUUUGUGCUUGUUCGGGAGGCCUCAUUCUAGAUGACGACGGAAGAAACUGUAAAGGUAUGGCUUAUUACCACCAAAAGGGGGGUCAAUUUUCUUCUCUAAAGCUUUUUCACUAGAAGAGACUUAAGUACCGCCUCCGUACCCUUUUUUUUUCUUUUAGGAAACAGAGCCAGUCAUCAAUGACUGGAGAGUUUUAUACGCCCAAACUCGCAUUCAAUCUUCUGAAUGCGGGUGUUAACUAUUAAACGUCACUCAAAGUGCAAUGCACGACAAACAGAGACUCGUCCACGAGUAUAAAGACCAGUGCGUGUUUUCCUUCUGCUAUCGUGCAUUACAUUUAUAAAUAAUCUUAUUAUUGCCGGCACCUUAAUUCUAUCGUUUUUGCAGCUCCUCCUGAGCACGAGUUUCUUCUGUUUGCCGAUGCUUCAUACGGAAAGAUUAUGAAAGUUUCUCCUCAUGCCCCUGGAUCACUCAUCUCUUUACCCUUGUCAAGCAUUAUCAGUCGACCGGUUGCCAUUGGCUACGACGUUUUAGAGGACAGAGUGUACUGGACAGAUGUGACAAGGAACACCAUUUCUCGUUCAUUCUUGAAUGGUUCUAUGUUUGAGGUCUUGUUUUACCAAAACGUGCAGUCACCAGAUGGAUUGGCCGUAGACAUUGUCGGAAGGAACCUCUACUGGACUGAUACGGGAACCAACAAGCUGGAAGUUUCCAAACUGGACGGUUCCCAUCGGAAAGCUCUCAUAACAAGUGGCCUAGACGAACCGAGAGAUAUCAUAUUGGAUAUUAGUAAAGGGUCAGUAGUUGAAAUGGAUAUGGAAGGCAACAAAACCCCUUAUUUAAUUGUCAGAUGUAUAGCCGUUUAAUGAAAAGAGGCAAAGAGAGAUUGCCAGUGUACCUAAUUUUCUCUUCUGUAAACGGUUGUUCGUAGCUCUAGCAAUGGGCAAAAAUUGUUACUGUCGUGGCAAAUACAGUUAAUCAGUGUUUGGAUUGUUUAUUACGGACAACCAAAUACCACCAGCAGUCAUAGGCGUUGGUCACUGUCAUUUUGCGUCUUAACUGCAAUUUUCUUCUUUGCAUUUAUUUCUUUAUUGCCCGCUUCCAAUGCAUUUAAAUUUAUAUAUCAGGGCAUGACCAAAGACCCGUUCGGUAGUCCCGCACUAUAAUAGAUUUUAUUGUUGGGCAAGUAACUUUUAAUGCUCACUUGUCUAAUGGGCAAGGGUCCAGCAAGUCAUCCCCCAAUAAAAUCAUUGUUUAAAAGGAGCUACCAGAAGAGGCCCUAGGCAAGAAAAAUGUUUAAGCUGCUUGCUAAAAAGAGACGCAGAAAUUCAUGUGUUUUUGGAUCCCUACACAUUCAUUAUUUCAUCUUGAUCUUUUCCUCCGAAAAAACUUUGGCGUAUGUCUACACUCACGGGAUGAAACUACUCCACCAGCUUUAAAGUGAAACUCAACUCAACCUGGCUGAGAUAAAAACGAAGGUCGAUGUUUUUCAAAAACACCCUCAACAAUUAAGAAGUGGACUCUGAAGAAAAAAUGAGAAGACCCUUACCCUCUUACUUGUUUUUUAUUUGAUAGAACCAUGUAUUGGACAGAUUGGGGUUAUCACGCAAAGAUUGAAAGGGCUGACAUGUCAGGACAGCAGCGGGUUGUUCUCGUAAACACAAGCCUGUCGUGGCCAAAUGGUCUGACGCUUGACCAGGAAAGAAACCGCUUGUAUUGGGUGGAUGCCAGCUACGACAAGCUCGAAUACUUGCACCUGAGCACGAACACCAGGGUGACCUUAAUAGAUUCUUCAGCCACCCUGCCUCAUCCUUUCGGGUUAACACUUCUUGGAGACUACUUAUACUGGACUGACUGGAAUGACUACACUGUUAAAAGAGCCAACAAAGAAAGUGCUGCUGAUGUCACGGUUUUUGUCACAGGUAUUGGGCAGCCUAUGGACAUACAUGGUUACAACCUCAGUGAAACAACAAUACCAAGUAAGUACAAGGAGUUCGCUACGAGAACAAAUUAUUGUUAUAUCAAAUAUCCUUUUAGCAUAUUUGUCAGGAAAAUUAAUAUACAUCGAUGAUGGCUCAGUCCUUCCACAAACACUGUUUAGGAAGCAUAAACCAAUAGUUUUGAAGAAAUGAAAAAUCAGUUGCAGAUCGAUGAUCUUUUAGAAGUGUGACCCCUUUCAAGCCUUUAAUUUCCACCAAAAGCGUAAUAUCCUGACGAAAAAUAACCAUGUCGCCUUUGUUAAAAGCGACCCUGCAAUAUAGAGUAUUUUAAACACAUCGCGAAAUCAAAUCGGCAGCAAUCACAUAACAAGUGUGCUGUUUCCUGGCAUAUUCUAGUUAUAAAUGCUCUAAAUAAAAAGUCGACCAUACAGCUCGAAAACAAAAACGUCUCAUCUGCAAUAUGUUCCCCUCUAAUUUUUGCUGAUCACAUGCGGUAGUCUUUUUACGGUCUCCUCUAAGUAAUGAUUAUGUGCCUUGCUAUAUCCAAUUACAGUCACUGACCAAUGCAAUAACAACAAUGGCGGAUGCAGUCAACUUUGCUUGCUUACACAAUCUGGAAGAGUUUGUGCUUGUUCGGGAGGCCUCAUUCUAGAUGACGACGGAAGAAACUGUAAAGGUAUGGCCUAUUACCACCAAAAGGGGGGUCAAUUUUCUUCUCUAAAGCUUUUUCACUAGAAGACACUUAAGUACCGCCUCCUUACCCUGUUUUUUUCUUUUAGGAAACAGAGCCAGUCAUCAAUGACUGGAGAGUUUUAUACGCCCAAACUCGCAUUCAAUCUUCUCAAUGCGGGUGUUAACUAUUAAACGUCACUCAAAGUGCAAUGCACGACAAACAGAGACUCGUCCACGAGUAUAAAGACCAGUGCGUGUUUUCCUUCUGCUAUCGUGCAUUACAUUUAUAAAUAAUCUUAUUAUUGCCGGCACCUUAAUUCUAUCGUUUUUGCAGCUCCUCCUGAGCACGAGUUUCUUCUGUUUGCCGAUGCUUCAUACGGAAAGAUUAUGAAAGUUUCUCCUCAUGCCCCUGGAUCACUCAUCUCUUUACCCUUGUCAAGCAUUAUCAGUCGACCGGUUGCCAUUGGCUACGACGUUUUAGAGGACAGAGUGUACUGGACAGAUGUGACAAGGAACACCAUUUCUCGUUCAUUCUUGAAUGGUUCUAUGUUUGAGGUCUUGUUUUACCAAAACGUGCAGUCACCAGAUGGAUUGGCCGUGGACAUUGUCGGAAGGAACCUCUACUGGACUGAUACGGGAACCAACAAGCUGGAAGUUUCCAAACUGGACGGUUCCCAUCGGAAAGCUCUCAUAACAAGUGGCCUAGACGAACCGAGAGAUAUCAUAUUGGAUAUUAGUAAAGGGUCAGUAGUUGAAAUGGAUAUGGAAGGCAACAAAACCCCUUAUUUAAUUGUCAGAUGUAUAGCCGUUUAAUGAAAAGAGGCAAAGAGAGAUUGCCAGUGUACCUAAUUUUCUCUUCUGUAAACGGUUGUUCGUAGCUCUAGCAAUGGGCAAAAAUUGUUACUGUCGUGGCAAAUACAGUUAAUCAGUGUUUGGAUUGUUUAUUACGGACAACCAAAUACCACCAGCAGUCAUAGGCGUUGGUCACUGUCAUUUUGCGUCUUAACUGCAAUUUUCUUCUUUGCAUUUAUUUCUUCAUUGCCCGCUUCCAAUGCAUAAAAUUUAUAUAUCAGCGCACGACCAAAGGCCCGUUCGGUAGUCCCGGACUAUAAUAGAUUUUCUUGUUGGGCAAGUAACUUUUAAUGCUCACUUGUCUAAUGGGCAAGGGUCAAGCAAGUCAUCCCCCAAUAAAAUCAUUGUUUAAGAGGAGCCGCCAGAAGAGGCCCCAGGCAAGCAAAAUGUUUAAGUGGCUUGCUAAAAAGAGAGGCAGAAAUUCUUGUGUUUUUGGAUCCCUAUAUAUUCAUUAUUUGAUCUUGAUCUUUUCCUCCGAAAAACCUUCAGCGUAUGUGUACACUCACGGGAUGUAACAACUCCACCAGCUUUGAAGUGAAACUCAGCUUAACCUGGCUGAGAUGAAACCGAACGUCGAUGUUUUUCAAAAACACCCUCAACAAUUAAGAAGUGGUCUCUGAAGAAAAAAAUGAGAAGAAACUUACCAUCUUACUUGCUUUGUAUUUGAUAGAAUCAUGUAUUGGACAGAUUGGGGUUAUCACGCAAAGAUUGAAAGGGCUGACAUGUCAGGACAGCAGCGGGUUGUUCUCGUAAACACAAGCCUGUCGUGGCCAAAUGGUCUGACGCUUGACCAGGAAAGAAACCGCUUGUAUUGGGUGGACGCUAGCUACAGCAAACUCGAAUACUUGCACCUGGGUACUAAUAUCAGGGUGACUUUAAUUCAUUCUUACGCCACCCUGCCUCAUCCUUUCGGGUUAACACUUCUUGGAAACUUCUUGUACUGGACUGACUGGAUUGACUACACUGUUUAUCGAGCCAACAAAGACAGUGCUGCUGAUUUCACCGUAUUUGUCACAGGUAUUGGGCAGCCUAUGGACAUACAUGGAUAUAACCUCAGUGAAAAAACAGUACCAGGUGAGAGAGCAAUUUUUGUAAUACGAAGGCACUCCUUAAUAUUUUUUGUUAUUGAUGAACUGAAGGGGAUGAAAUUUGUCAAGUAUAGGAAAAAGACAUCCAAAGUUUAGGUCGCAAUGCAGUACAAAGUGCGGACCUUUUCUUACCAAUGAAAGUCAAAUGGUAAAUAUACUGGGCAAAAACAAUCAUAAAUCAAGGAAUCUCUCUGAAUAAAUUUUAAAAAAAUUUAUGUAUAUGUUGAAGAUGAAAAUUUUUCAACCAAUUGAAUUUACAAGCCCUUUUAUUCCUUUUUUUUUGACAAACCUUGAUUUUUGCUCUGGUGAAAUGUCGAAAAAUGUAAUUGUAAUCAUAAUAUUAUGUUUUCGUCGUCGGUUAUUUUAUUUUUGUCGUGGCCAAUGGCAAUUCAAAUUGCUUUGCCAUAUCCACUUACUGCGUUUUUUACAUGCAAACUCUUAAGUCACAAAUUAAACAUAAUGUCUACGUCUAACGUUUAUGUUUCUCGUCACCUUACCGCUCCACCAUGAUUAAUUGAUUUCGAUCAAUUUUGUUUGUCUCGUUUCGUCGUUACUGUGACUGACGGAAGCGAAAAUUGUAACCUUAGUUAACCGUAUGACAGUCUCUCUUUUGGUCCAAAAUCUGUGAAAGAGCGGUAUAGCCCAUUGUUGGUGUUCUUUAUCUUUGAAAUUUCGAAUUGAAGUUAAACCUCUCCAUUGCGCUUAAAAGUUUUUCUUACCCUCUCAGAACAAUUAGCCCGAGAGGAGACGGAUGUAAGGGGAAAUAAGGAUCAUGCAAUUAGAGGAAUACAUCCAACUGAAUUUUUUGUGAAUUACCGAUUACCGUUGGUGGUUCGUUAGCGUUUUAGCGCCAAAACGUCAACAGCGAAGACUGCAUUUUUAUUGCCAUGUGUCAUGCCUUGGAAGAUUUGAAAAACAAUGAAUUUUGACCAGAGAAUCAUGUGUAAAGGAGAAGUCAGAUGUUAUAUACACAUAUAUUUUUUUUAAACUACUUGGAGGACUGAAUUCUUGAUAAAUGGACUAAAUUUUUCUAGUGCCAGUUUAUUUUCCUUCGUCUUGUGUACAUCACUUUCUGUGAAUGUCACGGUUAAAAAGAAUUGUGAAGUGUGCUAAGGGUUGAAGAAAAGCUUGACUCCUAUGCUCCAGCAAAAGCCGUUGUUUUGUCAAGGCAAGAUUUAAUUGCUUGCCUACUGGCAAUUUCCUUGCUGAGGCUGUCACUUGGGGCAGCCUUGCUUGGGCUAUAAUCUGCAGCUUGUGGGUUAUUUUAUUUUUGUCGUAGCCAAUGGCAAUUCAAAUUGCUUUGCCAUAUUCACUUACUGCGUUUUUUACAUGCAAACUCUUAAGUCACAAAUUAAACGUAAUGUCUAACGUUUAUGUUUCUCGUCACCCUACCGCUCCACCAUUUUUUUUUUUGUAAUUUAAUCACUGUUUAUUUCAAUUUCUUGCCCUACAAUAAUAACAUUAAUUUUUACAUACAUUACCGACAUUACAAUUUUUAAAAAAUAAUACACAAAUAACUCAAACACGCACGCACAGCACACACGACACACAACAACAGUAUCAAUACCACUAAACUUUAACAAGUAUUUGUCGGCAAUUUUGUACUACCUGUCAAGAGUGCUUGCCAUUUCGAUAAAUGAAAAGACAUUUUACUCUUCGAUUGGGCAAUGAUAGUUUCUAAUUGAUAAACGUUAUUAAGUCUUGCCAAGAAAACCCGUAAACAAGGGUUUGUUUUCGUGCAUCUGCAAUUAUAUAUAUACUGCUUACCAACUAGCAAAAUAUGAUUAAUCAAUAAAUUGUCUUUAUGUACCUUUAUCCCAAAUAAUAUAUCUUUAGCAGAGAGAUGGUUAAUAACCACCCCCCGAUUGCUACACUAUUUAAUAACUUCUGUCCAAAAACUCUCUGAGUAAUCAAGCAAGAGACAAAAAGGUGUUCAAGGGAUUCAUCCGCCCCAUCGCACCGAGAAAAUCGUGGUGAUGAAGAAAUACCAAUUUUGUUUAAGAAAUCAUUGGUGGCCAGAUAUCUGUGUAACAAUUUAUAUUCAGAUUCACGUGACUUAGUGUCCGCUCCACCAUGAUUAAUUGAUUUCGAUCAAUUUUGUUUGUCUCGUUUCGUCGUUACUGUGACUGACGGAAGCGAAAAUUGUAACCGUAGUUAACCGUAUGUUCAAGUCCAGUUCUGGCCCCUCUCUCUAUGCCACGCGACACCAGGACAGAAAGGGAUUUGUUUAAUCACGAGUAUGAUUACAGACCGAAUUGGACGACAAGAAGUGCUGUUACCAAUUAAUCAUAACCAUCACAAUUUCCGAGAAAACAAAUGGAUUCUUUACUCGGAAAGAGCUAAUAAUACCAACUAUCCAAAAUAAGGGAAAAUAACACUGGCAGAGACAUUUUCUAAUGUUACAAAUUCCUCCAUUUUGGAAAAUCUCCCGUUUGGUAGAGUAAGUGGUUGUUGCUAUGAUUAUUGUGAUAAAUACCGUGAUUGGUGGAUUUAGCUGAGUGCACUUAACAUGAUUGGCUGAUGGAAGUGUCCGAUUACAGCCAACUGUCUAAUUACACUGUCCCAUCACAACCCUACACAAUAUUUGUGUGAAAAAUAAAGCAGUUAAUGCACCAAUAAAAUUUUAGGAAAUUGUAAUUAUUAUGAUUAAAAGAAAAAUGACGUUCCCUUCAGUAAUGAUUAUUACUGUCUUAUCCUCAGAAAAUCCCUGUUCGUCGUCUUCUGGUGGUUGUUCUCAUUUGUGUCUGUUAAGACAAAACGGUUAUCUUUGCUCGUGUCCAGAUCAACUUGCACCUGGCGAUGUUUGCGUCAAUGGCUGUAAGUAAUAUUUUAAACUCAAAGACAACAAAAGCAAAAAUGUAGUUUUUUUAAUUUGGAAUCAUAUAAUCAGUGAAGUCUUUCUAUUGUGAUGUUCAGUAUUCGGUUAUUGUACGCUCAAUGUAACUAUACGUCAACAUAGAAAAGCCGGGAAAAUAGAACUGUGGAGAUCCACUUUCAACACACUAUUUUAUCUAAGCGUUUUUACAAAAUUAGUUUCGUCUUUUGACUUCUUCGGUGGUACGCCACAAAAUCUCGCAGAAUUCAAUAUAACUAUUGUUAACAACAAUUGCUGGUUUGCAUGUGACGUGGUGACAGCCAUGUUAGUGGUCAAGAACGAAAACAUUUCUAUACCCUGGCAACUAAACUCCAUUUUCAUGUAAAUUCUUUGAAAUAACUUUUAUUUCGUUGACCACCGUGGUCGUCAUGUCACGUGGUUGCAACCCAAGAUUGUUCAGAAUCAAUUGUAGAAAAAUUCUUCGUAUCAGUUUGGAGAAGUAGAGUGAUUUUACUGAACCCGUGAAAUAGAUAGCAGACUUAUACACAGUAUUACACUCUUUUAUUGUUUUAUUUUGUUUAUUUGUAACUAUUUGGCACUAAUUGUGACGUAUUGUUCACGGGUUUAGAAAAAUCUCUAAUUCUUUGGUUGGUGGUUUCAUUGGCGAGGAUGUAAUUUAAUGAAGCUUAAAGUUAGCAUUUUUUAAUCUCUCGUGCGAUUAAAAGAUUUCAACAGAGGGCAUUCGUUUUCCUGAAACACAUCGUUGUUAUAAAACAGCAUUAUUUUAAUUUGCUCUUAACACUGGUUAUUCUAAUUUUUUAAAACAUUUUCACAACUUUCGUGCUAUAAUUAUUUUCCCAAAUUGCAGUCACGUUGCUCUAUAUAUUUUGUUAGGUCUGUUAGAUACACUGGCCAUUCUAGUACAACUAUUUUUGUUUAUUAGCUAUUCCGCUACCGUUUAAAUCAACUCAGAUGGGUACAGCAACAUACUCCCAAUACCAAAAGUCGAGCGUAAAAGUUGGUAGCACUGUCAUUUCAUUUUCCUCUGUCAAACCAAGCAGUUCCUCAGUCUCGUUCCAGUGGCCCACUACAUCUGUUGCAUCAACAUCCCGUAUCACCAGUUCGUCUACAGUCAUGCCACAGUCCAGACUGAGGAAGUCAUCAGUGACUACUCCGAGCACAAGUCUGCUUCCAAUGAUUUCAUCACACGGAUUAACAUCAGCAUUUGCAAGUGAGCGGCAGACCACGAUUGCAGGCAUAACUCAGAUGACUUCAGCAACAUAUCCCCAAUACCAAACGUCGACCGCAAAAUUUAGUAGCACUGUCAUUUCAUUUUCCUCUGUAAAACCAAGCAGUUCCUCAGUCUCGUCCCAGAGGCCCACCACAUCUGUUACAUCAACAUCCCGUAUCACCAGUCCGUCUACAAUCAUGUCACAGUCCAGACUGAGGACGUCAUCACUGACUGCUCCGAGCACAAGUCUGCUUCCAAUGAUUUCAUCAAACGGAUUAACAUCAGCAUUUCCAAGUAAGCGGAAGACCACGGUUGCGAGCACUAGUCAACUUCCACCCACCCUCGCUCCUUCUGAGUGUCGUCCUGGAGACUGUGAGAAUAAUGGAACUUGCAUUGUGCCAGGCUAUUACUGCAGAUGUCUUAAGUAUUAUGUGUGGCACCGCUGUUCUGUCUACGUUGGUAAGUGUGUUAGCAACGACCAAGAGAGAAUAAACAGACAGACAGGGAAACGCCUUGACUAG